CCUCACUGUAUCUCAAGGAUGCUCUGUAAUUCCCAUCUGACUUGGGUCCUUAUUUGUGAGCAGAUUGCACAGAGCAUCCCAGAGAUGCUGCUAUGUGGGUGGGUGUAGCAGUGGGCGGACCAGGCUGAUGACUGCCACAGCCUUUUGUUUGCCAGCUGGAUAGAGAGAGGGGCUGAGCUUCUGUUCUAUCACCAAGGAGCAGGAGAUAGCAUGGGCUCCCUGACCUGCUGCAGAUAACAUUUCCACCUCAUCACAUUUAAGGUAUGUACACCCAUGCCAGCACUUUGUUACAAAUUGCAAAAUCAUGCAUUAUGAUGCACACAUUAAUUUGCAAUGGAUUGUGCAAGAUCACGAAUUGGUUCAACGCUGUAUGAUUUAUGUAAAAUCAUUUAAAUGAAUAUAUGUGCCAUUGCAUUGCUCAACGGAAACUGUAACAAAGAAUUUUGCAGCCCAUGUUUAUAUGUUUGGUGUGUAUAUUUUCUGAUGGGAAUGGUACAAAUGGAAAUGCCAACAUAAUGGAUGUAAGACGGGGAGAGAUACAGCAUCUUGCUGAGAUUGGCUCACAGUUGUAGUACUGCCUUUGGCCACUGGAGAGCAUUUGUGCUGCAAGAAUAUUUGCCUGUAAUGCAACAUAUCCUUUUAUUACAAUAACCGUAUUCAGGAAACAAAAUGUUGUACCAGUAUAUAGAAAGAACAUGGGCUGCUGCUAAAAUAUGUGCCAAAAUAUUCUCUGCUUUUUAUGUUGGUGCUGGGAGUGUUGCAUUGCAGAAACCUUAAUUAAUGUAGAGUCUUUAAUAGGAGGUUCUGCCCCUCUCCUUCAAACAAACGUAGCAGAACCACUUGUUCCAUUUCCAUAAGAGGUAAGUGGAUAUCUACCGUAUCCAUCAUCAAAGGUUGCCAGAAGUGACAAUUUGAUUUGACCCUUGCACAACAAGCAUUGAUGUCCCAUCACUUUCUAAAUACUAUUGCAGCCCCUUUGUGAACCUUUUGUGUAAUUAAAUACUGGGAAAAACUUAAUAUGUGCUUGCAUCCAUUUCCAGCCCUUUAGGGAUUAAAUGUAUACAUCUAUACAUCUCCGAAUCCACCAUCUGUACUUUUAAAUCUGUGUAUUCUUCAGGGAUGGCAUAAUCACAUCUCAUAUUUAAGGGAGUGACCUGUUUACUUUAACAAUAGGCUUACAGCAUCAGCUGCCCAAUGUACAUCACGAAUCCCUAACAGCAAAAAGAGCCACAGAUUAUAGCCUUUUAAAAAGAGAAUUGGAAGUCAGAAAAAGGGUUAAUAGCAGAUGUGAACACACAUUCUGGAGUCAUGUAUGUGCUUUUUCUGCUGAACCAAAUCAUUAGGUUUGGCACAAGGAAAUUAUAGUAUUCAAUUCUAGGUUUUUCACUCCACCCUUACAGCUAAGCUGAAUUUAUCUCUUGUAGUUCUUUAUUGUGUGUAUGUCUAUAUAAAUAUACGAUAUAGUUAUGUUAAUACAGGUUUAACACCUGUUCAUUAUAAUUCUGGACAGUGUAAACGUGUUAAUGUAUUUAUAGUUCUAUAGCUUAUGCAUUAUACACAGGGUUUAACAAACCCCAAGAUACAUUGAACCUCGGCUUUAUAAAAGAUCUCUGCUGCUGAUUCUGAAGUUCUUUAGGUAGGUGACACUCCUAUCUAGGAGCUGAGAAAGGCCAGUUUGAAUCUAUAUUGUUUCGAAUCAAUGCUUCUAAAUGGCUUAGUAUAUUUAUUGUGCAAUGAAAUGCUGAUCUAUUCAAUGACAUUAAUAAUAGGAGUGCUUAGGAAGUUCAGUAUUACAGUGUGUGGGCAGGCCAGAGGUUAAUACUCAAACGCAUUUGGGUGUGGGCUACGCCUGUAGCUGGUUGAGGAUUUCUAGCCCCUGUGUUCUCUAAAAAGCCAUCAGGGCCUACUGAGUGCAAACAUACAUUUAUUAUUUGGCAAACUGUAGUUGUGGUGAAUUGAAAAUUAAGUGCAAAUUUAUAGGGCAAACUAGAGACAUUUUUGUUCCUACUCUUUUCAGUUUGCAAUAAUUCACUGUGUAGUAAAUAAACCCCACUAAGUAUUGUUUGUUAGGCUGUUCCCGUAAGAGGUUUUUCAUUUUGUCUCUGAAUUGUUCUCUGUAAUAAUACUUGAAACAAUCGAUUUUAUAAUUUUGUUUGCGGUCUCCUCCUGGUCUCUGAUUACAUGUGCAAAAAAGAUGAUUCCUUGGACUAAAUGAAAGAGAAACCCCUUGCCAACAAAUCUAACGUUGUGCCUGCAUUGAAUAGUUAUUUGAGGCCUAAUAAGUUUCGCUGUGUCAAGAAAAAGAUAAAAAAUUGAUGUGAAUGGGAAAAUCUAUAUGAAGAUAUGGGCCCUCGCAGUUGUAAGGAUACUACAAACUAACUAGCAUGUUAAUCAGUUUCCCUCCACACAUUGGGGGUUGCAUGGACUGGGUUUGUUGGUCUUUUCCUCUUUGCGCCUAUUAAUUGCCUUAAUUUUGCUAAAGUAUUCCUUACGGCACCUUCUCAAUCAUUUUAUUUUCUUGUUCAAUUUUGGUUUUUAGUAUAGUCAAGAUUUUUCCAAGCCUCAAUUUUAAAAUUCAAAUUUUAUUUACCAUAAUUCAGUUUAGUGAAUAACUGCAAAAUUGCAAAAGGAAACUGCAAAUUGUAGGCUAAAUUAGCCUAGCUUGAAAAAUGGCUGAAUGGAAGAAUUGUUAUGAUUUUGGUAUAUUUGUUGAAAUGUGCAAUUCCUUUCCCAAUUCUACAUAAUUCAGUGUUUAGCAAUACAUCCCAAUAUGCCUCAACAAUCCCUCAGAUGUUAUGACUUCACCUGGUUCCUUUUUUUGCCAACUCGUCUUGUAAAAUUUAAAGUGGCACUGUUGCUUCUAAAUAUUUCAUAACCAUAAAAUCUUUAGGAAAUGCACAAAUCGUAUACAGGAGUGCUGCCAUGACAUACAAAAGUCAGACCGACUUUAAAAGGUACAAUGGUUUUAAAGCCUAACUUAUAAAAAAUGUGAAUUUAGUUACAGUAUAUGAUCAUCAAUAUAGCGCUCCACUCACUUGACUAGUAAGGUCUGGAUUUUUAUCCAGUUCAUACUAGAUUCUUUUUGGUUCACAGUAUAUGAUCAUACAUGGCAAGUCGGCACCUUUUUAUGGAGUACCCCCACACUGACUGACUGCUCCUAUGAGAUUAACCCACUUGCAUUGGACCAAUGCCUAGAGUUCUCUGAAGAUUUCAAUUUUAAAUCGGGCCAGCGAUGAGGCAUGUGUGACGGCGAGGGUUGCUAGUUUUUCUAGAGUGCUGCCAUAUGUAAAGAGUGUAUAUAUAGUUUUGUUCAUUCCAAAAUAAGCAAAUGAUAUAUGUAAGAUAGACCAAGGGCUACUUUGUCCUAUACAUGCAACAAUAUUUUGCAAAUCCUCUUUUACAUACCAUUUCCCAUCAAUUGUCACAACAAUUGAUGCAAAUGGGCAGCUUCUUUGCGUAAUGGCUCAUCUCAUUUCAAAUGUACAUCCAGCUUGUUUCUAACACUCAUGCGUGUACAAUGCUACAAAGUUGAUGGAUCACUAAGAAAAUAGUGACACGAGCCAUUUCUGCACUUAUUUUCAACAGCCAGCACUACCACCCAAGAAGUCCUGUCAGGUAGAGGUCCUUUUAUUUAAAAAAAAUGAGACACCACAAAAAGCUUCCUGUGAAAGAAUUUAUUACACCCUUCUAAAGUGAUGAUCUGGCUCAACAAGAGUAUUACUCAAAUGUAAUGUUAUUUUGACUUUGUUACGCUUACCUUUUUUAUUUAUUUAUUUUUUUGUUUGUUUGAAGAAUUCCCUGUUAUGCAUUAAUCUUUAGGCCACUGCCCCUUUCCUUAAAAAGCACUGAAAAUCUUUAUAAAUUAGGUUUUAUUUACCUUAAUCCAGGUACUGUUCUGGACACUACCUUGUGAUGUCACGCAGAGGUCCAAUCAAAGGCUUCUCAUAGAGAACAUCUUUUACAUUUGUGCAGUGCACACUGACAUCAGGACCGGAAUGGGGGGAAAAAAUUCAGCCCCGGCAUUUAAAGGCAGAGCAGCAUAGUAGGAGGGGCAGGGACAGAGGGGUCAUGUCAUGUCAUCAACAAUGGCGCACACCACCUCAAAGUGAGUAUGGUAGUUUGCUGAAAAGCUCACGUAUGGGAGCAGUGUUCUGUGUUUAUUUUACACAGCACAGCUCUGUGUUUGCUGGUGACUUGUCUCUGGUGUCCCUAAAAGAGGGAUACCAGAGGACGAAAGUGGGGCAUGGCCAGUAAAGCGUUUUGUGUAUGUGUAGGGAAGCUCUCUGUGGUGCUGAAUGUAGUUGGAGGCUAAUUGUAGGAUUGCGUGUGCGUAGAGGCAACUGUGGUGUAGUAUUUGUGGUUAGGGACUGUAGUGUGUAUGUAUUUCCACUGGGUGUAAAGUGUGUGUGUGUGUGUGCGCGCGUCUGUCUGGAUAGCGUUUGUAGAGAGAGAAAAAGCAUGUGUGUAUAUUUUGUCUAGAGGGUGUAGUGUGCAUGCUUGUCUAUAGGGUCUGUUGUGUGGGUGUAUGCAGGAGCUGUAGUGUGUGUACAGGGGCUGUAAUGUUCUUGUUUAUGUACAAGGGGCUGUAGUUUGUGUACAGGGUAGUUUGUAUUUAGGGACUAUAGUGAGUGUUUGUGUGUCUAGAAGGUGUUGUGUUUGUAUAUGGGGUAUAAUGUGUGUCUGGAGGGUGUGUGUGCAUCUAGGGGCUGUAGUGUGAUUUAGAGAUCUAUAAUGUGUAUGUAUAUGUAAUGUGUGUGUGUGUGUAUAUAUUAAUAUAGGCUGUAGUGUGAGUAUGGGGCGACAGUGUGCUAAGAUUGGGAGUGCUUUGUAAGUGUGUGACUGUGUAUAUAGGGGGCUUUAGUUUAUAUUUAUGGAGCUGUUGUGUGAGGGGGCAUAGGUGCUCAGACUGCAGAGGGGAAAAAAUAUGAAUUAAAGGGACACUCCAGGCACCCAGACCACUUCUGCCCAUUGGAGUGGUCUUGGUGCCAACUCCCACUACCCUUAACCCUGCAAGUGUAAUUAUUGCAGUUUUCAUAAACUGCAAUAUUUACCUUGCAGGGUUUACUCCUCCUCUAGUGGCUGUCUACUAGACAGCCACUAGAGGGCACUUCCUUGUUUAUAGCACCCGAAAAGUGUGCUAUAGCGUCGCUGGACUUCCUCACACUGUGUGAGGACCUCCAGUGUCGCUGAAAUCCCCAUUUGAAAGCAUUUUUCAAUGCUUUCCUGUGGGGAAGUCUAAUGCUUGUGCGCGGCCGCGCAUGCACAAUGGGUCUCCGCCAGAUGACGUCGGUGGGGGAGGAGCGUGGGCGAACCCUGAACCAGGCCGAGGGACAUCGGCGCUGGAUAGAGGGAAGUCACUGAAGGGGUUCUAACAUCCUGGUGGUUCAGUGGGCACUUUCUGGCUGCUAGCACAUUGCUUCACACGAGCUCCAGUAGUACGGAGAGCAUUGCCAUGGUAACCUGCAGCAACGGUUUUAGUAACUGGAGCUUGCGAGAUUAUAGCGCUGGGAUGCCUGCCGGUACUGGAGGUGAGACUCUCCACUCCCUGCGCUGCUCUGCAUGUCUCAGUUAGGGGCCGGUGAGGGAGAUCUCGGAUCUCCCCACCGGCCCCUGAAGGGACUAUCUUAAUUAUAUAGGGCUCGCUCACUGAGCGUCUGCCCUGCAUGGGCCGACCAAGGAGAUUCUUUGAUCUCCCUGGUCGACCUUGGCAGUCGCGGCCCACCGGGCAUUUGCCCCAUGGCCUGUCCGGGCCUGGACGACACACAAAAAAUAUUCUCAGAAAUGACAUUGGGCAGCCCGGGACAGAGUUUUGGGCUGCCUAAAUAAAAGUUGAAAAAGAGCUAUGUCACCUAAUCCAAAAUAUUGCGUUAGGGACAUAGUGGUCAGUAUGGUGGUACCAGUUCCACCAUUGGCCCUGGACACUAGAGACGAUAAAUGCAAAAAAAGGAGAAAAUGCACCCUAAAUAAGUCAUGUGUGCAAACAUAGCACAUCCAGACUCCCAUCACCAAGGCCACUUCAAAAAGUAGAUUAAAACAGAAUGGGCGGUGCAACGCUCAGGAUGUCCUUAGAGUAUAGAAGGAAAAAAAAAGGGAAAGCUAGUAGUAAAGUAUGUCACAGUUGUGAGAAUAUUUAUGGGGAUUAAUUAUUAAUUAAUUUUUAUUAAAAACAAAAUUUUCAUAAAUAUUAAAAUUAAUAAUCUUUAUUAAAAUAUCAGGGGUUAAUAUUUUAUUGGUGCUAUUCCCAUUUAUUAUUUAAAAGCAAAGAGUUACUCACUAUUUUAACUCUUAGACCUGGAGUACGUUGUUGCAUUUUUGCCAUUAUUCAUGUAUUAUUUUUAUCACACAAUAUAUAUAUGUAUUUUCUUUCCUACACCAUAUCUCUGACACAGUUCCAAUAAAUAGUGGAAUAAAAAUAAGCACACUCACACACCUUUUCAGGGCUAAAAUGUAGCUCCAACUUAGGUGGCUGGGCAGAACAACCCCUGCCUAUGGAUAUGGUGGAGUAAUCGUUCUCUUAGUGGAUUCUUGCAGUGGUAGUGACUAAUAUGGGUAUUUGGAAAAAAAUUAGAUAUAUGGUGCAGUAUAUUAAAUCCAAAUAUAUAAAAUAAGUAUUAAACCAAUAUGCACUCACGUGGUUAGGAGCCUAGGAAAGUGGCUCUGCAGAUUCAGCUUAAAGUGGUAUAAUCCCAGCUCGUGGCUCUUGGUAAUGGUGGUCUCUCUCGGGUGAUAUAAAUAAAAAGGGAAAAACAAGCCAAAAUAGUGUACACCGUAUGGAGUGCAAGAUAAAAUGAAACUUAUAAAAACUACUCACGUUUAAUAGAGCAGACAAGGAUCGCUCUAUCCAACUGGCAUAGGUUGUACCAUCCCCACCAAAGAUAUUGAUGGUCAGGAAGUCCAGCUAAAAAAUGGGUCAAAUAGAAAAAGUACUUUUAUUGAUAAAAAGAUAGAAUAUAAAAAUAGCGUAAAAUUACUAUAUAAAACAAUAGUACAAUACCCUUGACGCAUUUCAGCAUAAAUAGCUUUAUCUAAAUUGUUCACUUCAAAAAGUAGAAGUGGUCAUGGUGGUUGGAGUAAUCCUUUAAAUUUAGCCUAUAUAUGUUAUGAUAAAGAAAAGAAAAAAACGUUUACAGCUUUGUACACAGUUGAAGUUCAAUAAAAUAUGCUUUACAGCAAUUCUUUGUAAAUAUUGGUGUGGUUUUGUUCCCUCAGCUGUGUACAUUAAAACAGUAAAUGAAGCUCUGUGUUUGUUUUAAAAUAAUAUUUAAUGGUUGUCAUAAGAAGCUGUUCUGUUACCGAUUUUACUCCUCUUUUGCUCAAUAAUCAUUACCUCCAGCUCGAGUAAUGGAGCCAUCCUAUAUGUCAUUCUGCGUGUUGGUAGCCUUGUGGACUUCUAGAACCCCAUUCUGUAUAUUGGUUUUCAAUAACACAGAGGAAAUAUACAGAAGGCAGCUAUGCCUAUAAUAUCUUCUUUGACUCCUUUGGUUAACUCAAGUUCAUGCCUCUGUGAUCUUCCCAGGCAGCAGCAUGAAUACCAACCUGCAAGCCCUCUAUAAUCUUAGUGAAACCUCUUUUAAUUCUUAAAGGGGAAUUAACAUGCAGUGAUGGUAAACCUUAAUAACCAUUCCACAAAAUUGUCUGCUGUUUUCUGUUGUCUUUUCUAAGCUUAGUACCUCCUGGGCGAAUACAGCCUUAUUCAAAGCAUUUUUAUUUAUUUUUUACCACUACACUAUCAAAAACAUAGGUUUUUAGUGAAUUAUCUGGUUAAUGAACUUUUCCUUUGACCCAAAUUACAGAAAUGUGCACCUCUGCUCAGUUGGGGGGGGGAUUUUUAAACCGGCCUUAAAAGUCCGCCAAUGAUUAUGGAUGAGGGGGAGGGCAUGUUCCAAAUGUUAACGCACAUGAUAUAAACACCAGGCAUUUGGCAGAACAAACUGUUGAGUCACAAACCAUUCUCAUCAAGGAUCCAGACUGCUUUUAAGAAUACUGACUUACAACAGACCAGGAAAUGCAUUAUUUUGCUAAAAAUCAAUUGUGGAUGUAAUUAAUAUUUUCAUAUUUAAUCGUUUCAUGUCAAAUAAUGUAAAUCCUUUCAUCAUGACAGUCCUGGUAAGUUACCCGUCAUAAAUGGAUGGGUGAGCUGGGCAUUUGUUUUAGAAACUGCAGAUAUGUGGAUUGGCAAAACAACAACAAAAAAUAUAUAUACAGUGAAUUCAGACCCCUUAGUUUUUUUUGUUGUUUUUUUAAUGUUGCGGCCUUAUGCUACUAUUGAUGUGAAAAUUAAUGACAAAGCAAAAAAAGAUUUUUGCAUCAUUGCAUAUAUAUUAAACAAAAAAUUAAAAAUUACAUUGAUGUAAGUAUUCAGAUCCUUAAAGGACCACUAUAGUGCCAGGAAAACAUACUCGUUUUCCUGGCACUAUAGUGCCCUGAGGGUGCCCCCACCCUCAGGGACCCCCUCCAGCCGGGCUCUGGGGAGAGGAAGGGGUUAAACACUUACCUUUAUCCAGCGCCGGGCGGGGAGCUGUACUCCUCCUCUCCUCCUUGCUCGCGACGUCAUCGGCUGAAUGCGCGCGCGCGGCUUCUGCAUUUACAAUGCUUUCCUAUGGACGCUUGCGUGCUCUCACUGUGAUUUUCACAGUGAGAAGCACGCAAGCGUCUCUAGCGGCUGUCAAUGAGACAGCCACUAGAGGCUCUGGAGGCUGAAUUAACCCUCAGUAUAAACAUAGCAGUUUCUCUGAAACUGCUAUGUUUAUAAAAAAAAGGGUUAAUCCUAGAGGGACCUGGCACCCAGACCACUUCAUUGAGCUGAAGUGGUCUGGGUGCCUAGAGUGGUCCUUUAACUGAGCAGUUACAGCUAAAUAUCUUUUUGGGUAUGAUAAGACCAGCAUUGCUCACCUGGAUUUGGGUAGUUUCUGCCAAUUAUCUCUGCAGAUCCCAUCAAGGUCUGAUUGGGACUAUCGAUUGACAGCCAUUGUUGAGUCUCUACAGAGAUAUUUCAAUGGUUUCAAGUCUGAGCUGUGGCUGGCAAGUCAAGGAAAUCAGAGUUGUCCCUAAGCUGAUAACUAGCUCCACAGCAAUGCACAGUGUGUAGGAGUAUCACAGAGAUCCUCAGCAAUGCGGUAAUACAGUGUUUAAAUGUUUUACAAAGUUCCAUACCAAUAAAACUCAGCGAUGUGCAGAGUACACGAAUAUCUCACAAAGCUUUUCGGUGUUGGACUGUGAUAUUAUUAUUAUUUACAAAGUGCCAACAAAUUCUGCAACGCUGUACAAUAGAUGGACUAACAGAUACUAUAUAUGAUAUGUAUGGAAAUAUGUGUUAGGCUGAGUGUGUGAGGAUUGAUGUGUGGUUGGUUGAAUAUGCUGUGAGUUUGGUUGGUGGAGUGUGAUUGCAUGUGGGAAGGAUCCGUGUGAUUGUGUCAAGUGGAUGAGACAUUCUACAAAUGAGGAUCGACUAAAUGUUAUUGUGUGGUGGUUACUGAAUGUGAUGAGUGGGGUUUGUUUGAUUCUGUUUGUUGAGUUAUCAGCUUUUCUCAUGUUGCUUCUUUUGCAUGUAACUAGACAUUUUGCCAUAUGCCAUUUCCAGUGACAAAACAGCAUUUUUAAACUGGUACUCUUCAGAACACUUAAAUAUUCCCCAGAUAUAUAGUUCUAUAUUCUCUCUCUAUCUCUCUCUCUCUCUCUCUCUCUCUUUCUCUCUCUCUGUCUCUCAUAGUAAUACAGGCACAAUCCUACAAACAGUGAUACACAGGGACACACACUCUUACAGAAACAUAGUAAUGCAGACAGUGUCUUGGUUUGAGAAAGACUCAUUGGAGUCAAAACCUUGCCUGGCAUAUCUACUAAAGACUGCAUUGGAUUAAACACUGAAUGCCAGAUCUUUGUCAUACAGACACACAUACACACUCAUACAGUCAUACAGACACUGCAUUUAAGUAGGGUAGCUCUCAAUGAAUAUCAUGUGGUAGAAACAACCUCUCAUAUCCUGUAGGGCCUCAUCCCUAGUGGCGCGAGAGAGCCAUGAGAAGCACCUUGCUUUAGUUCUACACACCGCUCUCUUGCUACCUACUCUGCAGUGAUGUCACGCAUCACUACAUUCUGAGCUACCAGGAGCAGUGUGUAUAACUCUAGGGGACUCUGCUGUCUGGUGCAGCAGGGGCAGGCAUGGAGACAGUCGGCAGCAUGUUGAUGGGCCAGUGUAGCCCAGGUGUCAGGCUGGGUGUGGUCCACAGGCCAUACGUUGCCUGCCCCAGAUCUAAAUAAUGUUAUAAAUAGUGUUGCACUAAUUGUCUAAUUUGCCAUCAUGUAAUUUGCACGACAGGCACACUUCAACCUUUAUUGUUUCAAAUAAAAGUCUAGAUUUUCUUUACGUCACUAUCAAUUUUUAAAUAAUAUUCCCAACAGAUUAUUGCUAGUUUUGUCAGACUAUAGAAAAGUUAGCUGAAACUACCAUUUCCAGAUAUGCCAUCUUAUCAAUGUGCCACGUAUCGACUUAUAAAUGUAUCACAAUUUACAAACCCUCAUUAAGUGUUACAGACAAAGAAGCCAAUCAUAAUCUGUGCUAUCUUUCUUGGAGAGUAUUAAGUUCCACCAAAUUAGGUUCAGGGGGUCCCUUUCUUGAAGAUGCUAUGCGCUCUAACUCCUGUUACUCUUAUCAUGGGAGCUACAGUUCACAGCUUCUUAAAUAUAGGUACACAAUUGUACCUACAUAGAUCUAACUUUAGAUUUAGUGGCAUGGUGUUUAAUUACAUUUUAACAAUACUGUACUCUUACCCUAGGUGCGAGUAGUCACAUAUUUACCGGGACAGUCAUCCAUUUUGGGGUACUGUCCCAGCAGAUUUCAAAAUGCAGGUUUGGACUGGGCACUAGGGCCAUGCACAAAGCGCUUUAACAACACUGUGUACAUUGUCUGCUAGAAGGGGCAAGCUAUCCCCUGUGAUGGGCAUGCCUGCACAGUGCUCUGUGCAACCUGCUCUCUUUCCUGUCCACCUCUGCUCCCGAAGGGGGGUAGUGAAGAUUGCCAAUAAUGUCUUAUGCACAGCGCAACAUUUCAGCAUUAUUUAAAUAGCAUUGUAAAAUGUGUAACUUCAUUUCUAUGACAGCAGCGUCAUGACAGGUUCACUUUUGAAGGAAACUUGUAAGUGUAUUUUAUAUUAUAAAUUCUAUAUAUCAUUUGUAUUGCUUUGAGUUAUUAAAAUUUGUAUUGCAUUGAAUAAUGCUUUCUAAUGGGGAAAUCUUAAUGCUAUCCCCCCCACCGGCUGACAUCGGUGGGGGAGAAACAUGGGCAGAGCCUGACCCAGCGCUGAGGGACAUCGGGACUGGAUUCAGGUUAGUGAUGGGCAUGCCUGCACAGUGCUCUGCGGGAGAGGGUGUGAGGGAGGGGCGCACUGUAGAAAUCUAUAGUGCGAGGAAAACUGCUUUGUUUUCCUGGCACUAUAGAAUCUUUUUAAGGGGAACACAGUGGCUGACCUCCAGACGAUGACGGAUUAAUCUUCCAUUUGGACCAAAUGAGCCUGAAUUCUUCCAAGGUGUCAUCGUCUAUGUGCACCAGUUCUUUCAUGGACUGAAUGUCUUCUACGUUCUGAAGCCACACUCUUCUUGUGAUGGGGGAUGUUUUGUUUCCAGUGUAGGGAAUCUAAGAGAUUUUGCUGAAUUUUUGAGGUGAAAAUGUGAGCGAAAACUUGUUUUUUUUAUUGGUUAGAUUUGUGUUAAAUGAAUGCAAAUAUUAUGAUGUAAAGAGUAUACGAAUAUCUGAGAACAAUGAGAUAACUUAUUGUACCUGGGUCCACAGCAGUCUGAUCUUGGAUGAGUUCCACCUCAGAUGGCUGAGAGUGGCUUCCUCAUUUCAUCAUCUCGGGCAAAGAGGGUAGAUUCACAGUCUGACUUUAUAUAAGCCCGAUGGUACCUGGUACCAAAGUGGUAGAGGUUGGUAUGCCUGUUUUUUGGUCUUAGUGGAGAUAGAACAGUGGUACAUUAAGUUAUACAGUUUGUACCAUUAGUUUGGGUGAAGACGUUCUCACGUUUUCUGAAAUUUAGGCAACUCAUAGGUUAGGGGCUGUGAGUUUAGUAGAGUGGUAUAUAAUAAAGAUAUUUUCUUUUUAGAGAUACAUUGGGUUUAUUUUUAUUUUUUUAAGAUAGGGUCAUAUCUUCAUGCAGUAGUUGAGUGGAAUUACAGUAAGUGGGCAGAUCAGUGAGCACAUACUGUAUGUCUGAGGGACAGGGAUAUGGAGAUAUAGGGAGAAUGUUAGAUAAAGUGGAUAUGAAAAUGAGCUGAAUGCAUACAGACUAAACACUUUUCUGCACAGGUGUCACUGUUUUGUUUGGAAUUUAUGAGUAAGUUUGCUAGAAAGUCUGUUAGCGCAAUGUAUAGAUGAAAUUUCUUCUCUAUUUUUCUGUUUUGUUUUGCAUGGCAGGUACACUUUAAUGUUUCCAGUUGGGAAAGUUUAUAUACUAUCAUCAAACAAUGCUACAUUAGUCCUGAGUGCAUGUGUGAUGUUAUUUGGAGACAUAAUUAUCUAGAUGAUAUUGUGCUUCAGCUUCAAAGCUUCCCUCUAAGGACCCUUUCUGUAAGGAUGGGAGUUGUAGUCUAAUGAGAAAUAAAGGAAAAUGAAUGUAACUUCUAGUUAGAUUAAGGAAAGAACACACAAUGCAUUCUUUAAUUUAGUUCAGUGGUUGGGGGUUAAGAGGCAUUUCAUGCUGCAAUUACCUUAUAAUGCUUUGAUAUAAUCGUUAUAUGUAGGAAGGAAAUGCAUUCAUCCUUCUCAAGCCUUUUGUUUGCUUUUAGUACAAUCCAUUUCAUGGACGAGUGUACAGUUCAAAUGCAUUUGAUAAGAUAUGAUCCUCAUAUUCUAUCAUAAUUAGUACAAUUUUAUUUUAUUUUAAUCUUCCGCUUAACAAAUUUAUCAUUCUAAAUAAUAUAAUCAUUUGGUUAUAUAUCUGCAGAAUGCUGUUUAAUUAAUGGGUUGGUUUGCAGUUUUGAUUUUAGACAUGUCCGCCAUCAGGGAUCCUUGAGUUUAUAUUUUACCAAACAUUACUUUUAUUUGAAUAGCUUUUUUUAAUGGAGACCCUCACACCAGCUGUCCCUACCGUUUACUACUCAUUUUGGAAAGGCUAAUUUUAUUGUGGUUUCUGCUCCUGCCCUUUUCAGAUGAAAUGGUGCUAGUUAAAAUGAAAUGAUGUGCAAGAGUGACAGAUAAGAUCUUUUCUCCUAAAUUAGUAGUUUUUCUUUCCUGUAUCACUGCUAAUUAAUGAGCCCAGUGGGAAUUUUCCAGACUCAUUAACACACUAGGCCCUAAGUAACUGCAGUAUAAAUAACACAAGCAGAAUACGGCAGCAUACACACCUCAAUUUAAAAAAAUAGGACCAGCACGCUACGGGACAUCACAAUCCCAUAUCGGCACAGUGCUCCUAAAAGGUUGCCUACCCCUGCACUAGGGCGUUUGAAGAAAUGUCUGAAUGUGAAAGAUUAUUUCUCAUGCUUAAUAUACCUGUCUCUUCUGCUCCCAUAUUGUGAAAUUAUUGUGGAAAAGCAAAGGUGUUUGCACACUUAAGGAGACUCAAAGAAAUACUAAGAAAAAAAGUUUGAAAAUAGCCCUCUCUAAAACCAGUAACAAAUAGAUGGAAUACUCCAUGCACCAUAACUACUCCAUUGUUAUGUAGUGGUUAUGGUACUAUAAGUUCCCUGGCAUUGUUCCACAGUAUGGAAUCCAUUUUCAGAAGAUUUGACUCUGGGUCACUUGGGCACUGAUGGUUCUUCUGGUCUGUUGUGAUUUCACUAAAGGAGAAGUUACCAUGCUGCUUUGUCAGUAAUAAAAUCUGCACAUCAUUUACCGGCUCAGCUGAUACUCCCGUCCAAUGAAUUAAGUUAAUUUAUGUUGCUAAAACUGAAUUGGAACUAUUGCUUCAGAGAUAUCAUAGAAGGCUGGAAGAACCUUGGGCUUCUGAGAGAUUCAAGUACUGUAAUUGUCAAAGCACUCAAAAACUGUUUCAAUCCUUACCAUAGGAACAUUACCUAGUACUAUAACCACUACAGCACACUAUAGUGGUCCAAAGUUUCCCCUUUGAAAGCUUGUUUUAUGAGUAGUUAUCACUCUCAGAAAAAAAUUGAGAGAACCGAUACAUUAAGUCAUGAGACCACAGAUUUUGAGACAUUAUAUUGAUGAUGAAUUAAAAAAAACAAAAAACCUAAGCAGUAAAAAACUCCCAUCUGGAUAGCACAGUUAUGCAGGUUUCUCCUGAGAUCUACUGCUCAUCACCUUUUUUGCCUAAAUCAAGGAGUUGCCGACAUGUUUCACCCAAUCUUUGGUCUCAAAUUCAAUCAACUGAAUAUGGUUCAAUUGAGAAAACAUACAGAGACAUUCACUAGUGAGAAUGCAACGUGGAUUCGAAGUGAAUUCAGAAGCAAGCCCAAAAUAACUGAACUACAUGCGUAGCUGACUUGGAGAAUGUUUCCAGUUUGGCUCAUGUGGCCUUAAAUUUGACAUUUACUUUGAAUUUGUAUUGAAUUCCCAACAAAUCCCACUUUAGUGUUAACCCUGCGUGUGCAACCUUCAUUGAGUUGACGAGCAUCCAUGUUGAUUUGUUCUAUUGAAUAAAAAUGCUAGAUUGCCAAGGCCUGCACUAAAUAACCGUCUGUGAGUUGAUAACUGACAUGCAAAAUACCAGAGCUAGUAACAAAGACUUCAACUCUACAUUGAGGGGGAGAUAUAUUCCCAUUCCUUCUAUUCGGUAACCAUGUUUAUUAAUCAUUCUACUCCAUGCUUUGUGGAUGAGCCCCAUAAAUAUUAUUGCCAUUCUGGCUUUUUAUUAUGACAGAAAAAUUGAAUAUUCAGUAUUUUGUAGUUGUAUCAAUGCUUUUUUGCUUACAUAAAUACACCUUUCUUUGCAGGAUCUGCUAGCAAAGAAAUAAUCCAUUUAUGAGUUAAUGUCAGAAACUAUAGCUCUAAUCUGGCAAACCUCCAUUGCAGCAAUGUUUAUUGUAAUUCCAUUUUUUUUUAUUUGUUUUCAGAAACAAUUUCUGUCUAAUCAAGCUUUGGCCGGAUGGAGAGUUCUAGUGUACUAAUAAUUUUAAUUUAAAGGGACACUAUAGUCACCAAAACAACUACAGCUUAUCGAAUUUGUUCUGGUGAGUAGAAUCAUUACAUUCAGCCUUUUUGCUGUAAACACGGUCUUUUCAGAGAAAAUGCAGUGUUUAAAUUACAGCCUAGUGAUAACUUCACUGGCCACUCCUCAGAUGGCUGUUAGAGAUCCUUCCUUGGUCAUGGCUGCUUAAAAUGCAUCCAAACAUUCAGUAUCUCCUCCCUCUGCAUGCAGACACUGAACUUUCCUCAUAGAGAUUAAUUGAUUCAAUUCAUCUCUAUGAGGAGAAGCUGAUUUGGCCAGGGUUGUGUUUGAAUCAUGCUGGCUCUGCCCCUGAUCUGCCUCUUUCUCAGUCUCAGCCAAUCCUAUGGGGAAGCAUUGUGAUUGGAUCAGACUACCACUUCUGAUGAUGUCAGCAGACUGUUUGUUUUUCUGAGGCAAACCGCAUGCAGAGAUACAGCUUCAGGCUUGAAUACAGUAAGAUUUGCUAUAUUUAUGGAGGCAUGAGGGGCCCGGGGGGGCUAGAUGUUGGUUUUAACACUAUAGGGUCAGGAAUACAUGUUUGUGUUCCUGACCCUAUAGUGAUCCUUUAAUAAUGACAGGAGGCGAGUAUUUUGCAUAAACUUCCUUUACUACUCCAAUAGCCGCAAAGAACAUAGAAAAGAAAUUACCAAUAAGAGAUAAGCAUAGUAUAAGCACAUCCUCUUGAAAUUAGCGACAUCACAAGUCAAACGAAACAUAAAUCCGAACCAGGAAACGUCCAAGUUCUUAUAAGGAAUUGUCCCCAUAAAAUCCAUAUGACCGCUGGAAUGUAGAAACAUCUUCUCAUGAAGACAUCCAAAUACGGUGUUGCGUUGCAUGAAGCUGAAACAAGACCGAGAAUGUUUUAGAGGUAUAGCCAAUGACCUUGAAAAAACAUGAGCAACCAUAGUCUGGCUAACUAGCAGCAUUACUUGUUAAAUGUACUGAAAAUCAAACAAGUUUAACUGACUAACAUAUCGAUAAUAUUCUACAUUAUAAUUAAUAGUAAACAUACACCAGAAAUGCAUAACAUAGCAAACGUGAAUACAUUUGACAGUGAAAUUUCAACUAAACAAUAUAGCAAGAAGAAACCAUAUGAACCAUAGCUAAAACCAAAAUCCCAAGGAGGAAAGAGAAAGAGAAGGGGUGGGGAAUACUCUCCUCCUGUCAUUAUUAAAAUUAAGAUUAUUGGUACAUUAAAGCUAGCAUAAUCAAUUUUAUCACACGGCAUGAGGCUUCAUAUUUUGCAGUUUUAACGCUACUGUAACAAGAAGAGCACGGCAUUUGGAGAAGGGCGAAAGUAAAAGGUCCGAAAGGUUGACUCCGGUGACCAAUCCGCCGUUGCUAAAAAUGUCAGACAAAAAGGCCCCCACUGCAAAGGCGGAUGACUCCGCCACACCCCGAACUGAAUGUGCGCCAAACGAAGUGUCAAUACAGAUAAAGACAAAAUCCACCUCACCCAUCGCAACAAGGUGGUAACUGAAACCGGACCGUGUGGCUUAACAUAAGAGGUUAACAGUUGAUGAGAGUAUCAUACAAAAAAUUCAACAUGGAGACAGGCUGUAAAAGUAUCGAGAUCCUGUCCUAUACACCAAUUAGACCAUGAGAGCCAGGCCGAGAGAUAACAUCACCUAGUUCCUGGAGCCCACAACUCCCAGAGGAUGUCUCUAGCCUCUGCUGAUAACUCCUCGGUGCACCAUGAACCCCUGAAAGAGUCCAGGCUACCAAAGACAGGCAUCCGGCUUGGAGCAUUGGAUGCGGGUUCCCCAUGGGGUCUCUGAGCAUCAUCCGUUCAUCUGGCAGUAGGAGAGGGUCCUCGUAUGACAGUGCGAGAAGGUCCCGGAACCACGGUUUUAACUCUGCCAUAGAGGUGUUAACAAGAGGUCCAUCACUACUUGGAUCCUGAUGUGGUGGAGUACUCUCACAAUCAUAGCAAAGAGCGGGAAGGCAUAUGCUCCUCUGGCUGGCCAAUUCUGAAGGAAUGCGUCCACUGCUGAACUCUUUGGGUCCAGUAACCAGCUGUAGAAGGUUGGCAGUUGGUGCGACACGCAAAGAGGUCUAUCUCGAAUCCCCUCUAUUCGUUCAGCUCUGAAAAUAUGCAUGGAUCUAAUUGCCAGUCGCUGCUGUCUCGCCAAUGCCAUGAGAACCAGUCCGCAGUCAGAUUGAUCGUAGAUGUUCCGCCAUCAAUGUUAUGUUGCGUGGGAGAUAGUAUUCAAAGAUUUCCUUUGUGAGAUCUGCCAAUGUUUGGGAGCAGGUGCCUCCUAGAUGGUUGAUAUAUCGAACUGCAGAGAAGUUCUCCAUUCGCAGUAGGAUAGCCUUUUGUUAGACUCCAAAUCGCAAAGGCGCCUGCCAACAGUUCCAGGGAGUUGAUAUGGAGAGCGAGUUCGUCCGUCGUCCAUAUUCCGCCUGUGGCUAAUUGUCCAUUGGUGGUGUCCCAACCCCAUCAGUUGGAGUCUGAUUCCAGUACAAAUUCUGGACGCGUGCCAAAGAUGGCCCGUCUAUUCCAGGCUUGCAUGCAAUCGAGCCACCAUCGAAGUUCCUGUCGGACUUCUUCCAUCAUGGGGACAGUUGGUCAUAGGUGGGGUUCCGUCUGAGGAAGCGUGCUUUCAGGCGUUGCACGGCACAGUAAUGCAGCGAGCCCAGGAAGAUUGCCUGAAUAGAGGAGGAUAGAAGGCCAACAACCCGUGCUAACAUGCGGGAUUGAUUCCCAGUGCAGGAUCCUGCAAAUCUCUUUUCGGAUUGCUGAGACCUUUGUUGCUGGAAGUCGAAGUGUACAGGACCUUGAGUCCAUGUCGAAGCCCAGGAAUUGUACACAUUGAGCUGGAGUCAUUGCGGACUUUGUGCGGUUUACGAUGAAACCCAGGGAUUUGAAUACCUUCAGUGUAUUCUGUCUGUGACACCAGUUGUCAUAUCUGACCGUACAGAAGUAUGUCGCCUAGAUACACUAUGCAUCGUAUACUCAAUCUCCGAAGGUGGGCCAGCACUGGUUUCACAAUCUUCGUAAAGCACCACGGUGCUCAGCCUUUUUCGAAUGGAAGGCAGGUGAAUUGCCAAGGUGUUCCUGGAUCCCAACAGACUUUUGGUCUCCUGACACUGGACGUCCUCACGCUUUGCAUGAGAACAUCCAAUGGCAGUAAAAUCCUCAUAGGAAAGCAUUGAGGAAAUGCUUUUCUAUAGGGAGGGUCUAAUGUACUCGCCGGGCAGGUGCAUUAGCCCCCCCACCUCACCCCAUCGGAUGACAUCAACCAAAUGAGAUUGGCCCUGGAAUCAAGUUAGUAAACAAAAGAUUUUUAACCCUUUACAGAUCGGGGAGCCCACGAGGUAGGGGGAAGGGGGGAAACCAGAGAGCAAUAUAGUUUAAGGAAUGCAACGUUGUAUAUAGGAUAUACAACUAUAGAAUCCUUUUAAAGGCACAAUGUAUGCACCAUAACGGCUUCAAAGGAUUGAAGUGGUUAUAGUGCCUGGAGACCAUUGAAGUCAGGUUCUGCACCAUAAUACAGGUUAUUCACCAUUUAAUAGAGAUGCUCUGUCCCCGACAGUCUGAUGGCUGCAAGGAACCCAAAAAGCUCUGCUAAAUGGUGAGUAAACCAUUCAAUUGAGGUGGUGCCUACAGUGUUCCUUUUAAUGUUUUAAUUUACACACCUGGUUCUAGGUGUCAUAUUGAGAAAUCCAAGGCAGUUAUGUAAUUUGCGAAUGAUUAUAACUCCACAGCACUUUAUUCUGGUAUUUCCAUGGGUAAGUACUUAACCUGGGCACUUGUGACACUGCACACACCAUGUUUCCUUCCACCUUGGUAUCAGUGGUAUAAAGGGGUGCCUAGAAUUACAAAUACUGUUGCAGCACCUCACUUGAGGUGAAUGGCGUCUCAGGAAAAACCUUUAGGAGAGGCCAUUAUGUAGCAAAGUAGUUUUUCUAUCAUUGUUUCAAGUGCAUGAUUAUUUAAUGCGUUACCUCCUUUAAUCAUUAAAAUGAGUGCUGUCUCUUUAAAAUCUGGUACAUUAGUGAUGUUUAAUGAUAUCUCUGGGAAGGCACGAUAAGGACAAGUUGUAUAUUUAACAGUGUUAGGGUUUAGAAAAGCUUCAAGCCUUCACAGUGAACUCUAUGCAUAUUGUAUGAGAGUUGAUGUAAUCCUCCUGCUGCCGUGGAUCCUGUAACUCUUUGCAUUCUGUUCUAGUAGUGAAAUACAGUGAUAGCUAUUCUAUAAAUCUGCAAUUGUGGAGCAUUGACAAAUUAAUUGUAAAUUUUAGGUCAAAAUAGACAGUUCACCCUUUGGUUUAGGUCUUUAAAAAAACGUCCCUGCACUCAGCAUUUCAAUUUGGCCAAGUUUCCCCUCAUUUGGAAGUUUUGUAAUACUCUUACAGUGCUGUGAUUUUUUUUGGAUUUUUUUUUAUGUGGGGGGGGGGCGGGGGAGUGUCGAUAGGGGGAUUAUUUAAAUGUUUUCCAUGGUUUAGUGUUAAAUUGGCCAUGUUGUUGUAGUCUGGUAUAAAUAUUGCAUGCAUGAUUAUAAAUGAGCGGCUCUAGAUGAUCAAGACUUUUCUCAGUACCUUGGACAGUUCACUGCAUCCAUAAGUGUGUGGCAUACACAUGAUAUAUUCAGGGAAGUUAACAGAGAUGAAGACUCUUACAACACACAAUGAAAACAUUUCAACUAUAAGCCUAAACAUAUUCAUCACAUUUAACAAAAAAGUAUAAUUUUGUAGCAAAAUUUACAUUGAUGCAUUUAUUACUCUUUAGGAAGUAACUCCCAGAGUAACCUCUACCUCACAUACCUGUCUCUUGCUCUCUCCUAAUCUGUCUACUCUGCUUCACUCCCACCUUGAUUGCUAUCUCCUGUCCUAUUGUGUUUUAUACCCUACCCUGUAUAAAACACAAUGAAGCUUUUAAUGAAUGUUAAUUGUUCCACUUAAAAAAAAAAAAAACUACUUUUGUUUUUUUCUUUAUACAUAGAUGUUUUAUAAAAUGUUUAAAUUCCAAAAAUUAUCAGAAUGUAAAACUAUACCGAAGGAAUUCAAGAUGGCUGCUGCACUGUCUUAUUUUUGUACGUGAAAUAACCUAGAACAAGCAACUGAAAAUCUUACAUUCAAACAAAAUAGUUCUAGUGAAGACUGCACAUACUUAAUUAGUAAAUUAUUUCCCUUUUAACUGAAAACUUGGUACAUCAACUUAAUGUGUCUGCCAAAAUACACACAGUAUAGAUACAAUAAACAUUGAAAUGUUGUGAACUGAAAAUCAGAGUACCCAAUUUAGACCAUAAUAGCGGAUUUGAAACAAUUCUCCAAUUUAACUAUAGUCAUAGGGUAGCUAUUUAACAAUUCAGUUUGUUUUCAGUCUGUUUCAUGAAUAAUGAAUAACUCCUUGUAUGUUUUUAAAGUAUGAAAUAUUCUACUAUUUGCUUUAUCAUGUUGCAAUAAGCAGCCAUGUUGGGAAUUCUGGAUUUCAAAGCAUUUUUAUGGUUGUUAUAUUACAGAAUUGCUUUUCUUAAAGGAACACUAUAGUCACCAGAACAACUACAGUCUUCACCUAUGUGUCUUUAACACCCCCCCCCCUUUUGAUUUUCUUACCCUCUUUAAUAUGUCUAGCACUCUCUUGUUUGUCUCUUAUAACCCCCCUUGUGUAUCUUUCUUUCCCCAUUCCCUUUGUGUCUUCCCCCCCUAUUCUUUUUACGUGUGACAGGGGCAGAGGGAGGGGGGCAGGGGCUGAGGUGAAGUAGAGGGGCAGGGGCUGAUGUGAAGUAGGGGGCAGGGGCUGAGGUGGAGUAGGGGGCAGGGGCUGAGGUGGAGUAGGGGGGCAGGGGCUAAGGAGGAGUAGGGGGGCAGGGGCUGGGUAAUGAAGAUAGGGGUUGUGGAGGGGGACAGGGAACUGGGUAAGGGGAAGAGGGACAGGGGCUGUGGAGGGGGACAGGGGCCAGGUAAGAGGGACAGGGGCUUUGGAGGGGAAUGAAAAAAAAACCUAAAGUGUAUUCCUCCCUGAGACUUACCUUGGGCCAGGAAGAGGUGGUACAGGAUCUGGAGUCUGCAUAAAGCAGUCAGUGGAGUCGGCCGGCCACUCCUGAUGAUGUCAGAAGGGGGGGGCGUGACUUCCUCUGCUCUUCUCUCAGACUCCCCAGCGGUCCUGGGAGAAGAGAAGAGGAAGUCACUCCCUCUCCUCCUGACAUCAUCAGGAGAGGCCGGCCGACUCCACUGACUGCAGGGAGAGGGAGGUAAUUGGAAAAAUUAGAGUCCUCAGCCAGAUGCUAGGGAUUCGGAGUUUUGCACUCCCCCUGCUCUGGUUCCCUAAGGCGGCGCCUGAGCCACCUUAUGGACACGCUGGCCCUGCAUUGAUUCAAUGCAUUUCUAUGAGGAGGGGCUGAUUGACCAAACUUGUUUGGCCCCACCCCCAUCCCGCCUCCUUGCCCAUUGCAGUCAAUACAAUGCUUUCCCUAUGCUGUUCCUUUAGUUCUUUAAGACUUGUGGAGAAUUCAAGAAAUGUGUUAUUAUAUUAUCAUCAUAGAUUAUUUGUAUUUGUCAGGGUGGAAAUUUUACUACCAAAACAGUUUGUGUAUUGUUAAAUUUCCAGAUAUACUACACAUUAUAUGUGUUUGGGGCAGAGAUAUAUUUGUGUUGCUGGUAAUAUACCAAACACAGAACAUGUUAUUUUUGGGUACUCGUUUGAAUGGGGAGUUGUCAAAGUUAAUCCUUCCCUGUCUCUAUAAUCGUUAUUGCAUCUUUUUAUAGGAAAUGGGUUCAAAAGCAUUAGUAGGAAUGUUUACUGGCUCUUGGCCUUUGCUAUCAAACUCUCCCUUGCUUAAACACUGCAAACAUGAAGCUGUCAGCUGUUCAAACCUCAUUCUCAAUCGUCACUGUUUCUAGAUAAAUUUGAUUUGUUUGGUAUGCCAAUUUCAUGCUUAACAAAAAUAGCGUGUUUCUAUUUUUAGAGUAAAGUGUCAGUUGACUAAUAUGUGGCUGAGUUCUAUUUGUGGACUAUUACUGCUGCUAUGGUAUUUUCCUAAUUGUACAAAACAACACUGAAGGCCGUUACCAUGGGAACACCUACUAUAGAAGGACAUGCCUCAAAUAAGACCUAUUUUAUACCUGCUUCAAGAUUAUUUCACCCAUUCACAGCCUGCAAUAGCCUGUGAUCCUGUGACUCUUUGGACAUUUUUUGUUUUCCUUUAAUAUGUAAUGUUUAAAUGACUUUCUCUUAAAUAAAUUUAAAAAAAUAUAACAGAAGUUUAAAAAAAACAAAAUUUUAUGCUAUACUGUCUCUGCCAAACUCUUCCCUUCAUCUGAUGUGGCCCUGACAGUUUUUCUGCAAUGAGGACUCACAAGUAAGCGGGAGAAGCUAAUAGAUAACAAAAAGAUAAGACAAGCUGAAGAUCAGCGUGUCUUUCCCAACUUUCAAAACACACACAAAUUUCUUUUUUUCCUUUUUUUUUUUUUUUUGAUUUUUAGAUUUACAGACCACAUCAUGUCUAUCAUGUUGGCAGUACCUGCCUGGAUUUAUUUGACAUGGGUUGGAACUGUGCUGUUUACACAAUAAACUCCUCUUAAGAGAAACCUUUUGUGAUUCACUUCUCCCUUGAGAUUAUAAUGCUUGUUUGAGUAUUGUUAUAAAUAAAUGGCUGCUGACGUUAGCCUUAUUUUCAUGAUUCUGUUGUGCUGUAGCAUAACAUUGCAGCUGAAUGUAGGGGUGGAUUUGAUUUUACUUUAAAUAAACCAGGUAAAGAAAGUGCCCUGGCAGUAUUAUAUCUUGGCUUUUAUGUUGGGGUCAUUUACAUUUUGAUGUACUCAGUCAAGACCUUUUCAAAUACAUUUUAAUCCUGAUACUGUAGGAUGGCAACUACCAUAAUUCUUUGCAUGAGGCUUGCAAAGCAUUAUGAAAGUUGGAGCCCAAACAAAUGGGGGUUUGGCAUGGCUUCAGUGUGACUCACCUAUUUAUAAGAUUGUCUGACUUUAUUAUUGUAAACAUUACUAAUAUCCCUCGCGUCAUGCGUUUAUUUACAAAGGGACAAUCACUACUUCCUACUAUAUAGGAAAAAACAUGCGUAGACUGGUUUACAUAGUAAGUCAGAAAGUAACAAGUAGAUGAUUGCAUUUGAGGACCAGGGCUGUUUUAACAUUUUAGUGGUGUUUGUGUUUAGCUGUAAUUUUCCUCUCUCUCUCAUUUACUGUUCCCAUGCAAGUUAUAUAUUGGGGGGGGGGGGUUUCGGGACAAAAAGAGCUUUCUUUACAUACCAUUAUUUGUAUCAUGUCAUAUAAUUUACUUUAAAAAGAAAAAGAAAAUAUGGUGAAAAAUAUAAAAAAAACAUUUUUUUAACUUUUGCUUGAAAAUCUUUGUUACCUACGAAAGCUAAUGAAAAAAGGAAAAAAACUGCUAAAUAGAUUAAAAAUUUUGUCCUGAGUUUAAAAACACCCAGUGUUUACGUGCUUUUUUGCUUUUUUUUUUUUUUUUGCAAGUUAUAGGGCUAUAAAUACAAAUAGGAAAUUGUGCUUUCAAAAUAUAUAUUUUUAGAAUGUAUCAAUAGUGACAUUGUAACACUGUUACCUGUCAUAAAUCUCUGAAUCACACCUCACAUGUACAUAUAUUUUUUUUUAAAGUAGACAACCCAGGGUAUUCAAUAUGAGGUAUGUUCAGUCUGUUUUAGUAGCCACUUAGUCACAAACACUGGCCAGUUAGCAUUUACAUUAGUUUGUGUGUUAAAAAUUCAAAAAACAAAUAUUAACACUAACUUUGGCCAGUGUUUGUGACUAAGUGGAUACUAAAAACAACUGAACAUACCCCAUUUGCAAUACCUUGGGUUGUCUUCCUUUGCAAAUGGUAUGCCAUCAUGGGGGUAAUUCUCAUUCCUGGUCUACCAUACGCUCUCAAAGGCAACAUAACCAACCUGGCAAUUUUCAAUGUAAAAAUAUUUGACCCUGUAACUUUCAAAAACACUGUAAAACCUGUACAUGGGAGGUACUGUUAUUCUCGGGAGACUUUGCUGAACACAAAUAUUAGCGUUUCAAAACAGUAAAAUGUAUCACAACAAUUAUAUCAUCAGUGAAAGUGCCAUUUGUGUGUGAAAAAUGCAAAAAAAGUAACUUUCACUGACUAUAUCAUCGCUGUGAUAUGUUUUACUGCUUUGGAACACUAAUAUUUGUGUUCAGCGAAGUCUCCCAAGUAAAACAGUAUCCCCAUGUACAGGUUUUAGGGUGUCAUAGAAAGUUACAGGGUUAAAUACAGUGCUAGCAAAUUAAAUUCUCUGGACUUUCUUCCUGGGUUGUCACGCAGGUCCCUCAAAUUGUAUUCAAUAAAAUUACUUAAUAAUGUAAAAAUAUUACAUAAAUACGCAUGUAGAAUUUAAAUAUAUAUGCAAAAAAAUUUGUGUACAUUUUAAAGUAUACUGAUUUUGUCUCCAUUUGUUUUUGACAAAACAGAUGCAUAGAUUAAAUUUGUUCAAAACGCCACAUGAAUGAAACCCAAAUCACCCAAAAUAUGUAUAUUUUUUAUUCAGACAAACCAGAUUUGUUUACCACGCACACAUCUAAUAACAAGGAAGGUUUAUUCAUAACAAUUGUGACUAAAUUACCCAAUCACUGGCUUCUGCAAAAUUGGAGAACUUUUGUCUAAAUGUAGCAAAUUCAAAAUCCCAAGUAUUACCUGUAUAUGUAUAUUAUACAAAAUACUAUAUGACUGUUAACUGGAAGAGGAUAUUUGGCAGUUGCUAUGGCAUUCCCACAAGAAUACCCACAUUUUUUAAUGAUUCCAAACAAUAUAUGUUCCACAAUUGAAAUGUGAAAUGUAAAUGAAAUUGAGUGAAUAUUUAUAGGUACAAAUCCUACUUGCAUUUCUAUUGGACAAAGCCUGACAUUUUACAAUAAAAGGGAAGCACUUUAUUUAAAGAUUGAAUGCAACUGAAAUGUGCCACGUGGUUUAAAUUGAGAUUGGACAAGGUUAGCAAUUCUCAAACCUGGGGUUGAGUGUGUCUGCAAUGUUUGGAAUAUUCACAUGAUAUUCUUAAGGCCUUAUGUUCAUUGUAGAAGCACUGCCUUCCCUAUUGCAGUGAAAAGAGUCUAAUAUAGUACGUAUUUUGCUAUUUAUUAUAUUACAAUCGGUAAACUAGUCACUGAACUAAUUUUACAAUUGAGAUAUGGGUGACCAAGUAAAAUGUCAUGAGAAUAAUUUAGGUCCCUGACAAAAAAUGUUUCAGAACCACUAGACUAGGCUGAUCACUAGGUGCAUUAUAUUUAUCCUACAUAUUUUUGUGCUUAUCUUGUCAGGUCCCCUGCCUCUGCGCCACUCGCGGCAGCCUUGCUUACUUUAUCAGAGCGAGCGGCGUCAUCUGGGCCCUGUCUCCAGACUGGCCGUGUGUCUGACGCUGCACGCUCCAGAGAAGCUUCCUUAUAUGUGUGCUGUACCCAGUCAUGUGACCCAGCACACAGUGAUGACCUCUAUUCUCUCUAUUCUGUCCUGUCUGCAUGUUAGGGUUCCCUAGUGAACGUUGCAUAUCUGCCUUUUGGAUAUAUUAUGUAGCUUUCAUUCCAGAACAUGUACUUCAUAAUAAAUUAAUAUAUUCUUGAAAUAGCAUUGUGUUGCUCUCCACUCCACAACUUCCUCACCCUUUUCAUCUUUUAAAACGAUUAUGGACUAUGGAGCAGAGGUGAAUAGCUUUAAAAAAAAUGAAUUUUUGGAGUUUGCUAAAUAAUGUUCAGGGUUUUUUUUGUUUGUUUUUCUAACUAUAGGUGUCAGUUUAGUAUUGUUGGAUAAGCUUUUCAAAUAGUUUUAAUGGCUUAUCUGACAAUUAAGGCCUAUCUGCAAGAUUGCAUGUCAAUAUGUUUUUAUAUAUGGAUAGUUCAAUACAGAUGAUACACUUGGCAGUCUCUCUUCCCUUCUGGGUAUGUUGUUCUUUAUCUCUUGUGUACUACUUCUAUUGUAGACUUUUUUAGAACAUACCACUUGUCAAUUUUUGUUUCUAUUCAAGCACCAUAACCACAGAAGAUUAUUAUAAAUUAUUACUUUUUGGCUGUGGUUAAAGUCCAUCAAAGGAAACUUUAGGGUCAGGAACAGAGACCUGGAUCCCUGGCCAUAUAGUGUUAAAAACACCACCUAGUUCCUCCUUCCUCUCUUAAAUAUAGUAAAAUCCUAACUUUAUUCCAAUCUGCUGGUGCUAGCUCUGCCCCUGUUCUGCCUUCUUGGCCAGAGUGGUGAUCUCAGCCAUUCACAAUUCUUUCCCAUUAUAAAGCACGAUUGACUGAGAUUGUCAAGGAGGUAGAUCAGGGGCAGAGCCAGUACAAUCCAAACACAGCCCCGGCAAAUCAGCACCUCCUUAUAGCGUUGCAUUGAAUCAAUACAUCUCUAUGAGGAAAUUUCAGUGUAUCUAUGAAUGUCAGUGUUGCACAGUAGACCUAGUAGACCUAUGAGGAGUGGCCACUGGAGGUAUCCCUAGGCUGUCAUUCUCUCUGAAAAGGCAGUGUUUACUGCAAGGAGCCUGAAGGGUUUGAUUAUACUCACUGGAACAAAUACAAUAAGCUGUAGUUGUUCUUGUGACUAUAGUGUCCCUUUGAAGCUUUUGUCAAAUUAUUUUCAAAGAAGUAAGGAUCCCCAACUCCCUGAAAGUCUGUGCCAAUUUGGCAGUUGUAAUGUAUAAAUGGCACCUCUGUACAGUCACAUUCGCUUACUCCUUACAAAUAUUUGGUGGGUUAUGAGGAGGUAAACUUAUUCAUGCUUUCAAGCCUAGGGAGUGGACUCUGGGUACCAACAAAACCAAUUUUUGGUCAAGCCACUUUAAAAUGGUUUGACAUAAUUGCACAGCCUCUUUAAUCAUAACUACAAAACCUGUUUUUUGGUUGUUUUAUUUUAUAUCCUAAUUAUUAUCCUCAUUGCGAUUGUAUAUCCACUGUAGUAUCCUAAUUAUUAUCAUCAUUGCUUGUUGUGAUUGUAUAUCCAUUGUAGAACUCUGUCAGAUUUGCUGCCAUGCUGUAAACUAUAAACAAAUAAUAUUAAUAAUCUGGGCCGAGAGGUUUUUCUUAAACUGCAAAGAGAUUUCUAAACAUCUGACUGCCUUUGCAGGUAGCAUGGAAAGUAAAUAGAGAAAUGGAUUCAAGGACUGAUUUGUAGAGAUCUAUAUCAGUCUUCUGCUACUGUUGUAUUCUAAUGCUGUCACCAUGAAUGGGACUAUAAUGGAAUAAGAAGCUAAGCAUGUACAUUCUCCUGUUUCCCUUAAUGUUUGCUGUUUUCUCUUAAUCGGAAAGGCACCUCUUGGCUAAAAUAUCCAGAUGGAGGUAUUGAUAUACGAAACACCUGCUUAAGAAACUGCAAUUACUUGUGAACCUUUGUCAGCUACUCGCUGUGUUUUUAAAUGUCAAACAUUCACGAGAGUUGUAGUCCGCUCAUAUCUAGAGGUCCAGUAUUUUUCCUACUAUCAAUGAAUAUGAGCUGGUUCUACCUAACAACUGUGGAAGUCAAUGGUUUGCAACAGGCAGUGUGUUAGAGCUGCUAAUCUACGAGGGGCAAGCUGUGUGUGUCUAUUAACCUCCCUGCUGCUUUUCAGAUUACAUCUUGGCAUUAAUUAAGAUCCCAAAAUAAAGUCUACUGACCCUCAGGCAAGCUUUAGCAACAUCCACAGUUGCUUUAUGGAGAAACAGCAAUGGGUUUAAAUUGAGCUGUGAAACAGACAAAAGUAACAAAAUGAUAGUCCUCUACAUUACCAAACAUAGGAUAAAUGCUAUUUAUUUUUAGUGAAAUAACUUCUUUUCCCACUUAAGGACACUGCUUAAGACAUAAAAGGCCAGCAUGACAUAACAUUUCCAUCAUGUGUCCUUAAGGGGUUACAGUAUUUCUUGCUUAAGAGUUAUUAAUGACUAGUUUACAAACUUUAAAUAUAAAUGACUUAACUUGAUUUGACUUAAAUUACUUAAUUAUAGUUGAUUUAAAUAUUGUAUUUGUAGUGUAUUAAUUAAAGUUGAAUUAUUUUAUUAUGUUUAGUAAAACAUAGAUCAGGAUAUUUUCUACAAUAUUUUUUCCACCCCCAAUGCCCAUACAAGCAGCAUAAGAACUGCGUAAAUGGGUACAUUUUUUAAUAUUCCCCAAGACGGGUCCACAUUAUAUAAAUAUCUGUGUCAGUUAAUUGUAAUGAUAAAUGCAAAUUAUAUUACUUUGGUCUUGGAUUUUUUCAUUUAAUUAGUUAUUUUUCAUUUUCACAUAUCCACAUUCGAGUCCAGCAUUGUUUUUGUUUGUUCCACUUGCAUGAAUUAGUUGUGGUAGAUAAAGUGAUUUAAAUUGCUUUCAAAAAGUCAGAAACAUCGAAAGCAUUGACCAUUUUAAUAAUGAAGUCACGUUGGCUUAAUAUCAGAAAAUGGGGAGUCCACCAUAUGUAGCUGAUUGCCUUAUCACAUUGCAAGCUGAUGACAUAUAAUUAUCUUCUCUAAUGCAGUGUAGAAGUGUCCUGAUAAAGGGAUGAGGGAAGGUUCUCAAAUAUGUGCUAACAGGUGCCUCUCACAGCUUUUAAUAUGGCUAACAUUCCAUAUGCUUGCUCAACAGUGUCUCAUCUCUUGAGCCCUAGUAGGCUUAUACACUCUUAAGACACCUUCGAAUAGUACUGUUUCAGUUUAUGAGACCAGCGUUAAGAAGUCGAUUUAGGUCUUUAGGUCUACGGCUUUAAUGGUUUCAUAAAUGCCAAUGGUUUUUAUAUGGUUACUAUCUUCUAAAGCUAACACCAUUACCUAUAUUACCUCAAGGCAGGGCUUGACAAAUUUGUUUGGAAUCUAGGAGCCAGCUAAAAAAGUUAGGAGCCAGUCAUUUUCAACAAGAAAAUGUCAUUCUUAAAAGGAAACUAUAGUCACCAGAACCACUACAGCUUGCGAAAAGGCAGAGUUUACAUUUCUGCUUAGUAACACCUCUAGUGACAGUCACUCUAGAUGGCCACUAGAGAGUCCUGGGUUACUGCUGUACCACGUGCAGCACCCAGGUUCAGUGUCCCUAAGCUCUGCAUGGAGGUGCUGAAUGUGCCUCAUAGAGAGGCAUUCAUUUAAUGCAUCUCUAUGAGGAGAUGCGGAUUGGAACAUUUGCUGCGCAUGCACAAAAUCCUCCCAAUGCUUUCCUAAGGAAAAAGCAUUGGCUUACCUGAAAUCCUAGAGAUUGAUAAUCUCAGCCAUGGCGAAACUGGCACGGCGUUGGAAAAUGGGAAAAAGGUGAGUAAAAACACCUUCCUCAUGCGAUUGCAAGGGGCAGGUAUCUAAACACACACACACUCUGACAGGCUCUCAGACACACACUCUUGACAGGCUCACACACACUCUUAUGCUGACAACAGGCUUGCACGCACACACUCUGACAGACUCGCACACACACUCUCUCUUGACAGGCUCACUCACACACAAACACAUACAUACACUCUGACAGGCUCACUCACACACACACACACACACUCUGACAGGCUCUCUCACACACUCACUCUGACGGGCUCACACACACUUAUAUUUUUGUUUUAAUUGAAACCCAGUCAGCCUCCCUACCUUUGGGAGAGUUGGUCUUUCCUGGGGUUCAGUGGGGCUGCUCUCUUUCUGUGUGGGAAGGAGCAGUACUCUGCCUGUAGCUCCUCUCUGCUCCCUCACGCUCUGUAAUGAUGCAGGGGCCGGAAUGACGUCAUAUUCCGGCUCCCAGCAUCAUUAGACAGCACGAGGGAGCAGAGAGCAGCUGCAGGCAAAGUACUGCUCCCUCGCCCACCAUCCACAAUGCUUGCGCAGGCCGUCCCCUCCACGGGCGGGCAGCCGCCUACAUGCUCCUCAGAGCGGCCGGCUGCCUCCAAUAUUCCUCAUGACUGCCACCGUCAAAGCACCCUUGGCGGCCACACUAACUAGAGAGCUGGCAAAUCCCAGGCACCAGGGUGAAAUUUCUAGUCACCAUGGCAACCUGGCGCCUGGGAUUUGUUGAGCCCUGCCUUAAAGGAACCUUGUAGCUGAGAGAUGUGGGAUACAGUUUUUGUUUGCUGUAGUUGAAUUGCCCAGUCAUUCACUGCUUUACUGUGGCCUACACAAGUGUGGAGUACCUCUGAAGGGUUCCCACAGCCAGCAGCUGUUUCACAAUUUUAAGUAGUGCUUUGAUAACCCCCUUUGGCCAGGACAUGGUGUUGUCCUUGUCAGGGGAUAGGUUAAAAUUGAGACAAUAAUGGUGAAUCUUCAUUAUAGAAUAUACAAAACCGCUCUGAAAGAAACUCUAUAGGGUCAAAGCAUGUAUUAUUAGUAUUAUGUAUUUUAUGUUUUGUUCCCAUCUAUUUUUUUUUAUUUUUUAUUAUUGUUAUUAAAAGUUGAUACUGUCUAUUAUGACCUGUAAUACUCUUUUUGUAUUCUGCACUGGAUUCUAAAAAAUGAAAUAAAAAAGAAGUGGCACAUAAUAAUAAUAAACUAAUCAUCAACUAUCACCAGUAUGAAUAAAACAUAAACACAAAUAAAUGAAGUCCUCAGACAGAGGCUAUAGACAUACCUGUGAAAGAAUUAACCAUUAGUAUAGGGUGAGCAUUAUCAGGAAUUAUCUUAUGGGUUAAUAUAAUGGGGGGAGGGGGGGAGAAUAAAGUACAAUGUGGUAAAAACCACAAUAAUUAAUUAAUGCUCAUAUACUUCAAGGAUGAACAUCUCAAACAGUUUACAAAAUCUGUAACAUAAAAGUUACGCAAAAUAAGAUCACUAAAAUGAAAAUAAAAGAAACUAAAAUGUAUCAGCUUUAAUCUACAACAUUAGGCACAUCGAAUUCAAUGUUAAAAAAAGGGUUUCCAUUUUUUCAAUGGAAAAUCCACUUCACUUCUUCAAAAAAAAAAAAAAACACUAACUCCAUCAAUCUCAUAUAUAGGUAAGCUGAUUUUUUUUAUUUAUUUUUUUAUGCCCUGAAACAUAAAUACAAAUUAAAAUUGUUACAGGUUAAAAAAACAAAACACAACCCAUAACGUUUUCCAACUUAUUUCAUAUUAUAUUUGGUAAAAGUAAGGAGGUAGACAAUAGAGUUACAAUUAAUAAGAUAACUAAUUUUGCUCCUACAAGUUGCUAGGGAAGAAAAAAAGAAAACACUUGUAACAUCUACAUAUCUACAAUACAAAUGUGGUCUACUUUCACAACUAUACAUGUCCCUUUUAGCCUUUUAUUAAAUUACCUCCUACAGUUGGAGAAAUGUUGGCAGCGUCAUUGAGGGUUCCUUUGAGGAAAUGGACCCAUCCAACGAUCAUAGGCCCACACCUUCCUGAACUCAUUGUGUAGCCAGUUGGAGUUAAAACCCACUGAUUUGUAUUUUUGUUAUUGUCUCCAUAUUAUUGGGUAUAUAUAAAGUGUGAAAAGUGGUAAUAAAUAAACCUUAGCAGCAAAGAACCUUAUUGGGCUUAUUUUGGCCCAAUCUGUGCCAUUUAGUUAUCUAACAGCUACAAUAAGAUGUUUAAUAAACCUCUUAAUGAAAAUCCCUGUCUGCAUAGAUCAUCUCAGAAUGCCUGUUUACUGGCGAGCUCUAAUAUUCUGCCUUUUCACACUCUCUGCCUGUACUAUUCUGUAUUCUAUUCUAUGCUGUUUCAAGCACAGCUCUGUAGCAUAAUGUUGUCAGUUUAAAAGGUUAUCCAGAAUUGGGAUGGUAUUGGUGGUAGAAACAGGUUUUCCAGGUGCUGACACACCUUUGUCUAGGAGUUAAAUCUUUCUAUUCUUUAUUUUCAGACAAUAGGAGAUCUUAAUCUUUAAUAUAAAUGUAGGGUUUAUUACUGCGUGACAGCAAGCCCAACACACAGGGUAAGGUCGGGAACUUGCAGAAAAAAGUGCAGCUUCCAGAACUUGGAUGUAACAAUAUAAGAAUAUCUAACAUGGACAUAACCUAAUCCAAAAUUAGAUGUAACCAGAGUUAAAGGGAUACUAUAGUGCUUGGAAUACAAAUCUGUAUUCCUAACACUACAGUGCUCUCUGGUCCCCCACCCUCCCUCAUGUCUAGCACAGAAAGGGUUAAAAAAAAACCCUUUUAUUUACUCCCCCUUUAUUUAUGGCACUCUGCCUCCUCCAACGGUACCCAACAGGGAGACAUAAUGCUCAUGUGAAGCAAGUGCUGCAAGCACAUUAGGCCCUCCCCAUAGAAACACAUAAUUUAAGGGACAUAGAGUUCGCUAGAAGAAGUGCCUCUAGUGGCUGUCUGGUAGACGCUGUCUUAGUACUGCAACAUAAACAUUCCAGUUUCUCUAAAACUGCAGUGUUUUACAUUGCAAGACUAAGGGGAACAGGGACAUUGCACGCAGACCACUUCAAUGAGCUGAAUCAAUAUAUGAUUUUCUGGACUAGGUAAUUUAAUGUUGCAUUUAUUUAAUUUUUUAAAACUUGUUGCUGCAGUAGUAGUCAUAUCCAUUAACAUUAAUGGGUACCACAUAAAGAUGCACCCCGAGAUGCCUGCCGUUGUCUGUUGUGCCAUAUCCACAACCAUUCCUUAUCCAAAUGCAAGUCAUUUCACAUUCUUCUAGUUUGCUGUUGACUACACUCUGCAAUAAUCUAUUUUCUUCACUGGUUAAUGUAGAGCACUGAAGGCCUAACACCCAAUAUGUCUGUAGGUGAGCAUCCUGCAGUGUUGCAGGUGCACAUUAACCCCUUAAGGACACAUGACAGAAAUAUUCCGUCAUGAUUCCCUUUUAUUCCAAAAGUUGUGUCCUUAAGGGGUUAAUAUUGCUGUGCCAACAGUAACAGAACAGCGUUGCAUGUUAACUGUGCUGGACUGUUGGAAACUGUGUCAGGCUACAGCUGGAAUAAUGCCAGGUAGGGUUUGGACUGAAAUGUGUGAAGUCUAUAAUCUGUCUGCACAGUAAGUGCUGAGUGAUGUCUAGAUGAUGAACUUGGAGCAGGGACAGAACCGGAUCAGAAUAUCUAUAUCCAACUCAUAAAUUCUAUAACACACUCAAUGCAAUGAUAACUGACUCGCAGAGAGCCUCAAACUGUUAAAUUAUGUUUAAUUGUGACAAUAUGUUCAAUUAUUGACUGGUUUUCUUUCCCUUUCCCCAACAAAUUCUUUAUUAAUUACAUAAACCGCUUACAAACAAACAAAAGAAUCCCCCUGAAAAAAAUGCCUAAUUUCUAAAACAGAAUUAUCUUUCUUAUUCCUUGGCAAACGCACCAUAUCUCAGUACCCUCCAUUAAGCCACCUAAAAUGCUAAUACUACUGAAAUUAGUUUUGAUGGUCCCCAGGACUGUUGGAAAGUCUACUCUGUCCCACCCAGGUGCAGUGAUUAGUGGAUUCUAAGGAUCCCAUGUGAGCUUGGCAGGAGCACCUCCGAAAUAUGCAUUUGGAGACCACCUUGGAACAACAGAGGACAUAAAGGGUCUAUCUACGCAAUAAUGUGCUCCUUAAAAUUAUUAGAUACCUUCCGUACAGUAAUGAUAUGGGUGUGCCAAAUCAACUGUUCCCGAGUGUUGCACCUUAAGGUGAUAUAACAAUCAUAUUAGAAUCGUAUGUCACUGAAGUCUUAGUAGCCCUAUACUGUACCAUCCGGCGGCUUAUGGGGCUAUUCAGACUGCAAAAUACAAACAUUGUUCAUGCAUUUUAACAAUGUCCACAUUUUGCUGUUUAGGUCUGGAUUUCAGUCAGACUGAACACGAGUGUUAAGGCUGAAAUCUAGACCAAAUUAAUUCAAUCUGGGCCCACAUUAAAAAAAAAUUUGAAAAAAAAAUUAGAAGUAUUUGUUAAAAACCCAUCAGUGGUGCGACAGUUAAUUAUGUGGCAGCUGACCAGAGCUUGCAAGCCAGCCGCCACAUUAAAUAAAUAAGCUAAAAAUCUUAUCUCGGUCAGUAAGAACCACCGUAUUACUGUAUGGAAGGCAGGUGGGGGCACAUCUUCUAACAUAUUGAAACUGGCGACUGGGUAGUUAUUGUGAAAUAAGGGGGGUGGACAUAGUCUCCCCCAUGUCCUACCCAUGGACAUUGUGUGGGGAACUUUUCAAUAAGUAAUGUGGGUGGACAGAUCACUGACCAGCAGGUGGGGAUAUGCAAUAAAAUAAUUAAUUAAAUAAGGAUGCGUGUACAUGCAUUAAUGUAUAUUUUCCAUUCCCCCAAAAAUGGCAUGUUCUAUCUCUUUAGCGGUCCCCAAUGUCCCUACCUAACCCCCUAAAGGUAUUAAAGCAUAUCUAUAGUGUUAAAAAUACAAAGUUGCCCACCCUCCCUUGCACCCCUUGGCUCCCCUGGCAUGUAAAGGGUUAAAAAAUUAUUUUGCAGGGGGUGGGGCCUGACUCAUGGUGACUGGACGUGUUCUCUUUACACUCCUCACGAAAUCGGUGUUGUGGUCUAGUCUCCUGUGUCUGUGGCUCUCUAUCUUAUCCUAUUUUGGCUUAUCUGACAUCCCGCCUGGUCGGACCCGGCUUGGGGCUACACCCAAUGGUCUACAGCUGCGAUUUCUGCCAAGCCUGAUUGUGGUCUAGCAGGCAUUGUGGCCGAACUCCCGACCUCAUGGAGCUGAGGCCCCGCUACCCCCUCCCCCCUCCAUUCCCCCCCAUGGACCGGCGGGGGAGAUCCCGGUCCCCACCCGGAGGGCUCCCUUCCUUCACAGCAGGUUUGCAGUGUUGCCGCAAAGCACACUCGCAUCACGCCUUGCACACCUAAUAUGGUGACGACCGCAGGCCCCAGACGCAUCUUAUGGAGGAAACCGGAGUUCUGCUUAGAUUGGACAGCCUAUUCACAAUGUUCAUGCAGAACCUGCUGCAAAGGUACACCCUACUUACCACGCCAGCCCCACUAACUUGCUCACCAACGCUUCUUCCCCAAAGUCCUCAAGAUCGACACAUGGCUAAGGGCCCUAUGGCGGCCUGCCUUUGGAGGCGCAGAUCGCACCGGCAAUGCCUGAAAGCAAGGAAGCACAGGCAGGAAGCUGGGCAACUGUGAGCCGGGGAGGCAGUCUCCCAGAAUAGCUGAGGCGCAGCGACAAGCAGAAUACAGCCUGACACUCCAUCAAGGCACUAUCGUGCUCACACCUACUACGCGUGGUUUGCUGACCAGCACCACUAUGUGGGACUGUGAUCCGCCCUUGGAGGGCAUAGGCUGAAGGACACUCUGGAGGCCUCAACUCAUUUCCACAACUGUGAGGCCGGGCUACAGCACAGUUUAAAAUGUUUGGUAUUCUCUAUACCCUUAUUUUAGCUAUAAGAGCUGGUUUCUGGCAACUACUGACCUAGCUAACUACAAUGCUCUGGACUCCCAUAUUUGUAUCACAGAGCCAUUUGAGGUGGUACCUAACUUUAGACACCAGUAGCUUUACUAUUUCACGUUACUCUGACUUACCUAUCAGUUGUUCACAUGUCUAGAAUGCUAUGUACCUAACUAAUCUGUUUUCCUAGCUAUAUCUAGACGUGUCCAUCUAGCAUGUUUCCUAUAUACUAAUCAUUCACAUUCGCAAGUUUUAUUGACAUGUUACCCAUGAUACAGGCUUUGUAUUUUGCCUUGUUGAAUGCCUGAUGUUGGGGCAUGACAAACGAAUCUGAUUGUAUUUCACAGAACUGCAGAAAUAUUAAAUACAUUUUAAAAAAAAUUAAAAAUUAUUUAGCCACUUACCCGACUCAAGCGCCCAUGGCGAGAAAUUGGUGCUCCACUUCCUCCAACAUCAUCCGACGGGGGAUCCAAAUGCGCGAGCACAUUAGGCCCUGCCCAUAGCAGAGCAUUGCCUAAAUGCUUUACUGUAAGGAUUUUACUGACUGACGCUGGAUGUAACGGCCAGCGUCAUUUAGUGGACCUAGAGUCCGUUAGCCUCCAGGAAGUGCCUCUGCUGGCUGUAUGGCAGCUACUAGUGGCAGUCUUAGUCCUGCAAGGUAAUCAUUGCAGUUUCUCUUAAACUGCAAAGAUUUACAUUGCAGGACUAAGUGGGACAGGAACAGUGCAGUCAGACCACUUCAAUGAGAUGAAGUGGUCUGGAUGACUAUAGUGUCCCUUUAAUAGUGAGGUGGAGGCCAAUACGUCUUCUGUCAAGACUUCCUGUGCAGUACUGGGAGGUUAGAAAAGCGUUCAGUAAAAGCCACCCCGAUAUGCUGCCUCCUCACAGAUCUUAUGAUUGCUCCAUAGAUCUGCUACCUGGCACUAUGCCCCCUAAAGGGGCAGUGUAUGCCCUAUCCCCACAGGAGAGUAGGAUCAUGGAGGAAUAUAUUAAAGAUUCUUUACUUAAAGGCCCAUACGUAACUCUUCGCCUGCUGGUGCGGGAUUCUUUUUUGUAUCCAAGAAAGAUGGAGAAUUACGCCCAGGCUAUCUCAGCGUGCUGAUUGUUUGGCUUAGUUGGUAAAUAACCCUGUUAGUGAAUGAUCCCCAGUAUCCUAGUGGAAGGCAAGGCUGAAAUGAGAAGAUUGAGGAGACUGUAUAAUUACUUAUGUAAUUGAGAAUUAUCAUGCCUUUUUUUUUUUGCAUUCAGUCAGUUUGAAAGUAGCAAGUGAAAUCUCUUAAACCUGUUCUAAUUUCCAACAUGUUAGUUUGAAUCUUUUCUGAAUAUUCCCUUGAUUCCCAAACCUCAUUAAUUAAACUGGUGGUUUUGUAUACUUGUUCCACUUUAUUUUUAUCAAAUGUAAAUGUAAAUUAUUUUGCAUAUUUUUCCCUUUUUAGUUUGCUAACAAAAUGCUUAAUAGCAAUUUCAUAUAUUCAUUUAUUUAGCAUUUUGCUAAUUAAAUCAUUUCUAAAAGGUGGAUUUAAUACAACUAAUCAUUAAAAGGACUAUUUAGAUAAAAGUAAUACCAUGGAAAAAAAGAGAAAUUGGGGGGGGACACCCAGAACAUUUCUUCGCAGUGGUUCCGCUAUAAGGAUCAAACUAUUUCCAAAAACAGACUAAGGAACAGGGUGCACAAAAAUACAGCUAUUUCACAAGGUCAACAAACAAACAUGCUAACUCAGCUUCACCAUACGGCCUGCUCAUUCUGCUUUCCUCAAAGUGCCUACUCAUAGGAGCAAUGCUCUAUCUUCUCCUCUCCUCAUUUUUUCUCAUCUCCCUCAGCAUCAAAAUAUCCCCUUACACCCACUUACCAACACAAUUACAUUAACAUUAAUCCUUCUCUGCUUCACUCCCCCCUUCUCUCAUCUCAAGCGCUACGGAAUCUGAUAGCGCUAUAUAAAUAAUAAUACCGUGCCAAGCCCACUUCUACGUCACAGUACCCCAAUAUCGGUGGGUCCUACACUAAUUUUAACUUGGGAGAAAAACAAUUACUUAGUCUGCGUUUUGUAUAAAAAGUAAUAACAUAAUCUAGGAAUUUUUGGGUGAACACAAUAUUCAAUUUUGAUAAAUACGCUUAUUUAGUGCAAUGGGUAAUUUACGCACUUAUGUGGAUGGCUGAUUCAUAUUUCCACUCAUAUCCACAUUACGAGUCCACCUAUAAGAACAAAUGCCAUAGCCAUAGGUUUUAGUCUUGACAUGCAUAAAGGUAGGUGCAUCAAAUCAUAGAUUACAUACUUAAAUGCAGAACACGAAUACGUAAUUCUGAUCUGAUGGCAAAUGAGUCAUUUUACAGUGUGUAUUGAAGAUUGUGUGUCUUUCAAUAAUAGCAUCCCAAAAGUAUGUACACUAAUGCAUGCCUGCUUCAUUCUCAGUCAGAUUACACUAGGCGAUGGCAUGAUGUGACUCAUGAAUAAAUUAGUAGCACAGAUAUUUUAUUUUUCCUUUUUUUUUUUGCAAAGGAAGAAAAAAAAUGUAGGUGGAGCAUGGGGGGGGGAGUUUAUCUCAUAAAACCAGCCAUCUGUCCACCCUCUCUCAAUAGAUAAGGACAGUAAUUCUCAGAGGAGCUUUAAAAGUUUGAGACCCGAGUGUUUUGGGAGAAUAUGAUCUCCUGGGCACCCAGACAGCUCUCGACUUGACCUAGCAAAAUCCAGGAGCAGUGGGCAGGAUGCUGAAACAAUUCUUUGACCAGUCUACUGAAAUAAACUGUGUAAGUAACUACUUGAUGCUCAGCCAAACCAUCACUGACACGAUUAAACAGUUAAUUAGAAAGGUGGAGAGUUGACAAGGCAGUUACAAAGUUAAAAGGGGACCUGUCGCCUCUUGGGAUUUGUAACAUUUCUUUUACUAAUCCCUGAUAGUUAUCAAAAAUGUAUUUGCAGGUGUGAAAAAUAAAAUUAAAUGUAGAAACCUGUCCCUCUUUUUCCUGCAACGGGGGGCCUCCAUCUUUGUUCCUUAUCAGUCAAUGCACUUGGCAGUCAGCAUAGAAAAAGCAUACAGUGCAAAGGAAAAAAAUAAACAAUGUUUCUAUUCCCCCUCUUCAUUUGUCUGAAGUUGAUUAUGAUACAAUUUGCUAAAUCUUUAAUAUAGAUUUAAAAGAAAACUGAGCAUUUUAUGAAAGAACAAAGCUUAACACACAUUAUAGGCGAUUUUCAUUGUUUUAUACAAUUGUAUACUUCUAGAGAAGUGAUAGUUCCCCUUUAAAUGAUCAUUGUCAAGCUGGAAAAAUGGAUGAACUGGAGAAUUAAAAAUGUUUGAUUACCUUCUAAAUAUUUUACACUUAGCAUUUCAGUGAUAAACCCCAUAAGAGUUUUAAAAUGUACUUAAUUUUGAUUCACAUUCAAGCCUUUCACUAUUGUGGAUGUGCUAUUAUCUAGAGUUUUAUAACCUCCUCUGAUAUUCUUUUCACAUAGUAGGUGUGACUGCCUUUUAUUCAAUACUUUUAUACUAAACAAUUGUCCAUACAUGCAUCCAUUAUUCCACAUUAUCAGUAGUAAUGCAAUAGUCGCCAUGUUACAAUCUAAGUGCUUAUUUGCACUGAUUGUCAGUUUUAACAAACGAAUACUAAAACUGUGCUCCCAAGGACAAUGGUCAUCAUGAUUUUCGAAGGUGGGCUUCAAAACAGUAAGUGUCAAAAUGAGUACCGCUUUAAAAUAUGUGGAGAGAAAAAAUAAAACAGGGUGCUGAGUAUGGACAACAGCUCAAGCUUGUGCUUCGGUGGGUCCCCACUCAGAUUUACUUUAAAACAUAGGCGUGCGCAGCCUAUUGCAUUAGGGUGUGCACCCUAAAGCACAAGCACACGCCGCGUAUAUAUAUAUAUAUAUAUAUAUGUAUGUAUGUAUAUGUGUGUGUAUAUAUAUAUAUACAUAUAUACACAUAUAUACACACACACAUACUGCUGUGUGAGGGUGCUGUUAGUGUGGUGUGUGUGAGGGUGCUGGUAGUGUGCUAUGUGGGUGAGGGUGUUUGUGUGUGCUCGCUUGUGAGGGUGCUGUUAAUGUACUGUGUGUGAGGGUGCUGUUUGUGUGUGUGUGUGCUUGUGAGGGUGCUCUUUGUGUGUGAGGGUACUGGUAGUGUGCUGUGUGUGUGUUUGUUAGGGUCCUGUUUGUGCUUGUGAGGGUACUGUUAGUGUGCUGUGUGUGUGUGAGGGUGCUGUUUGUGUUUGUGAGGGUGCUGUGUGUGUGGGUGCUGUGCGUGUGUGGGUGCUGUGUAUGUGUGUGGGUGCUGUGUAUGUCUGUGGGUGCUGUUUGUGUGUAGGUGCUGUGUAUGUCUGUGGGUGCUGUAUGUCUAUGGGUGCUGUAUGUGUGUAGGUGCUGUGUAUGUCUGUGGGUGCUGUAUGCGUGUAGGUGCUGUGUAUGUGUGUGGGUGAUUGUGGGGGGUGGAGGUGGGGGUACAUUACUUAAUAUCCCCCCUCCCUUCUUACUUUAUGUAGGGAGGGGGGAUUCUUGUUCCUUGCUGCCUUCCCUGGUGGUCCAGUGGAGGUGGGGGCAGAUUACCUAAUAUCCCCCCUCACUUCUCACCUUAUGUAGGGAGGGGGGAUCCUUUCUGCCGUCCCAGGUGGUCCAGUGGUGAGUGAACUCUAGCCUGCGGGGCUAGAGUUCACUCUCGCGAGAUCUGAGCAUUGCCGUGGCAACGCUCAGAUCUCGUGAGAGGAACCCGGCGGAGCUGCCGGCAAUAGCUCCCCGGGUCCUCUCCUGCCUCCCUCCCUGCAUGUGGGGAGGGAGGCUGAGAGCAGAGCCGGCACUCUGAUAGCGCCAGCUCUGCAUGAGCCGACAGUGGAGAUCCUGAGAUCUCUCCUGCCGGUCACACUCCAUAGGCGUACUGCGGGGAUUAGGGUGUGCCCCGGCACACCCCGUGCGCACGCCUAUGCUCUAAAAUAUGUAUUUACACAGAAUUAAAAAGUGAGAAGAGCGUUUGUUUGGCUGAAUUGGGUGCAAUUUAAAUGACAACCGAAGACAUUCAGGCCAAUUUAUUUCAACAACGUAGUAUUGGUGCAAUGGCCCUGUUCUUUUGGUUUUGCCAUUGAAAAUAUUGAAUCUAAUUUUGUCACAAUUGAAAACAUCUUUAAUUUGGUUACAAGUCUUUCAAAAUCAUUAUGUAUUGCAUAAUGACGUAGAACGUCCUCCAGUGCUUAUCAUAGGAAAGCAUUCGUCCAUAAUGAUUCUCUGCGAGAGUCAUUCGAUUGGAUUAGAAAUGUUUCAAGAGUCUGCGGACAAGAUGACGGCACAGGAGGAGGCUGCAAGGAUUGUGAUGCAGCGCUGGAAAAAAGUGUGAGUAGAACUCUUUAUUUCCUUUCUUUUUAUUAAAUUUAGGGGUGGGGCACUAAUCUAAAUAGGGAGUAUAAUGCUAUAGUGUUAGGAAUGCAUGGCUGGAUUCCUAUCGCUUAAAAUGUCACAGUUUGUUUUUUUCAUAUUUGUUGAGUAUUGUAAAUGGCAAAGAGUGGUACAUAGUCCAGAGAUUCCAAAGCCUUCUAAAGAGGUCUCCCGACUAAACAUGUUUGAGAACCCUUAAACACAGAAUGUAAUAGAAUUUUAUUUGUUUGGCAAUUACUCUUCGCUCCCUGAUGAAAAAAAAACACAGCAAUACAGCAAUAAAUUGUAUUUCAGUGAUGCAAGAAAUCUCAUGAUACCAUUUAGUUCUUGAAAACUAAUAUUGUAUUAUUAUAAAUAAAAAUAAAAUAGAAAUAAGAACAAAAAAAUAAAGAAAUUGCAGCAUGUUUUCAUUAGCCCUUUUAAAACUUGUGAGAGACAUUAUUAUUAUUAUUUUAUUAUUUAUAUAGCGCCAUCAGUUUUCAUAGCACUGUACAACGGGUGGACUAACAGACAUGUAAUUGUAACCAGACAACUGGACGUACAGGAACAGAGGACGUGGAGGGCUCUGCUCAAUGAGCUUACAUUGAAUGAUACAUAAAGUCACAAUACACUUUAUCGUUAAUAAACACAGUUUAGACCACACAGCCAUCGCCAUGGUGAGGAGGAAGGCUAUAUAAGGUUAAGUAAAUAAUUGCAUAUAAGCGCUGUUAAGACCACACUACCAUUUUCUGAAGUGAGGUCAAAGUAUGUCAUUUACCAUGCUUUUUUGGCUCAUUCCCAAAGAUUUAAGAGUGUCACUAUUAGACAUCGUCAUUGCUCCCCUUAUCUAGAUUAGUAAUUUUAAGCUAAGGAUGGAUUGCCCUGUUAGGUAAACAUCUGAGGCAAAAAAAAACAACUUUGUGAUUUUACUAUGCGUAGAAAGGUUUUAUGUGUAUUCUAUUAAUGUAAAGUUAAUAUAGCCUUGAUCAAAUAUUAUAUUAUCUUUUGAGAGUCCAAUAUAUUAUACUGAAUUUUAAUAAUCAAGGUUUAUAGUUAAUACAUUUAGCAGAUCAUCUGACAGUUAGGGUGCUGACUGGAUUCUAAGGUAAUGGGUUUAUUUACUAAAGAGAGAAUUGUACUGAUGAGAGAUUUUGUAAAUCUUACAGAAUUGGGAGAAAAAUCUCCAAUUGCCAUGUCUCGUGUCAAACUACAGCUAGGAUUAACCUUAGCCAGCCACUGUCAAGUUGGUGAUGAAGGGGAGUUUAAUCCUGCAAUAGCCAUUUGGCAUAGUUGACAAAAUAGUUGUGUUUUAUCAAAAUAUCAUAGUGGUUGAGUAAAAGGGCUACUGAGAAAAUCCCAUCGAGUUAAUCUCAAUUUCUAUUCUGCUUCCCUUUUUCUUAUUAGCAGGGCAUGCUCUGUGCCGCUUCAUUCGAUAUUUGUAAACACAUUAUGGUGGCUGCGUCCCAACACAUGCUACGUAUUUGCAGCUGGAGUUCAUCUCACAGAUUGGCUGUUCCUUGGAAUGGCAGUAAUAGGUGGAGGUGUGUUUUGCUGGCAGUAGCUGCAAUUAUGCUUGUGAUGCGUGUGAGCUGUGCAGUAAGCUUGUUGUGUGGGUAUCCUUGCUCCUGUCUCAGUCUCCUAGCAACCUUGGAGAUGCUGCAUAGGAGGAGGAGGCGGGAGGGAAAAGGAGUGGGAAUUUUAUGUGACUUAACUAGCUUAUCGCCAUACAAAAAACACACAGUUUUUUGGGAGGAAGUGGGAAGAAAUCCACGGGUGUCAAAAACCAACCAGUCAAGACCAUUUACACCAUAUUGCAAGCUUCUAAAAGCAGGAGUCUUGAUCACCUCUGUAAGGGUUGUAAAAUAUUAAAGAUAUAUCCUACCCUCCCCUUUCAUUAUGAUAGCACUGCAGAACAUGUUGGCGCCUAAUAAUUUAUGGACCAGCAGUAACAGAAUUAAAAUCCAUUAUCUUCACCAUUAAAAGCAUUCAGCUCCAUUAAAAUCGAAUUUUCUCUCUAUCAUGCCUAUUUUAAGCAUGAUGCGUGACAGAGCAUGUUCUGUUUUGUUUCUACUUAUUUUGUGUUGUUAUAUCUUUUUUUUUUAACACCAACAUAUUGUGUAAGAUAUACAAGUCACUAUCUCAUAUCUUGUUGGCUUUUACUGCAGUACUUGUGACUCUAAUGCUUGUCAUUUCUCAUCGAAUCACGAUAAUGAAAGUGUUUAAAACUAAAAGGAUUCUGCACGUAUUAUCACCUAUUAAUAGGAAUUCCUUUAAAUUAAACAUUUCAUGUGAGUAUGUGUCUGUGUGCGCUCUGUAUAUCCGUAAGAUCUCUCUGUAUGUAUCGCUUGAUUUGUGUUUACCUUAGCGGAGAAAUUCAACACUUUACAGUCUCUGUACCUCAUAUAGUCUUGUGCCUCCCAUGCCCAAAGACAAAUCAACCGUAAAGCAACUUAAAGGACCACUAUAGGCACCCAGACCACUUCAGCUUAAUGAAGUGGUCUGGGUGCCAGGUCCAGCUAGGGUUAACCCUUUUUUUCUAUAAACAUAGCAGUUUAUACUGUCUCAUUGAGAGCCGCUAGAGGCGCUUGCGUGCUUCUCACUGUGAAAAUCACAGUGAGAAGACGCCAGCGUCCAAAGCUCUCUAACCCCCUCUAGUAAUAGCCUGAAUGACCCCCAUUUUAACUGGUGGCUGCUGUUGCAUCCUUCUUAAAGGAACACUCCAAGCAUCAUAAGCCCCACAGCUCACUGUAGAGGUAUUGUGCCAGCAGUCUCCUGAUGCCCUCCCUGAAUAAGUAGCCAAAACAUGUACCUGGGUCUUGCUGGGUGCUUGCCAUCUCCACUGCUGCCAGAUGUGCCUGCCACUGAGCUAAGCCUGGCCAUGCAGGGCCAGGCUCAAUGGUUGAGAGUGCUCAAGGAAUGCUCUCAGCCACUGAGAUGGCCCUGCACGCAGAGACAGAUUCAACUUACCAGAUAACCUAGGUAAGAUGCCAGAUUGGGGCCCUGGGAUCUGUUCUGUGAAUGGGUGACUGGAACAUUGAGUGUUGUGUGUGUGUGUGGCGGCAAAGUUCUGUGGGUGGAGGAGGCUGAGUGUUAUUUAUAGGGAAGGCGUGUUGGAGAGGAGAUUGAGUGUGUGGAGGGAGGCCUCCCCACAUAUCUUUUAAUUUCUAUGUGCCCCCUGCUGCUUACCUUUUGGCAAAAGUAUGGGGAUCUCUUGUAGUCCAGUGGGGUUGCAUUGUAGUUUGCAACUCUCUUAUGGGCAGUUCAUUUAUAGGAACACAUAAGGGUCACAAGCAUAUAUCCCUGAGCCUUAAGUGUUCCCCCACCUCCUCCCCCCUCCCCCCACACCUCUCCCCACACUGGCCAAUCAGCAUCUCCUCUUAGAGAUGCAUUGAAUCGAUACAUCUCUGUGGAAAGUUCAGAAUCUCCAUGCAGAGCCUCUUUGUGGCUGCCACAUAAACAUGAAAAAGCCUGCAUAAACAUACUAUAUUCACCAGUACAACUAAAUUGAACCGUAGUUGUUCUGGUGACUAUAGUGUCCCUUUAAGAGGUAGUGAGACGGUUCAGGGACAAGCAGGGAGAAGUUUUCAGACUGUGUGUAGCUUGAGGUACAGACAGAGGCCCACCAGGUCCUUGUCUGAGCCCGGGCCCUAUGCAGCUGCAAAUACCACCUAAUGAUAACAGAGGUUCCUUGGAGGAGUUGUGGAAAUAAGUGAAGAAAAAAAAAAAAAGAAAUACAAUUGUGAAGAAAUACAAUUGUUACAGGCAGAACCAACAUAAAUAGAAUAAAAUAAGAUAUUGGGAUUUAACCCCUUAAGGACCAAACUUCUGGAAUAAAAGGGAAUCAUGACAUGUCACACAUGUCAUGUGUCCUUAAGGGGUUAAUGACCAAACAGUAAAUUGUAGUGAAUGGAAAAUCAAAUUCGAAAUUAAACAUGAUUCAGGUUUAUUCCCUUAAGGGAAUUUAGAUUUUUAGUCCAAAAUAGCCAAACUGGAAAAAUUCUGUUAUAUUCUGCAUUUGACUUAUUUAGCCUAAAAUGUGAAGUUAUCUUUGCAUUCAUUUUCGACUCCCACGAUUCCCACUGUAGUGACUAACCCUACAUUGUCUUUUUCUUUGCUUUUUAAAUAAUGGAAAGCACAAAUUAUGUUUUACUCUUCCUACCUUUUCCUGACUCAUGAAUGCAAUGAGUUGAAAUAAGAAAGCAAAACUUUCUUAAAAAGGUUUGUUUACAGAUAGGGUUUAUUCACUCCACAGUGAAUUCUGGCAAAUUUAGAACCAAAUCGUAAUAUUUAGGCUAAAACAGCUAAAAUGAAUAAUAUAUAGUCAUAGCUUGGCUAGCAUAGCCUGAUUUCUUUUGAUCCAAGCGUCGACUCGGCCCUGCUGUUGUUUUGAUCCAAGCGUCGGCACUGCUGUUGUUUUGAUCCAAGCGUCGGCCCUGCUGUGUUGCCUUUACGGGUGGGGCCACACCGGCCUAAAGAGACUUUGGUGCUGCAGAGUGGAGAGUUAAGGGAGAGGAGGAGUGGGGAGGGUGAAUGUUCCUCCUGCGAACUGGGCAGCUCCAAGGAGCUUGCGAGUGUACUGACCUCUGCCUGCAGCCGGAGAAGCUGCAGGCUAGAGUUGGUGAAUAGUAAGGAGUAUAUGGGAAGGAGAGACAGCGCUAAUUAAUAAACAGGCAGCAACCUUAAAAAGGGAAACCCUCCAAGCCCUUUUAAAACAAAACAGUAAAAACAAUAAUAAAAGGCUGCGCCAAUAAGAGAGUAAAAUAGAGUGACUAAGAAAAAAUGUCCAACGUAAUAAAUAAAAAUAAAAAUAGAAAUAAAAGUUCAACUUAAGUGUCCUUGCGGAUAGUCUUUAUAGUAAGUAUUGCAGCAGUGAAGUCUUCAUAAGCUGUAUAGGUUCCACUCAUAUAAAAGACAAAAGGGGAGAGAGAAGGACGACCAAUAGUGCAAUAUUGUAUAAUUCCAAAAGUGACGUAUGGAAAAAUAAUAUUAAAGAACUCACAUUUAAUAGAGCUUAUGUCCAGCUCUAGGAUAGAAGUAUAAUCCCCGCUUUUGGGAUAUGCUGUGGGUUACUCUCCGUCAGUGGUGUCCAAUUCUCAAACAAGGAAAGAGAGAGACAACCAAUAGUGCUCACUAUUUUAGUAGUCUUAUUAUAAGUAGAUGAAAACGUACUUACAAAUGAGGAGCAGACCAACUGCUCUUGUGUAUCAGCAUAGGUGGAUUAAUCCCCACCUUUAGGAUUUCUUGGAGUGCAGGAGACUUCCGAAGUCAGUGUUGGUAUAUAAUAGUAAAAUGCUAAAAAUAUACUAAAAUAUACUAAAAAGCCAGGUAUAAAAAGAGUAAUGUGUAUAUAAAACUAUAAAAAAGAAUAGUUGGCACAAAUUACCAGAAAUUGCUUUAAUAUUACAAUACACAAUAUAAAAUAUCCAUAACGCGUUUCGUCAACAGACUUUAUCAAAUGGAAUAGCAAACAUUACCUGGCUAGUUGUAUUAUAUAGGAGUUUAAAUUUGGCGCCAAAAAUGGUCCAUCCAAUCAAACUUAAGUUACAUUUGGCAGUAUAAAAACUUUAAAAUACAGCAAUAAAACCAAAAUAUAGGGUCUAAGAACACUCAUAAUUGACUUUAAUAACCAAAACGAAGUUUUAAAAGCAUAAAUUAAGUGAUUAAAAAUGCGCACGUGACGCGCGGCACUUCCGGUUUUCGGACUAUAUGCCGCUAUGCUUUAUGGGAAAUGUAGUCAAUAAGCCGCGAAUGGUGGCUAGGAGUAUAAUAUAGGCGCUGCCACAUAUUGGGGAACAUAGAAACGAAAGCCCACAUAGAGGGCAAAAUCUGAAAUGCAUUAGACACUCUGCUAGUAAAAAUAAAAGUAUUGGAAGCAUAAAUUAAGCAAACGAAAUUAAGCACGUGACUUGCGGCACUUCCGGUAUUCGGACAAAAUGCCGCUAUGCUUAAUGGGAAAUGUAGUCGGCUGAAGAUAAGCUCGUUCAAAUUAAAGGGACAUGAAGACAAAAGUUCCCAAAAAGGGAGCUAUAUAUCAAAAAAGAGAGGCAAAAUAAAAGGGACAUAUAAUUAAUGGGGCCAUAUACUAAAGGGGCACAUAUAUAUAAAAUAUAAAUAAAAUAAAUUAAGAAAUAAUAAAACAAUAUUUUAAAUACAGAAAAUAAUAAAUAAAAAAUACAGUUGAGCAAAGUAAAAGGCAUAGGUGUAAAACAGACAUGUAAAAUACUUUUGUAUUACAAAAAAUUAUAUAGGUCAAAGUCUGCAUUGAGGCCAUGGGGUAUAGAGUUGGUGAAUACCACCGGACCAUUGUGGUCUCCCAUAUCCCCCAUAAGUAAAAAUUAAGAAGAAGGGAGGUGGGACAUAAACCUUUGUUGCUAAAUGCAUAUUGUCUCCCAACUUCCCCACACAAUAUAUGUAGGCCCUAUAACAUCCAACACACACAUGAAACAUCUCUCACGCACCCUGCACCCCUCACACACACACACACAUGGAACCUCACAUGCACCCUGCACCCCUCACACAUCCUUUAUCCCCCACACCUCACACAUAUCCUACACCCUUCUCACGUAUUGCACCCCUCUCACACGCAUAGAACCUCAGACACCCACUGCACCCCUCUCGCACACUACUCCCUUCAUACACACUGCACCCCUCAUACAUACUACAUGCCCAUUUUUACAUGGGAUAAUAUUACAGUCCAUUAUCUCCGAAAUGACAAUUCCUCUUUACUAAAUAGAUUUUAUCUCAUAUAACAAUAAUAACUACUAACUAAUGACAUAAGGUAUGCUAUAAUGAGGUAGUAUGUAAUAAAUUUUAAAAUUUUCAUGCAUCUCUCAGUUAAAUCUUGUUUUUUAGUUCAGCUCUUGUAUUACCUAAGGUUGGACAGCUCUGGUUUAGUGUAGACAUCCUAGAGGUGUCUAUAGCAUUGCCUUGCAUACCCAUAAUUCAACUCACUCCUCCUUUAUCCACUCCUACUGCUUUUUUAUCUUAAAGAAACACUCCACUGUCCAUAUAUAAAAAAUAAAAGAUCACUGUUUAAUAAGUAUAACCCAAAUGAAAACAUGCAUACAUUUAAUUGUGCUUUUUUUUUAAAAUUGUGGGUAUAUCUAAAACAGUUUUUUAAAGCCAGCAGAUCUCUUAUCUGAUGCUUUUACACACCCUCCUCUUAUAACCCCGCCCAGACUUUCUGUGGCUGUCCAAUCAAAGACUGCCAAUGGUGUUCCAUAGUUAUUUUUAUAAAAGUGCAGAUUUCACUAACUUUUGGGGUGUGGGGUGGUCAAUUAUUUAAUUGGUUUAUAGCCAGCCAGGGCAAAAACUUUGUCUUCUCCUGCAUCCUUUCCAAGUUCCCUAAGCUUCUUAGUUCCCUCUGCAUAACUCACAUAAGCAAAAGCAAGUGAGCAGAGAGGCAUAAAACAGAAAACAUUUCUCUGCUGCUCCAAUAGCCUCUAUGUUAGUCCAGUCCUACUUACAACCACAGCUUUACAUUGGCAGACACAUGGGGUAGAUAAUUGAUUUUCUGCCAAUGUAUCAUUUAUUUAACCUUAAUUAAUGGCAAAUCAAACAUCCAACCUUCAUAAACGUGUUAACUAUAGAAAAGGUUGAGAAUCUAUAAAUGUGGAAAAUUAAUCUGUAAAGGUAGAUGGCUCAGUUUCAGUCUUUAAAUUAAUAUGUUUAUGAGAGGUUGGUUUUAUGCCAGAAUUGGAUAUGCACCAGUCAUGGACUUGCAUGAAUGACAAAUAAUCAAUUCUUAUGCUCCACUAUACAUUAUAAGAGAGAGCCGGGUCUAAACACUGAAACAGGCACUCAAGACUGAAGAUAUUUUAAUGUGUUUAACUGAUACUGCAUCAAAAUAUGCAAGUAUACUAAAUUAAUAAUGUUAAAAAGGUAGUUUUACAGUUCAUAUGGUGACUGAAAACAGCAUUUGAAGCAUGAUGCUCACUUAAAUAAACAUUGUGCUGUUAGGAAUAAUAUGUUAUGCCAAUGCUAGAGUGUUAUCCCACCUAUUUGGGUUAUUCCCCCUCCCCCUUCCACCAGAACUAAUAAAAACGUUUUAUUUAUCUUUACCUCCACAGCACCAGUCUCCCUGGUCUCAACCAACCCAACGCAUCCACGUGAGGAUGCACUUGGAGUCUAUUGUGCAUGCAACAAUCGCUACUCUACACCAAUCUGCAUCUCCUCAUGGAGAUGCAUUGAGUCAGUGCAUGUCGAUGGGGAGCCUUCAGCAUUUCCAUGCAUACCAUUUAACUUUCUAUAGCACUGCUGAGCUUAUCCAAUAGGCCAGUGUUUCCCAAACCAGUUCUCAAGACCUAUCAACAGUCCAAGUUUUGUCAGUAUCUCCACUGGAAUUAAAAAGAGAAAUACAUAAAUCCUGGAUUGUUGAUGGGCCAUGAGGACUAGUUUAGGAACUACUGCAAUAGGCAAUUGUUUCUGCAUACAGCAAGGGUUUCUGGGAGUUGUAUUUCAAUUGCCAGCUGUGUCAGCAUAUAUGAUCUUAUUGUUCUAAAUAGUCGAUGGUUACUUUUUCCAAACUCUGCUUGGAUUUUGUCUUCUAAGUGGCAGUGUUUGGGUAUGUAGUUUAUUACAUGUUAUGGCCUUAUUGUUAAUACUUAAUAUAGAUUGGCCUUAUUUGGGGUAUCAAUGAUAGACUGGAACAUAGAAGAAGUGGUGGACGCUGCCUGCAUUCCAGAUACACAGUGGUACAUACAGAACUACAUCUAGGAAACUUAAUUUGUGGGGGGGGGGGGAGGGUUUGCACAGGUUGCUUUUUGUCCAUUGGCAUAGUUCAGUGUUAAAGGGACACUGUAGUCACUAUAACCACUUUGUCUCUUUGAAUUGGUUAUAGUGCCUGGAGUGGCCUGGCACUGUCCCUGCAUUCAGUGUUGCACCAUGUUUGUGCAGUAUGCCACAAAAUAAGAGUCCCUGGCCACCCACAGUCCAGCCCCUUCUGUAUGUGUAGCUAAGGCAGAGAUUACACACUUCCUUGUUGUCAUACCCAUUCAUACCGUCAGUUGGAGCUCUGACAGGCUAAAAGCAGUCAGCUGACACUCUCAGCCAAUCACAGCUGCCCAUUGCUGCUCAGGGUAAUACUUCCUUAUUAGCCAAAGCAGCACAGAGGGGAUAGACUGCCGUAGACUCUUGUUUAGCAUUAAAACAUUACAACAUUAAAAACUGUUUAAUGCUGAAAGAAAUGAUGGUACCAGGGGAGUCCAGACACUAUAACCAGUUUAAUGAGAUGAAGCAGAUACCGUGCCUACGGUGUCCCUUUAAGUAACACUAUUGGCACCCACACCACUUCAACUGGUCCCUGCUCUCAACUCUGCAAUGUAAAACAUUGCAGUGUAAAGACUGCCUCUAGUGGCUGUCUCAGUAAAAUGACCCUGGAUGUCCAGUGGCUUUAGAAAACCCAUAGGAAAGCAUUGAUUCAAUGGUUUACUAUGGGAAGCCCCUAAUGUGUGUGCAUUCACAUGAGGUCCCAGAUCACCAUGACGUUGCGUAAGGAGGGGCCCAAACCAGCACCUAGGUACAGCGGCAUUGUAAUAAGGUUUUUAACCCUUUCUUGACUACAUGGGAGGGGGCACAGAGGGAGAGGGAAAGUAUAGUGUUAGGAUUACAGUUUUGUAUUCCCAGUCCAGCCAUUACUAAAGGUACGGCUAAGGCAGAUAUUAUACACUUCCUUGUAACCAAUUAAUAGCAGUAAUGGGCACUGUGAUAAGCUGAAUCAGUCCACUAACACUCUCAGCCAAUCACAGCCUCAAAUUGCUGCUUACGCUAAUGCUUUCUCAUCAUGGAAAAUAAUAGCAUCUAGAUCACAGGAUGUACUUGGAAAAUGAAUAUGAGCUAAAUGUUCUUUUCCUUGUUAAAAUAACAUUAUUUCUACAUAUAAAUGGUCUUUCAGAACUCAAUAGCCACUUUGAGAACAUUGAAAAGAAUCAAAGGGUUUGAUUUACAGAAUGAGUGAACCAAACAACAUUUAUUUUUUUUACAUUGUGGCUAUUUUAGACUAAAAUGUUGCCAUCAGUUCCCCACCAUUAUCUGUGCAGUGAACAAACCCCAGAAGUAUUUUCUAAUAACUGUAAAACUUUAAAUGUAGAAAUAAAUGUCUCGUACCUGCUAACUUUUGAAACAAGUGUGAUUUAUUUACUAUAACUGUCCUUUACUUUCCAUCUCUUCGUCUCUCUAACACAGAGCUACUGUGCAGACAGCACAUUCAGCACAGCUCAUAACAUGGUGCCAAGUACUCAGUGUUAGAUUUAUAGUACGAUUUUGAUGUGCUGAGGCGUGCAUUUCAAUGGCAUGUGGCUGCAGUGAUUGGGGACAGCAGACGGUCCUGACAGGCUAAUCCUUGCUGCUGACCGUUCUGAUGUAGCAGGCAGGGGGAAUUAACUGUCUGAUCAACACUGUGCUGUACGAAAAGAUGAAAUGUGUUGCAAGGAAAAAUAAUGUGUGCUUAAAGAGUAAUAUGAUAUAUGGAUAAAUAGAUAGCUAAAGAAAGAAACACUAAAGUGGCAGGAAUACAAACAAGUUUUCCUGUCACUAUAGUUAUGACAACACAUUUUAGGCCCCCGGGCCCCUGCCCCUCUAGCAGCUAAGUGAAAGGUGAGUUUACUCACCUUUCUUCCAGUGCUGCAUGGGUCCAUCGCAGCUGGCCUUGGCUGAGAUCAUCAGACUUGAUGAUCUGAGCCCAUCCAAUGCUUUACCAUAUGAAAACAUUGAGAGGCUAUUGCACAUGCGUGGCAAAACUGCAUGCUGCGCCAAUCAGCAUUUCCUCAUUGAGAUGCAUUGAAUCAAUGCAUCUCUAUAAGUAACGUUCAGCGCCUCCAUGCAGAGCAUCACUCACCUAGGAAGCACCUCUAGUGGCCGUCUAAGUGACUGCCACUAGAGCUGUUAGUGGACAUUUUCUUUGAAAAGGCAGUGUUUAUAUUAAAAAGUCUGCAGGGACAUGCUAUAGACACCAGAACUACUACAUUAAUGUCCCACAUUAGGACCCUGACUAAUAGCCUGGUGCCUUCGUUAUAUCUCAACAUAACAGCCAUGAUGCUUUUUUCAUUCCACUUCACAAUGAUACGAGGUGUUUGUGGGUCUAUAAGGCUUUACAUCUAAUAGCUGUGUCAAAUCAGCUCCAUGGCAGUGUGUGACAUAUUCAGGGUACAGAGGCUAUAUUUUGCAUUUACACAGUUAGUGGUUGUCUCAUACAUGGUCCGUGUCUCUAGUACCUCAGGCACGAGCUCCCUCCAUCCCUCCAGUUUCAUCUCAGUUUUGUCUGUAAAUUUGACUGGAGAGCACCUGGGCUAGUGUUGCUACAUAAGAGGUCUCUACUCACUCUCAGUCUUUUUAGGCAAUGUGUUAACUGUAAGAGUGUAAUAUUCCCUGUUUCUGCUCUUCAACAUCCUGUUAUGAAUCAUAACUUGCAGCCCUAGUCUCCUUAGCAAUACUUGAAUUUUAUUUAAAGAUUUGCUUUUCUUUCAUCUACUCCAUCCCUACUCAGAUUUGCAUUUAACGUAAAUAACACUUCUAUUUACCUUCAUACAUGCCUGUGUCUUACAGUUAUCUUAACUGUGCCCUCCUAUUUACCUAUUAUAUCCAAUGCCAAAAUAGAUUCCAUCACCUGCACCUUACUACACUUUGCCCUUUUCUCACCCCAAUUGAAACCCCUUAGAGGGAUACUCGAGACCCCUAAAAUACUUUAUCUUGUUGAAAUGGGUUUAUGUGUUUUUAGGAGUGUGUUCUCUUUUUUAAUUUUCUAGACUUCAAUAGAAAUUGGCACUUGUAAAUUAACCUGUCUACACUACAUGCCUACCGGUCUUGUUACUUCAAGCAGACAACCGGUCCUGUUACUUCCUAGUUUGGUUAACUUAGUUGGACUGAACUCAAGAGGCAGACAAUUACUCAGAGCACCUGCCUUGCAAAGAAUUGAACUGCAUUAGGAAAUUAGACACAGAAAAUCCAGGCCGAUAUAGAAGUGGAACACUUGCAAAGGCUGCAGACAAGGUAGCAGAGAUAUGCAGCUUUUGCAAGCUGUUUUUAGAUAUACAUCCAAUGAAAAAUAAUGCAUGCUUAUUUUCAUUGGGAUAUAGCUAAUAAACAGUCACUUGUUUUAAUGUUUUGUAUUUGAGCAGUGCAAUUUCCCUUUAACUCUACAACCAUUUGUUGGUUGGCAUACCACUCACUUGACUCCCCCAACUGCAAUCUACCAAGAAUACUGUUGCAAUGAAAAUAUUACUCCUUUUCAUACUACUUAUCCCUCAACUUGCUCUCAUCUCUUCAAGUAUCAACGGUAACACUAAAAUUCUCAUUGUAUCCUGAAAACACUCUAUAUCAGUGUUUCUCAAACCAGUCCUCAAGACCCACCAACAGUCCAGCUUUUGUCAAUAUUUCCACUGGAAUAAAACGGGGAAAUUCAUAAAUCCUGUACUGUUGGUAGGCCAUGAGGACUGGUUCGGGAACCACUGCUCUAUAGAAAUGUAUAGAUAUGCUGGUAGUCUUUGUCUCUUGGGCACCAACUAAGAUGAUCAGACUCACCAAGUUGCUUAAUUAAAAAUUAGGACAAUGUGAUCAUCACUGUUAAUGGUGCAUAGUGUUCUGAUAAUAGAAAUAUAUUAUGUAAACCAGCACGAAGACUCUAGAAGACUAAAGUAAGACCUUAUAGACAAGAAACACAUACACUGGGCGGAUCCAGAAACUAAUCCCAGGAGGGGCACUGGUAGAUUAUUUGUGGUGCACAAUAUCCCCAAUUAUGUCCUUCUCCCAAUAACUUUCUCUUUCUCUAAUUGUUUCUUCUCGUUCCCAUUCUUCCCUCACUUGUUCCACUCUUAUUGUUCCCCCUUCUCUAACUUGUAUCUCUCUUCCUUUCUCCAUCCCUAACUUGUAAUUUUCUUCUUUAUUCCCACCCAUUACUUGUACUGUUGUUCUUUAUGCUCACACCUUACUUGUACCCCUCUUCUGUAUUCCAAUCCCUUACAUGUACCACUCUUCUUAAUUCCCACACACCCCCACUUGUUCCCCCUUUCCUUACUUGUUUCCCUCUUAUUUCCCCCUUCCCUUAUUGUUCCUCUCUUACUUCCCCCUUCCCUUAAUUGUUCCCAUUUAUUUCUCCCCUUCCUUUAUUGCUCUUUUGUAUCCUUGCUUCACACAAUUGGUCUCCUAUUUGCUCCCCCAUCCACGGCUUAUUACCCCUUCACUCACUUGUUCUCUCCUGUGCUCUCUCCCCAUCGCUCACUUAUUCUCCAAUAAUUGCAGGCUGGAGGUACAGAAGGUCACACAGGGUUAUGACAUAAUCUUCACACAGUCUCCUGCAGUUCCUUUGGCUGCUUGCGGGGGAGAGAGUGUCUGCCACCUUGGGUGCCUAGCGAGAAGGGGAAAUAGCUAUUCUCCUUCUCGCCAGAGCACUCAUAUUGCACCAGCAACGAUACAGGACAGUGUUGCCCCUCUAUUGUCUGCCGCCCUGAGGCCAUGGGUUUGGCGGCCUUAUGGGAAAUCCAGCCCUGAAUACAUACAGGGCUAUUCACUAAACUGAGAAUUGAAAAUGUUAUGUGAUUUCCAAGGGAAUUUCAAGUUUAAGGCCUGUAGCUGAACUGGAAGCAUAUCUGAUUUGAAGAAUUUGUCCAGUUUGCCUAUUUUGGCCUUAGGUUUAAAAUUUGCUUUGAAUUCUCACCAAUUUUCACUUUUCACUACCGCUAAGUUGUAAAAAUGCUAGAGGUUGAGCUAAAAUACCCUUUAUAGACUGGUAUUUUUUGUAGGGGGUUGAAAGUAACUUUGCAAAUUUCCAUCAUAUGUCUCAAAUCAUACUUAUCUGGACUUCUGUUCCGCUCCCUUCAAUAACAUGAAGUAACACGUCUUAUCUAUUACCCUGUGAAAAGUCAGGAUCACUUUCUUUUAUGUCAGUCUCACUAACAAGCUUAGAGCAGGAUAAGCACCCAAGCAGACGGAUUUGGCUUUUUUAUUCACACCAACGCUAACUGUAAAGCUAGGUUGUAUGUUACAUGGUGUUGUUGAACGGUAAUCUUUUUUUCUUAAAGCUGAGUUAUUGUUGAAUACUUUUAAAGCGGCUUUUAUAUUUAUUUUCUUUUGUAGUUUUUUCUACUCAAUUUUCCUUGAAUAGCCUUGGAUGAUUCUACUCCGCUUUAUACCAGUCAGGUUUCAAAUGGCCAAAGUCUGUUUUUGGGUGUGGCUGGUGGUAUAGAGGAUAGGGCUACUUUUGACCAUUUUAGGUGACAUUGUGACCUUCAAGAUGCAUUAUGAAACUGAAAGUUUGAUUUAAGAAAAUUAAAAUACUUGAUUUAUUAAAACUAAUAUAUAAAACCAUCUCUACUAUAAUUUCACUUUCAGUAACACUCUAACUUUAACUUAAAUAAGUGGUUUUGGUGUUGACAUCAUGCCCUUGCAUGUGUGUUUAUUCAGUCCUAACCAGACUUCUCCUGAAUGUGACCCAGUCUACCACCACAUUUCCAGCUAAACAGAUCUAAUUUGUAACCAUUUCACUCACAGAAUUGAGUAGAAACAUUUUUACUUUCGUGCAAAAGGAAAUUUAGUCAGUAAAGCCUAAACCUUAUACUCACACUCAAUAAUACUUUAUGAAUGAUUGCCAGCCUUGAGAGAAGAGCAAUUAUUUGCCAAAAGUCACUAGUCACUGAAAAUGUCAGCACACAACAUGCAUUCCAAUGGUAAAGGAAGUUACAAUGGGUACAUUCUACUGUCAGGGAAGGGAGAAGAGUAAAUGGAUGCUAUUAUUUAACUGUAAGCAUUACAUUCACAUUCCAGAGGUUACUAAUAAUCGAUAUAGCAGUUUUAAAUAACUUUUUUUUUAAAUAAAUAUAUGAUUUCAUGAAAUUUACUGUAUGUGAGCUUUAUGCUCAAAUUCAGACGUUUCUUUUUCAUUCUGUUGAAAUUUUCAGUAAACUGUACUAUUAGUAAUGCCUUCAGUGUCCUUGCAAAUACCUGUAGGCAAGGUGUCUAACCACUUUUAUUUGUCUUUUUUUUUGUCACAUCUACUUUAUGUGAGAAACGUGCCAUUUUUGCCAUUAUAUAGCAUUUCAGAAACUGUGCGAAAUAUUGCAAGAUUAAGGACAAUGUAUGCUAUUUUAAGAUUAUAAUUCCCCAAAUAGCUGUAUAUUUGUAGUGGGGGGAAAAAUUGUGUCAAUUUACAUAAUUUCAUCAUCGAUAUUUUAUGUUUGUCUGAAAAGGAAUCUAUACAUUAAAUUAUUUUUUAUUUUUUCGUUUUUUUUUAUAUUUAUAUGCAUCCCUUCAUUCUAAUGCAUGUUAUAGCACUAUUUUUGUUGACCAGAAAGUGUUUGGUGGUGAAAGGGUUAAACUUCUCAUAUUGCACAGUGUGUGUAAUUUAGCAGUUCUUAUCUUCAGCAGUAUUAAUUGCCUGCUAUGGUUUGCAGCAGCCUCCUGUGUGUGUGAUUAAAGUUCAAUUGUAAAAAAACAAAAACAUCAAAAGUAAACAGGCUCUGCCAAAAGGUCUGCUUGAUAAGGAAACCUUUUUUUUUUCCAUGAAGGAUAGAUACUAACUUGAGACGUUAGAAAUGCAGAUAUGUAUCCCUAACACUAGAGUGUCACUUUAAACUUGCCAGACAACAUGUGUAUAUUUCUAUUAAAAUAGUAAAAGGGAGGCAAAUGACGGACAUAAUUAAAUAACUUCAACAUGGUAUAUGGUGUAAUUUCGGACCUACCAACAUGUGUGGUCUGGCUAGGGCCGGGGCUGUUCUAAAGUUUUAGGUGACUUCUAAUAACAAUUUAUACCAAUAAGAUAUUAUUUUAUAGCCAUAACAAAUGUGAGGAUUAAUUUGCUGUGGAGAUGAGUUACACGCUCAGACACAACGGCAACAUGGAGCUCCUACAAAAGAAGGACAUUAGGAUAGAAAAAAGAGACUUGGGUACGGUCCAUUCUAAACAGUGAAACUUGGGAGGUAUGUAUAUGAGGCAUGGCACACCUAUGGUUAUUUUAAUUUGAAUAUCAAUUCAAAAAAAUAUAUGAUAACAUUUAAUAUUCCAGGCAUUCUGCUCCAGUCUGAUCACAUGAGAAAAGUCCGACAUGUGCUUUACCUGACAUCCUCUAUGAUUUGUCCUGGAAUAUGUUGUUUGUGAGAUAGAUCGGAGAGGAUAUUUGGUGACGAACAAGUAGGCCUUUAAUUUCCAUGAGUCUACCUGUUCUCUCAGCCCUGGAAAUCUAUGUCAGGUUAAGAACUCAAUAUACUUUAUCUGCCCAGAUAAUCUAGUCAGGCAGCUUGAACAAUAUGUAGAUAAAAGUGUUUGCAGAUUGAACACUGUCAUGUUGUGCCUGCCAAAGUCAAUUUAACACACAUCACUCAUUUUAUAAACAUCUCUUUAUCUCAUUUAUACUGCUGACACAAAUAGGAUCCAUUAUGAAACAAGCUUUUCCUGUUUUCUUAAUAAUUUAUUUUUCAUACAUUGCAUCACUGGAAGCCAGUGUAUCAAAGAACAUCCCAAGUUAUAAUAUUAUAUUGUUUUUAUUGUAGAUUUUCUUUGCAGUCGAUUGUUAUUGAAAACAUAUUCGGGUUUAUUCCCUACUAAACAGUGAGUUUUAAUUAAUUGAAAAUCAAAUUGUUUAUUCUAGGUCAAAAUAACUGUAUUGUCCAAAUCAGCUGUUUUCCAACGUGCCAGUUUUAGUGUAUAUUUGGUCUUUCUGAUUUGGUUUAGUGUAGAUUUGGUAAAUCUGUUUUGUGUUUACCACAAUUCCCUGCUUAAAAAGACAAACCCUAUUGUGCCCAUUAAAAUGUACUGGAAUCUAAUUUGCAAAAGUCUCUUCCCAUGUAGAUCUCUAUGGAAUCUCAUCUUACAGGUAUUUGUUGACUUGCAGACAAAUCCUUACAAAUGGUUUCUUUGAAUUUGCCAGAAGUGAAUCUUGAUUAGUUACUGUUGCAGUGUGUGUGCUUCUAGUUUCCCUUUUACUAAUAAAGGUUUGCCUUAUUCACAGGAAUCAAUGUGUCCAGUGGAAGACGGAAAGCUACAAAAAUGAGCAACGAAACUACACCUGAGCCUGUGUCCUCUCCUCCCUCACAUGGCCAGAGAUACUUUGAUCGAUAUUCGGACGAUGAUCCGGAGUAUUUACGCAUUCGAAACAUGGCAGCUGAUCUCAGACAAGAUUUCAAUGUGAUGGAGCAAAAGAAACGAGUCACCAUGAUCCUACAGAGCCCAGUGAGUUUAAGUUUCUGAAUGGGUUUCCACAUCAUUUUUCUUUUCUGUGUUUGUAUGUGUGAGUCUUUGUGUGUGUGUGUGUGUGUGUAUGAGUCUAUGUGUUUGUAUAUCUAUGUGUGUGUCUGUGUUUGUGUAUAUAUAUGAAUGCAUAUAUGUACCUGAAUGUAAGAAUGUGCAAACAUGACUGUGUAUAUUUAUAUGAAUUUCAGUAUGUGUGUGUAAUUUUCAUAACAAAAGGUUAUGCAGAGUACAGAGCACUUUUUUUAUUUUACAGUUCCGUCGGGAUGUGGUGCCAAAAUAUAUUUCUGCCCCAGGUGCCAUGUAACUUAGGUUAUGCCUCUGGGCUGAGCUACACUGCAUACCUUCCAAUCAGGAAGCUGCUUUGUAAAUAGGAAGGUUUGGCUUAAAGUCUGGGUCCAGUAGUCCUGUCAUUUUAAAUCUGCAUUGUAAAACAUUGCAGAAAUCGCCACUAAAGGCAGUUCCGUUGCACUGACAAAGCAAAACUUGGUCACGUAAGAUUGCAGCUCUCAUGAAUUCAAUACUUUCUUUUGAGAAGCAUUUGAAUACAGACUUAACAUUUUCUGUGCCAGCGCAUCAGGUCCCCAAUGCUCCUCAAUGAGGAACGGGCUUGGGUCAAGAGCUGGACGACAUCACAAGAGGUAGCACAGCUGCCAGUACUGAAUGAGUCUCUGCGAUGGAAUAAAGGUAAGUGAACGCCUUUGUUUCAGGUUUUUACUGGAAACAGGGGGAGAGGGUGGAGGCAGCUAAAAUAAAUCCAAAAAUGAGGCACUUUAUGCACUGUAUAGAUUUGUAUUCUUAAUGUUAUAAUUUUAUUUAAGUUGUACUGGUGCCAGAGUGUUCCUUUAUGCUAACUUGCCUGUUAAAAAAACUUUUUUACUUUUUGCAGUUCAGAGCAGAUGUGUACUUGCUUGUGAUUGUCUCUGUAUUUCAGUCUUUCAGAGAAGAGCUGGAGAGUCUUAUCCAGGAGCAGAUGAAGAAAGGAAACAACUCCUCUAACAUCUGGGCUCUCAGACAAAUUGCUGACUUCAUGGCCUGCACGGCUCCCUCUGUCUUCCCUGCUUGUCCUGUCAGUAAGUAACCGUCUGGGAUAGUUACAUAUAUGGAUUUUGUUUUGAUUAAACCGAGUAUAAAUACAAUUAAAUGUUUAGUAAGAAACAAAACUAGAUGUUAACUAAGAUACUGCUUAAUUUUCCAGAUAGCUCCAUGGUGAUACCCAUCAACGACAUGCACUGCAGCGAACCCAUUCCCCUGGCAAAGGGCGAGAGACUCAUGAGAUGCAAACUAGCCAGUGUUUACAGACUGCUGGAUCUUUAUGGAUGGGCCCAACUUAGUGGGACCUUUGCUUCGGUGAGACAGGUCUUCACUUUGUGCUGAGAGUAUCUAAAGUCUAGAUUGGCCAUGGGUACGAGGUGCAUAUUAAUUGGCACAGUGUGAUGUAUUAUUCUCAGUGUGAAGUUGAAGUGCUUUCAUGCAUAGCUCAGAUUAUCAUAAGUCCAAAAAAGUAUCUUGAAAGUUACAUUUCAGUGAUAGUUAAGGACUAAAAAGAGAUCAAUCCCAAAGGAAUCAGUAGUGAAGGAUAUUUCUAUAUUAUAAGGCUUAGCAGUAAAUCUGACGACUUAACAAUAUAGUUCUCUGACUCCUCAAUAUAACCGUCUCUAGUAGUUAGAAUAGCUGUGAAGGCAUGCUUAAUAUGGGGUUAUGUAGUCAUGCCAUGUGGAUAUGUGCAAACAUGCCAGCUACAUAUAAAGACAAGACACACAUGGAGAUAUAGAGCAUGUGGAGUUAUGAAUACAAUCUACACAAACAAAUAUGGAGGCAUAAUCUAUACAAGAAGCACAUCCUACAUUUUCACACAACUCAGCAAAUGUUGAUUGAAUGGUUUUGUGAGACCUUGACCUCAAGUUGUAGACCAUGAUAAGUCAAUUCUGAGGUAUUGCUAAACAAAUCCAGCAUUUACACAGCACUGGUUUGAAAGGGUGCACAUUUUAAAACCAAACACAGCUUUAGAAAGAAAUGGAAGAGUUGAUGUUUAUAGAAUGCUUAUAUAUUCUCUUCUGCCUUUUAGAUAAGAGUGAAUAAAGAACAGGACCAUUUCUUAAUCAGCCCCAGAGGAAUCGGUUGUUCUGAGGUGACGGCGUCAAGCCUCGUGAGUACAAAUCAAGACAUACGGUUUUAUCAGGUUACAAAUAAAUCAUUUAUUGAAUUGCUUUUCCCCACAUACCUACUCUCCUCUUGUUUUCAGGGUAUCAUGCCAUGGACACUUUCCUAUCUUAAAUGACCUCUAAAUGUGUAUAUGUAUGUAUGUAUAUAUAUAUAUAUAUAUAUAUAUAUGUAUAAUCUCAAAAACCAAAAGGAUUAUGGUGGGGAACAAAUAGUGAUUUAUGUGGGAAAAGCAAGUCUUAUGGCUUGACUGGUGUGCAGAUUUUUGUUUAACAUUGUAUUAACUAUAUGUAUAUAAAAAAUAUACAGAUAUAUUAUGUAUUUAUUUUUUUCCUCGGCCGAGAGAGAUGGGAUCGAUAUAGAAUAUUGAAUAGAUAUUGCUCAAAUUCAUUUUCUGUUGACAGGAGCAUUGAUCACAGUUUUCUGUUAUUACUGUUGGGCUGUCAUUUUGUAUAGCAGGAACUUGGCGUAAAGCCAUUGCCUUUUGUUUGAUAGCAUAGCUCUGUGUGGAUUUAGAUUUUAACCUGCCCUGCUCCCACUAAAGGGUCCUGUUAAGUACUUUUUAAUUUUUAUGAUUUAAUAGUAUUAACUAUUUAAUAUGUUUAUGAUUUAGUUAAAGUGGUUAUAAAGAAAAACAAUUUUUUUUGCAUUAAUUCCAUUCUUUCCACACUUUUGAGGUUUCAGAAAACAAAAGUUGCAAUAAUGCACAAUGAGCGUAUUUCGAUGAGAGAAUCCAGAAAUACCCUAGUGGGAUUGUGUCAGACUAGCCACUCACACCGUUGUAGUAAUUCUUCCCAGCUUCCUGGAUACAGGAUCCUGUGUUAUGAUAUAUUUGUCCAAAUGUCAUCUACAGGUAAAGGUCAAUAUUUUGGGGGAGAUGGUGGAGACAGGUAGCACUAACUUUGAGGUUGACACCUAUGACUUCAGCUUGCACUCUGCCAUCUACUCAGCACGACCAGACGUGAGAUGCAUUAUCCAACUACACACAGCAGCAACGACCGCGGUAAGAUACAGUGAAAUAAUACCUUCUUACAGACCAGUCCUGCCCAAUUUCAUCAUAGGGUAAUAUGUGUAUCAUUCAGAAUGGCAGAAUAAAUGAUGUACCCUUUUAUGUCAAAGAUGUAAUGAAACAAUGUUUUUGUUAGGAAUGUUGGCAACUGGAAAUAAAGCCCUACAGUACGGUGUAUGUAGGACUGUGCCUGGAAUAUCUGUGGAUGAAUGAAAUACAGAAAUAGUCUGGAACCGCUAGAAAACCUGAGUUAUAAUAAGAAUUAGAAGUGCAUGAAUGCAUUCAGCAGACAAUAAAAUGGCAUCUAGUGUAUAAAGAGAUUAACGGGCAGGCCAGAGGAUUCUGAAAGUAAGCCAGAUUUAUCUUUGCUUGUAACAUGAUGAUUUUGACAUUGUUGUAAGAAUAUUUACUCAAAGCAUUCAGUUGAGUGUACAUUUAAUUAUGUGUACUAGGAGUACAAAUACAAUUUUAAGAUUUGAUUUUAAAAUUCUUUGUUUGGGGGCAGCAAAAUGCAUUACAUGCCAAAAACUCUGAGGACUUACAACAAUAACCACCAUGCUUGCACACCUAAAUUCUGAUUCCGAGUAUCUAGGAAGUUGCAAGCAUCACUUCUUAUUCUCUUAUAUCUGUUUAAAUAAUGUCAUGGUCUCUGCUUGCAGGUGUCCGCCAUGAAAUGCGGCCUUUUGCCCAUCUCCCAUGAUGCUCUGCUGGCUGGUGAGGUGGUGUACUUUGAAUACAAUGGAAGUAUGGAAGAGGAGAAGGACAGAAUUGAACUUCAAAAGCGUCUCGGACCUACAUGCAAGGUGAAGCAGCAUCCCUGAACAUUGUGCACAUUAUUUCAACAGUGACAAGUUAAUUACUUAUAUCAGUGAUUCCCAAACCACUCUGUAAGAUCCACAAACAGUCCAAGUUUUGUCAGUAUCUCCAUUGGAAUAAAACAGAGAAAUACAUAACUCCUGGACUAUUGGUGGGUCUUGAGGAUUGGUAUGGGAAACAUACCAAUCCUAUAUAAUGCCCCAAAAGCUUGGCACAACCACUUUAACUUAGCCUGACUCUUAGUUGGUAAAUCAUUAUCCAUUGCAAAUGUGCUCUUUUUUUCUACAUUUAAAGCAUGAAAGAGUAUAAUAGAAUUUGCAAUUCCUGCGGUUUGAACAUGUUCUACAACUAGCGCAUCAACCAACUAAACCAUUCAUGCUGUUUAGCAGUAUUUAGACAUCUGUCAAAGUGAAGAAGGCCUUUCAGAGAGAUCUGUAGUGUUUACUUGCAUUAUAAUGGGCAUUUUCUGACUAACAUACGUCUUGUACAGAGAUUGGUCAAAAAAAGAGUGGCUAAUUAUUAGCCCAAUGCUCAAAAUAUCUUUCUCACAGUCAAAAAUAUCUUUCUCACAUCUCUCUCAAAUAUUACCUGUUUGAUAGUUACAUUAAAUAACAUAAGGAAGAUCUAGAAGAAAAUUUUUUUUUAAAUGGGGUGUGAUAGAUGGAAGCUUGUUUUGCAGUAAACAAAGAACAUUCUUCAGUAAGUGUAGGUAUCAAUGCUUUUAUAAAGAAGGCAAUCCGUCCCGUCCCUCCUCCCCCACCCUGUGUAUGUAGGGUGUUAGAGUUGCCUACAUAUGGUAAUAUCAGUUAACCACAUUUAACAUUUACCUUGUUGUCACCGUGCAAAAUGUGAAUUUUCUUCAUUUCCAUGAUGUCUUCUCACUGUUCACCUUCCAUCUUGCAGAUUCUCGUUCUACGAAACCAUGGAGUGGUUGCAUUAGGAGAAUCGGUGGAAGAAGCUUUCUAUAAAAUAUUUCACCUGCAGGAAGCUUGUGAAAUUCAGGUAACACUGCACAAACUAGCAAACUGUCGCCUCCAUGGAGUUAGCUUUCCAAAUGAUUCCAUACUGUUAGAAAAACUUGCCAAAUGAUUUAUCUACGAACAGUCCCUCAGACUUUAGUGAUGACUUCUGUAGAUAAACCAUUUGGAACAUUUUGAAUUAUUUGGAAAGCUUAUUAAAUUGCGGCCUGUGUAUGAUAUGAGAUGAUCACAUCCUUCUGCCUAGAGGAACACUUAGUAAGUACAUUUUACAGAGUAUAUCUUUGAGUGAAACCAUGAGCAUUUUUUGUUCAAAGAUAUAUUCACUGAAAAGAAAAUCCAAGGUUCACAAACUUUAGCUCACAAUGUUUACUAUCUUCAUACAAGCUCUUCCUGAUCAUCUGAUUACCUUGUUUUUACAUUUGUUUCAAACUAUUAAUAGUUAAAGGACCACUAUAGUGCCAGGAAAACAUAUUUGUUUUCCUGGCACUAUAGUGCCCUGAGGGUGCCCCCACCCUCAGGGUCCCCCUCCCACCGGGCUCUGGGGAGAGGAAAGGGGUUAAACUUACUUUUUUUCCAGCGCCGGGCGGGGAGCAUCUCCUCUCCGACUCCGAUCCUCCUCUUCGGCUGAAUGCGCAUGCGCGGCAGGAGCUGUGCGCGCAUUCAGCCGGUCUCAUAGGAAAGCAUUCAUAAUGCUUUCCUAUGGACGCUGGCGUCUUCUUACUGUGAUUUUCACAGUGAGAAGCACGCAAACGCCUCUAGCGGCUGUCAAUGAGACAACCACUAGAGGCUUUAGAGGCUGGAUUAACCCAUUUAUAAACAUAGCAGUUUCUCUGAAAGUGCUAUGUUUAUAAAAAAAAAAUGGGUUAACCCUAGCUGGACAUGGCACCCAGACCACUUCAUUAAGCUGAAGUGGUCUGGGUGCCUAGAGUGGUCCUUUAAUAAUGUAUACAAGUGAAAUUGCAUUGAUAAAAACUAAUAUUCCAAACAAUGCAUUGCAUAUGGUGUCGAAAACAUCUUGAACAGAAAUGAUAAUGGUCAUUGCAGAGCUAUUCAUAAUCAUUUUCUGUAUGUGUUGCCUCUGCAACCUUUGUGCUUAUCAGGCUAAUGAGGAACAUUAGCCUGAGUAGAAAUGGGCAGCUGUGAUUGGUUGAGAGUGUCAGUAUACAGUGAGGGGGAAAAGUAUUUGAUUCCCUGCUGACUUUGAACGUUUGCCCACUGACAAAGAAAUGAUCAGUUAUAUUUUAAUGGUAGGUGUAUUUUAACAGUGAGAGAUAGAAUUUAAAAAAAAUCCAGACAAACACAUGCCAAAAAAGUUAUAAAUUGAUUUGCUUGUCAUUGAGUGAAAUAAGUAUUUGACCCCUUCGACUUAGUACUUGGUGGCAAAACCCUUGUUGGAAAUCACAGAGGUCAGACGUUCUUGUAGUUGGCCACCAGGUUUGCACACAUCUCAGGAGGGAUUUUGUCCCACUCCUCUUUGCAAAUCCUCUCAGUCAUUAAGGUUUCAAGGGUGAUGUUUGGCAGCUCGAACCUUCAGCUCCCUCCACAGAUUUUCUAUGGGAUUAAGGACUGGAGACUGACUAGGCCACUCCAUGAUCUUAAUGUGAUUCUUCUUGAGCCUCUCCUUUGUUACCUUGGCUGCGUGUUUUAGGUCAUUGUCAUGCUCGAAUACCCAUCCACAACCCAUUUUCAAUGCACUGGCUGAUGGAAGGAGGUUCUCACCCAAGAUUUGACAGUACAUGGCCCCAUCCAUCGCCCCUUUGAUGUGGUGCAGUUGUUCUGUCCCCUUAGCAGAAAACACCCCUAAAGCAUAAUGUUUCCACCUCCAUGUUCGACGUUGGAGAUGGUGUUCCUGGGGUCAUAGGCAGCAUUCCUCCUCUUCCAAACACGGUGAGUUGAGUUGAUGCCAAAGAGCUUGAUUUUCCAUAAGUCCAUAAUUGCACCAACCGUUGUCACCAUCUCACCAAGCUGCUUGGUGAUGGUUUUGUAGCCCAUUCCAGCCUUGUGUAGGUCUACAAUCUUGUCCCUGACAUCCUUGAACAGCUCUUUGGUCUUGACCAUGGUGGAGAGUUUGGAAUCUGAUUGCUUCUGUGGACAGGUGUCUUUUAUACAGGUUACGAGGUGAAAUUAGGAGCACUCCCUUUAAGAGAGUGCUCAUAAUAUCAGCUCGUUACCUGUAUAAAAGACACCUGGGAGCCAGAAAUCUUGCUGAUUGAUAAUGGAUCAAAUACUUAUUUCACUCAUUGACAUGCAAAUCAAUUUAUAACUUUUCUGACAUGCGUUUUUCUGGAUUUUUUUGUUUGUUUUGUUAUUCUGUUUCUCGCUGUUAAAAUUCACAUACCAUUAAAAUUAUAGACUGAUCAUUUCUUUGUCAGUGGACACAAUCAGCAGGGGAUUAAAUGCUUUUUUCCCUCACUGUAUACUCUGCCUUAGACAUACCUCCAGUGGGGGAUGGGGCUGUGGAUGGUCAUGAAGCCUUAUUUAGUGUUCAACUGCUAAAAUGUUAAACACUGUAUGGAGGGACAAUGACAGAGGACUAAAGACACUAUAACCAUUUCAAUCAGAUGAAACCGUUAUAGUGUCUAUAGUGUCCCUUUAAGGUAAAGUUUUUCUUAUGUUUCUACAAGAAAGGGAUUGUUUCAAAGCAUUUCCAAGUAGAAAUUACAGUGCACUAUAACUGGCCCUAUGAUGGAGUUACACUCUUUUUGAAUGAGGUGUCAUUAUAGCAUUGUUUCAUCGUUAGUUAUUGAUUUUUUUACACUGAAUCAUUUAAAACUACCGCUUUGCAUUAGGCAAUAUUACAGAUAUUAUUUGUAAAUAUUAAAAUCACUAUGUGUUCUCCAGUGCAAUAAGGUAUCUAUUAUGUAUUGUUCAUUUUUGCAUUUAUUAAUAAUAGAUGAAAGCUAAAAGGUGGGGAAGGUAAUGUGCUUGCAAUACCUCUUCCAGUAUACACGCAAUGGUUUUAGUCCUAGGGGAAGAAGAUGGUGAUAAUGCUUGGCAAAUCACAGGUUGUCAUGGGUGCAGCAUACAGGCCAUUACUGAUACUUGUAAAAGGCAUUGCUUGUUCCUUUCUUCCUGGAAUGGAAUUCUCAGCGGAGUCAGGUGAUACCUAGAGGGCUAAGUAAAGAUACAUUACCUGUACAGGUAAUAUAGAAGAUCUGAAACUUGAAAAACUGAGACCAGUAUUAAAUAGAUGGAAGAAAUCUCCAGCAAUGCUGAACCGUACAUUUUUUCCAGUUCAGUUUUUGGCGUUUAAUAGUAGUUUAUCGAAAGAAAUUGGUGCACAGAAUGUAGCAAAAACAAUAAGCUGCGUACUGUGUUAAGCAUUUUCAGCACUUAGAAAUACAUGUCACAUAUGAGUACAGAAAGAGCUCCACCCUACAUCAACAAUGAAUAUAUUGCCCAGUGAGCUACAAAAUAAAAGGUGACACAAAAACACAUUGUAUAUUUAAUUAAGAACACCUUGUCAAGGCAAACUGUUAGAGACUGGAUUAUAGAGUAUAGAGUCUCAUCAAACAUCACCAGAUCACCUAACCAGCGUGUGAACUCCCAAUGUAGCCUUGGGUAGUCAUCAAAAACAGGAGAAAGGGAAAUUGAAGGAAGAGAGAGAAAGAAAGUAGAGGAAAUGGAGAAACACAAGGAGGGGAGGAAAAGGGUGAUUGGGAAGAGGAAAAGGACAUGAAUAUAUACAGGCCUCCACGUACACAGUUGAGUGUACAUAACAAAUAGGUAAGAGCUGAGCUUAUGUGGACUCUCCUGUACAGUUCAGUUGUUUUUUUUAUCCUAAUUAAUGUGCUUAUUAUUUAUAGUUCAUGUUCAAGUAAGAUGAUCGUAUUGUAUGUGUAUUACUUCCUAUCACUACUCUUUAAAUAUACACAGAUAAUGCUAACUUCUUAAAGGCCGCUGGUAUUCCAUGCUGUCAUAACAAUCUGUUCCUUGAGGACCAUAUGCCAACAUGGAAUGCCUGUCACUAAAUAAAUAGAACAUACCAUCACUGAGCAGGUUCAUAGAUUGCUAUGACAACAUAAGAAGUAAAUGAUUCAUAAGGGGCUAAAUGAAAUAUACACCACAACAAAAAGUAUAUUCAUUGACUAGAAAGAUAAUGGAAUGUGAGAAAUGUGUUAAAUCUAAAAAAUGUAAUACUCUCCCUUGGAACAUGCAAUUCUGGAAGCUCAUAAUGUAUGUAUAUUGCAUCUCAUGGUAUAUUUAAAAAAACAAGAAACUGAGCUUACAUAGACCAAAGGAAUAAAUCCCCCUACCACUACAAUCACCAUGGCAACCAACAGUGCAAGGCCUGUGAUGUGUUAAACAGCCAAAUUCACUGGGGGAUUAGAGAAUGCCAUCUCAGUUUAAAUUAUGUUAGAAUGGCAAAAUAUUGCUACGACUAAACUGUAAUAAAUAGCACACACCAUCCAUUUUAAUCUACUAUGGUUAUACGAACGAUGCAGAGAUAUUAGCUACCUUUUUAAGCAAAAGCUCACCCUGCUGGUCAUUAUGUGGUAUUGCCGGAAUCUAAUCAGGAAAAGAUUAACUAUUUAUUUCAUGUAAACUAAUGGAAUUUAUCAUUUAACUGUUGUGUUGGCGAUUGGGUUGUGAAGGUUUCCAGUUAUAAGUUUCAACUUAGCUGAAGCAGAACAUAUUUACUAGCAGAUAAUUAAACACCUAUUGCAUCACGUUAGGAAAACAAAAAAAAAAACCAAACAGCCAAAUUGAAGCAAGCGGCACAGUUUCUUAGAAAUGACAUAUUGACCUACAAAUUCACCUUCGCCCAUGGCCUGCGGUGAUGCACAAAAUAAAUCAAUUAAAAAUAAGUGGAAGUUUGCAGGGCCAUCACUAAACUGGUUGUAGCCACAAUUAGUCUAUCUCCUCAUCCCUGAUUCCAUUACAUGAAUCUAGAAAAAUAAUUGAGUGUGGAUCCUCCAGUCUCCUUCAUAAUUAAGGAUGAACUGCCACAUGAAUGAUGAAUGGAGCAGUGCUUCCUCAACCACUCUGUUAAUCAUUCAUUAACCUUCCACUAUAUUGAUACCAAGUUACCCCAAUAAAAAUAGUCUCCAGUCACUAUGCCAUUAAAUAGAGGGCAUAGCGAGACUUCACUUCUUUUCAGAUUAAGUAAAUUGCACUUAACUUAUAUAAAGAGAUUAUCAGCAUAUCAUAGAUAAACUAUCUGGCCAUGUCCUACGUGUUUCGUCACACAGACUUGUUCACAAUGCCACCACUUUCAUUAGCACUGAUUAACGCAAUGUUAUCACAUUUAGAAAUCAUGUACUAGGACCCAGGCAACCCACAUAGCUUUAAAUAUAUAUAUAUAUAUAUAUAUAUAAUAUAAAUACAAGUAGCUCCUGCACUCACGCUCCAAUGUCCCUUAAUGGCCGGGUGCCAACCAAAGACAGCUUCAAUAUCCAAAAAAAAUCCAAAGGUAUGGCUGCACUCACAGUUUAAAAGUCCAAAGUUUAAUGAAAAAACGGUUUAAAUGAUGUUUUAAACCGUUUUUUCAUUAAACUUUGGACUUUUAAACCGUGAUGCAGCCAUAUAUAUAUAUAUAUAUAUAUAUAUAUAUAUAUAUAUAUAUAUAUAUAUAUCCUUACAUUUUAAUAAGCAUAAAUGAGAAUAAUACUGUUGAAGUAUACAUCUGAUUAGACCUCAGUGAUACAAGCAGUGCACCUGUCUGUUUGGUCAUUGGCAUGUGGACUAAAAAUCAAACCUACAGCGACAAAUGUAGAAAGUUUUGUGAAGGUAGCAAUGUGAUUUUAUGAUAUGUUCUAGGAAUCAGAAAUUAACUUUGUGGUCAAAUAUGUGAGCAACAAAUGCUAAUGUUGAUAUUCUGUUACAGGCUUUUGCAAGAUGAUUGUAAAUUGAUCAGUUGGUUUCCAUAUCUAAUUGAGUUUUUAAUAUUUUGAGUGUGGGGUGAGCACUCAGCACCUUACUGUAUCAUUGGGGUGCUCUCCUCGCCCAAUCAGCUCUCAGAAUUAUUCAUCUGCACUGCUGCUCUUAGUAAAUGGCUCUGAAGUCACAUUGCUCUCCAGUGGUAAGGUUUGUGCAGCUUAAAUAGCAAAUCACUUUUUACAGUUUUUUACCUUGAGAUUAUGGGAGUGGUAUUUGUCACCAUUAAAUGCUCAUAUGUGUUUGGGAUGUCUUUCAGGUCUCGGCUGUUCCUAGUGCCGGAGGGCCAGACAACCUAAUCCUGCUGGACAGGGAGAAGUAUCGUCCUCACGAGGUGGGGACAGUGGGCUGGGCGGGGAGCAUGUUUGGACCCAUGCAGAAGAGCAGGUUGGGAGAGCAUGAAUUUGAGGCAUUGAUGAGAAUGAUGGAUAAUUUGGUAAGUUUUUAAACACUGGAUAAGAAAAGUUAUGUUUUCUAUAUAAAUAAAAUGCACAAAGUGGAAAAAAACAAUGCUUCAACACCUAGCCAGUUAUAGCUAACAAUAAAAUACAACAACAUCAGUGUAUUCUAUAGAAUACCUUGGGCUCAGGUCCAGGUAUAGAACAUCUGGGUUACCUCCUUGAAUAAUACAAACCCAGUCUUUCAAGAGAACUCAAACAUUUUUUUAACUCACUAGUUAAAAUGUCAAAUUAUUGCCAAUCCUGACUAUUAUUUUAUUAUUAUUUUACCAAAUCUCAUUACUUUUACUAACAACCGUGAGCAUCUUCCACAAACCCGUUGUCAAUUGAAGUUUAUGAGUUCAGGAGUUUGAGUAUGUAAUUCAGGGCUGACGGGUGAUUUCAUUCAUGUGAAUGCAUCUGUGUCUUUGCAUAUACAAUAUCUCACAAAAGUGAGUACACCCCUCACAAUUUUGUAAAUGUUUUAUUAUGUCUUUUUUUAUGUGACAACACUAAAGAAAUUACACUCUGCUAUAAUGUAAACUAGUAAGUGUACAGCCUGUAUAACAGUAAAUUUUCUUUCCCCUCAAAAUAACUCAACACACAGCCAUUAAUGUCUAAACCGUUGGCAACAAGAGUGAGUACACCCCUAAGUGGAAAUGUCCAAAUUUGAUCCAAAGUGUCAAUUUUUUUUUGUGACCACCAUUAUUUUCCAGCACUGCCUUAACCCUCAUGAGCAUGUAGUUCGCCAGAGCUUCACAGGUUGCCACUGGAGUCCUCUUACACUCCUCUAUGACGACAUCACGGAGCUGGUGGAUGUUAGAGACCUUGCGCUCCCCCACCUUCUGUUUGAGGAUGCCCCACAGAUGCUCAAUAGGUUUUAGGUCUGGAGACAUGCUUUGCCAAUACAUCACCAUUACCUUCAGCUUGUUUAGCAAGGCACUGGUCGUCUUGGAUGUGUAUUUGGGAUCGUUAUCAUGUUGAAAUACUUCCCUGCAGCCCAGUCUCCGAAGGGAGGGGAUCAUGCUCUGCUUCAGUAUGUCACAGUACAUGUUGGCAUUCAUGGUUCCCUCAAUGAAGUGUAGCUCCCCAGUGCCAGCAGCACUCAUGCAGGCCCAGACCAUGACACUCCCACCACCAGUUUUGACUGUAUGCAAAACACACUUGUCUUUGUACUCUUCACCUGGUUGACACCAUCUAAACCAAAUAACUUUAUCUUGGUCUCAUCGGACCACAAGACAUGGUUCCAGUAAUCCAUGUCCUUAGUGUGCUUGUCAACAAACUGUUUGCGGGCUUUCUUGUGUAUCAUCUUUAGAAGAGGCUUCCUUCUGGGACGACAGCCAUGCAGACCAAUUUGAUGCAGUGUACUGUGUAUUGUAUGAGUAUUGACAGGCUGACCCCCCCACUCCUUCAACCUCUGUAGCAAUGCUGGCAGCACUCAUACAUCUAUUUCCCAAAGACAACCUCUGGAUACGACGCUGAGCAUGUGCACUCAACUUCUUUAGUCGACCAUGGCAAGGCUUGUUCUGAGUGGAACCUGUCCUGUGAAACCGCUGUAUGGUCUUGCCCACCGUGCUGCAGCUCAGUUUCAGGGUUUUGGCAAUCUUUCUAUAACCUAGGCCAUCUUUAUGUGGAGCAACAAUUCUUUUUUUCAGAUCCUCAGAAAGUUCUUUGCAAUGAGGUGUCAUGUUGAACUUCCAGUGACCAGUAUGAGAGAGUGUGAGAGCGAUAACACUAAAUGUAACACACUUGCUCCCCAUUUACACCUGAGACCUUGUAAAACUAACAAAUCACAUGAUACCGGGGAGGGAAAAUGGCUAAUUGGACCCAAUUUGGACAUUUACACUUAGGGGUGUACUCACUUUUGUUGUCAACGGUUUAGACAUUAAUGGCUGUGUGUUAAGCUAUUUUGAGGGGACAGCAAAUUUACACUGUUAUAUAGGCUGUACACUUACUACUUACAUUGUAGCAGAGUGUAAUUUCCUCAGUGUUGUCACAUGAAAAGAUUUAAUAAAAUAUUUACAAAAGUGUGAGGGAUGUACUCACUUUUGUGAGAUACUGUAUGUGUGUUUAUGUAAGAGCAUAUAUAAUAAGGGUUUAACAAAGUGAAAGCCUAGUAUAAAAGUAAAGUAUCAAGGUAGUGAAGGGGUUAACCCUAAAUGCAAGUAUGAUUGAAAAGAGGAAGAAAGAACACUACCUAAAAGAUAUAGUCUAAAAUGUAACUUUUAAUAGUGAAAAAAAAAACCACAAAGUGAUCAUUUCACACAUUUAAUCUUAGUAAGUCUAGAUAUAUGCAUACCAAGACAUAGAGAUAAUGUGAAAAUGUAAGAUUUAAAAAAAUAGACAGACAGUAUCUAGAUAUCAAAGGUGUAGUUAACAAUGUCUAAAUAGACUUGGGUAUCAGACUCUGAAUAGAAACUGUCUGCUAUUGUGGUUUUCUACUGUUGCAAUUUGUCAAGCCGCCUUACCGGCGAAACGCGCGUCGGGGUUUUUUUCGAUCCCUCCUAACACCAAACCUUCUGCAUUUGCAGAGAUUAUUCUUUUAUAAUCUAUAUCUCGGUUAAGAGUUACGUAGACCUUGGGCAUGUCGGGAGGGAAAUUAAGGAUUUAGCCGCUCAUAGGGUAUUGACACUAGACAUAUUAAAGGAUAUCGAUUAAGGCUUUAGAUAUCUAGAUGCUAGCCAGUUACCGUAUUUUUCGCUCCAUAAGACGCACUUUUUUUCCCCUCAAAAGUGAGGGGAAAUGUCUGUGCGUCUUAUGGAGCGAAUGUGAAGAAUUACUUACCUGUCUUGGAGCGUGGGCCGGCUUCACAGCGCGCUCCGCGGUCCAGGAACUUCUAUUUCAGGUUCCGGUUUCCGGCGGGACUGAAAGGAAGUGUGCACACUGAGUGUGCACACUUCCUUUCAGUCCCGCCGGAAACCGGAACCUGAAAUAGAAGUUCCUGGACCGCGGAGCGCGCUGUGAAGCCGGCCCACGCUCCAAGACAGGUAAGUAAUUAUGGGACAAGGGGAGGGGGAGACACUAUGGGACAAGGGGAGGGGAGGAGACACUAUGGGAGAAAGGGGAGGGGGGACACUAUGGGACAAGGGGAGGGGAGGAGACACUAUGGGACAAGGGGAGGGGAGGAGACACUAUGGGACAAGGGAGGGGAGACACUAUGGGAGGGGGACACUAUGGGAGAAAGGGAGGGGAGACACUAUGGGACAAGGGGAGGGGGGACACUAUGGGACAAGGGGGGGGGACACUAUGGGACAAGGGGAGGGGGAGACACUAUGGGACAAGGGCAGGGGGGGACACUAUGGGAGGGAAAGUGCACUAUGGGACAAUGGGAGGGGGGGACACUAUGGGAUCAGAACACUAAUGGACAAGGGGAGGAGGGGGAACACUAUGGGACAGGGUAGGAGGGGUUAACAAUCACUAUGGGACAGGGUAGGAGGGGUUAACAAUCACUAUGGGACAGAGGAAAGGGGGGUUAAAGAUCAUUAUGGGACAGGGGAGAAAAAAAAAUAUUCUGAACAAACUGUCCCAUGGUAAGAAACACUAUGGAACAGUUUGUUCAGAAUAUUUUUUUUUCUGGGUUUCCUCCUCUAAAAACUAGGUGCGUCUUAUGGUGAGGUGCGUCUUAUGGAGCGAAAAAUACGGUAGCUUUAUUUGCUAUAUCUACAAGAGAGGUGCCCUUGAAGGCACAGUUAUUUAUUGAGGUUAUAGACAUAUCUAUUUCUUUCUCCUCUUCCUUUCUUGCAGUUAGUUCUUCUGUCUGUUAGGUGCCCUUGAAGGCACAGAUAUACCUUUACCUUCUAACUAUAUCUACUUUGGGGUUCUAUAUAACGGAUUACUCCCAGAAGGUGCUAUCUUACAUAUUUAUUUCUCUUCACAUUAUACUUGUGAACACCUAACUGCAGCCUAUAUCUAAUAGUCAAAUUAGCCAAUAUUUUUGUGGUGUCAUACUUACUUGAGUGUUAAAUUUCGUUUAUGACCAAUUUGCAACAAAGUAGUUUUCAGAAACUACGGCAGCAGACGUUUUCUAUUUGCAAAGCUUGAUUAACUGUAACAGAGUACUCUUGACAAAUUGCAACAGUAGAAAACCACAAUAGCAGACAGUUUCUAUCCAGAGUCUGAUACCCAAGUCUAUUUAGACAUUGUUAACUACACCUUUGAUAUCUAGAUACUGUCUGUCUAUUUUUUUAAAUCUUACAUUUUCACAUUAUCUCUAUGUCUUGGUAUGCAUAUAUCUAGACUUACUAAGAUUAAAUGUGUGAAAUGAUCACUUUGUAUUUUUUUCACUAUUAAAAGUUAAAUUUUAGACUAUAUCUUUUAGGUAGUGUUCUUUCUUCCUCUUUUCAAUUAUAUAAUAAAGGUUAUUCAUCAGUGUAGGUUUAAAAAUUGAAUUCAAUUUUUAAUUUUAAGCCAAAAAGGUUGAAAAAUAACGUACUUUGAAUUCACUAUAAAUUUCCAACAGUUUAAACAUCAGUGAGUAACUCUGCCAGUGUGUGUUAGUUCCAGCGUUAUAUUUAGUAUGUGGAAAGUGUGUGUGAAUGUCAUGGUAUAUUUUCUAGUAUUGCAGUGUGUGUUAUUGCAGGGGUGUGUUUGUGUGAGGUAGUGUGUGAAUACAGGUUAGCAGUUUUGUAUGCUUGUGUAUGAAUGCAUUUUUACAUUUUGUUUAUCUUUUCGCACCCUGUUAUCAUUUGCAUACUAUCUUCUCUCUCACUUUAAUGUUUCUCACUACACCCCACAUCACUAUUGAUCUAAUUAUUCUCUCUUGCUGGAUCUUCUCAAAGUAUUUUUGUUGUUUCCUUCCUUGACCAUUAAACAAGUAAAAUAAAAAAUUCUACAGACUCAAGUGAGUAACAAAAAUGGUACAAAUUGAAUUGCUGACUUAUAAAAUGAGUGUUCUUAGUGUCAGUGACAAAGAGCUUGCACAACACAUGUCAUUUGUUUCACACACCCUCACGAUUAUCAUUGAUGUCUGCAGAAUGUUCGCAAUGGAACACUAAAGGUAUUUUGUUUUUUCUAUGGGCUCCAACUGCAUACACCACUCUUACCUUUGUUUAGUUUUAACUCCCACACCAUCCUUCUGUUCACACCACGCACAGGUGGCGUGCUGCACAUGUUAUUCAUCUUAAGAAUUAAAAGUAAUACAGCCAUUGUGACAGCCUCUAAAUCUCCAUGUCUACCAGUCAACCUCACCCAUGUCUUAUCUGAUCCACUGAAAUGAACUCUCUCGUGACUAACCAGACAGAUUCCCAUUAAAACCAGUUAACAAUGAUCUAUGCACUGUAAUAGUGCAAUGUAUGGGCUGAUAAUAGUAGUUUUGUCCAAUAUUACAUCCCUGACCACGCAGAACUGUCAUCCAUAUUAAAAUAGGAAUCUUCUCAUGAUUUGAAGCAUAGAGUUUAAACUCAAGCUCAGGAGGGCUCUUGUGGGCAUAAAAUCUAUUUAAAUAAGGGGCGGGGCCUGGCUGCCAAACUGAAAGGCUGCAUGCAGUGUGGGCUCUGUACAAAAGUUGACAAUUAUCGCCUAAAAACAGUAUUUUGAAAGCAAACAAACGGCUAAAUUUGUACUGAUACCUACCUGUAAGCUACUCUGCUACAGCACAAGGGUUUCCAGGUGUCCGACAAGCAGAUUGAGCCCACACCGCCACUGAGGCCUACCUCGAGGUGAGAGCCUGGGAGAAGCGGCCGAUCUCCCUACUGCCUCUCCGACCGGAACAAGCUGACGUUAUACGGGUCCCUGCUCCCCCCCCUGCCGGUGGGGGUUAUCCCGACACCAUCACCACAGCCAAGCUUUAUCCCUAACAAGCACAGACAUAGAGGGGUGUAAUCUGCCUCAAAAUGGCGGCUACUGCACUAGCUGCAGACACACUGAACCAACUGCAGACACUCGAGCAGUUCCUGGAAAAUCUCCUCGAAAACUUCUGGCAGAGAAUGCAGAACAAAGGGGCACAGCUCCAGAGGGAGCCGAUACACCCAACACGACCGCAUUACUCAUCGCCAGAAAAACCGCCUGGAGUGGCUGGCGGGAAGAAAAGACCGCACACAACGCCCGGGAAAUGGAGACCAGCGAAGCGGAGAAGGCCGUCCAUAAAAUCUAAGGCUCGCAUCUACCUUCCUGGGCUGAGGGCCCGAAAGGGAAACACCCUGCUGCGUACCCCACAUGCCCGGGCGGGACUUUUCCAUCACACAACCGCCCAGGACCGGAGUGGUGGAAAGUGCACAAAGGCCCUUGAGAAGGCCUGGGGCCGGCGGAUUGGCCUAAAUUGGAUGCGGCCCCUAGACCAACCUGCUGGCAGCUUCCCGAUCGUGGGCAUAGGAUGAACGCAUAAACACACUCCUGGACAGUACCACAGCGUGCACACCAGGACUUACUCACAGGCAGCUCUAAACAGGCAGAAACAUGUUGCCUCCUGAACGUUACCAGCAAUGCCAUAAAUGUAUAUUCUGCUUUUGUUUUACUAGAAAAGUAUGAUUUUUCUCUUUUUUCAGUCCAAUGGUCUAUUUCUUAACAUGCCUAGCUUGAUGCAGACACGCCUCAAAAGCCUAGUGGUUUAUGAAUUUUAAGCCUGCUACAUAUAUGUCUUACCGAACCCUGCAGAAUAUGCGGCCUUUAGCCUUUAUGUAUGUUUAGCCUGAAAAUUUUAAUCUAAGAGUAUGCUAGCUCUAAGGCACGCUUUUCAUGGUAGUAAUCCUUUAUUAUCAACCGAUAUGUCUUAUUUUCACCUCGUUUUUACCUAACUAGUACAGGCUAUAACUUAAGACAUAAGUACCUAACCUGCAUUUGCUAACACAAAAAUGGUGCCAUUCUUGCAUGCCAUAAUACUGUAUUCACUGUAUUACUGUUUUAGCUUGUACAUGCUGUUGUGGCGAUACGAGCUUGUUUAUGUUACUCACGCACUGCAAAAAUAAAGAUUGAAAAAAAAUAAAAUAAAGAAUUACAAUAUUUAAAAAAAAAAAAAAAAAAAAAAUAUAUAUAUAUUUAAAUAAUUUCAAUCGGUAAUCAAAAAAAAUCAACAUGAUCUAGAAACACUUUCAAAUCUUCCCCAAGCCUAAAAUCCUUUAAGAGAUCCCUCUCUACAUAUCGCAAAACAGAAUGCACCUGUCAUGGCUAAUUAUAUAUUUUAUUACCUGUUCGAUGUUAAAUUUUGUAUUUAUUGUGUAUUAAUAUUGUUUUCGUAUUUUAUUGUACCAUAAUGUAUCAACGCAAUGUUUUGUGGACCCAGGACAUACUUGAAAACGAGAGAAAUCUCAAUGUAUCUUUCCUGGUAAAAUAUUUUAUAAAAAAAUAAAGCAACAGAUCACAAUUUAAUCUUCUCAUUCAUCCUUUAAGCAUUAACUCUUGGUUUUCAGUCUUCCUUUAGGUCCAUUGUGUUACCAUCAUCCCUGUCCCACAAGCCUGCUGCCACUCCAAGAUUUUCACUCUGACCAUUCUUUCAAUCUUAACAUUCUUUCAAUCUCCAAAACCUGCUCUUUUUGCCUUAAAAAUAAUGCGUGCAUCCCCUUUUUACCAGAAGAUACCACCAAAGCUCUCUUGCUCACUCGUACAUUAUCUGACUUUAUCGCUGUAAUCCAUGGUCCAUCCGUCUCACAUAUGCACAAAUUAACCCCGUACAAUUCAUGAUGCAUGUUUCUUCCAGGCAUUUCUUAACCAUCACUCAUCACAGCUCUCCCCUCUGUCAGUUUGUCUGAUGCAUUCUUUUAUUUUUCAUGAUUUAAUGCAAGUUCUUGGUCUUACUUGCAAAACUCUCCACAAGUGUACCCCAAAUUUAAUUAAUCCCCAGUUAGAAAACAAGUGGAAAAACCGCAUGUUGUAAAUUAUUGAACUUGAGAAGCUGGUUAAUUAGAAGCUGAUGUCCCAUCUGGUGGUUAGGAAAUGGUACUGCAGGUAAAAGUCCUCAGAAACAAGAACUAAUUACAAAAUAAACUGUUACUAUAACUGUAAAGGGAGACUAAUCAGGGUUGUUCAAUAAAUCGGGCAUUUUUCUGAACUGUAUAUACCAGAUCUCUGUACCUCAAAGGAAAAAAAAAAGGACCUAGUAAUUAAAAAGUAAAAAGAGAUCUUUUUUUUUCCGUAGUUAGAAUUCACAACAACAAAAAAUUUAGUGUUUACAGCACCACGUAAGUAUGCCUUUAUGUAGGUUACAUAAUACAGAUUAAGGAACAGCACACACAUAAAAAUGCAGUUUUAUAUUUAAUAAGGCUACUUAAAAUCACCUCUCAGCAAACAAAUAUGGGGAUUCAUUUUCAUUAUAUGGCCAUAUUGUGUUAAGCCCACCACUACGCCAUAGUACCAAAAUAUUGGUUACCAGCACAGAAAUUCAGCCUGUAAGGUAAUGCUGAAAUGGCAAACUUUCGUUAUCCCAAAAUAUACUUCUAAAUACAACGUAGAGUAAAGCAAAAAAGUAAACACCUCAUUUUAAAUGUAAUAGCCAAACCCUCAAGCUCAAAAUGUUUUCAAUAAAGAAAAACGAACAAAAGAAGAAGCCUCAGACAUUAUUAAAACCAGUAGUAAUUUAUAGCUAAACUAUGUAAGAAGGCAGAAUUGAUACUCAGCAGAGCCUUGUAUGAUAGAACAUACUGGUUCGCAGCUUAAAUGGUUACACCCACAAAACAAACACUGGUUUUUGGUUAUAGACUAACCCUUUUUUCAGUGCUCCACCCCAAAUUUAAAGAAAAAUUAGAACUUAAACAAGAAGUUAACUUAACAAAAAAUAAACCACUUUAAAGAAAAUUAAAAAAAAUACUAAAAAUUAUCUCUGUUCUAUCCCGAGUCCAAGUUCUCCAUUGUCCUCCCUUCAGUCUGUCCUGGACGGAGGUCAGGUAGGAUGGACUGAGGCAAUGCCAUCUUAAAGGACCACUAUAGUGCCAGGAAAACAUACUCGUUUUCCUGGCACUAUAGUGCCCUGAGGGUGCCCCCACCCUCAGGGACCCCCUCCCGCCCGGCUCUGGAAGGGGAAAGGGGUAAAAACUUACCUUUUUCCAGCGCUGGGCGGGGAGCUCUCCUCCUCCUCCUCCUCCUCUCCUCCCCGGGCUGAAUGCGCACGCGGCAAGAGCUGCGCGCAUUCAGUUGUCUCAUAGGAAAGCAUUUACAAUGCUUUCCUAUGGACGCUGGCGAUGCUCUCACUGUGAUUUUCACAGUGAGAAGCACGCAAGCGCCCAGUGGCUGUCAAUGAGACAGCCACUAGAGGAUUGGGGAAGGCUUAACCCAUUCAUAAUUAUAGCAGUUUCUCUGAAACUGCUAUAAUUAUGAAAAAAUGGGUUAACCCUAGAAGGACCUGGCACCCAGACCACUUCAUUAAGCUGAAGUGGUCUGGGUGCCUAGAGUGGUCCUUUAACACAUGGGCACGCUGGGCAGUUGUCCAGGGCCCACAGUACUCACUAUGGGGCGGAUUACUCAUGUGUGCCCCUACACUUUCUCCGAAUUUGGAAGAAGCCGGCACUCCUGUCAGGUCAGUUAAGCUGUGGACUGUACGCUGUUCAAGAAUGGGCGCCACAGCUGAAGGAGUAUCAGACCACCUCCACGGCCCACACAGUAUACAGGACAGCACAAGGGUGCAGCUUUCACGCACCCCUGCCACCUACCCUGUGCCAUAAGUAGCACAUGGCAGCAAGACCUGAGUUCUCAGAGCAGAGCAAGUAUCACUCUGACUGAAAUGGCCUGCUUUCAACUGCCCCCAGAAUGUGAGGAAUGAGGGAAGGCUGCUUGCUGUUUCUGUUUAGCAGUCUGUUUGUGUAGUUUUCCAGAGUUUUCUCCUAUUUUUUUUAAGUGAAUCUCACACAGUACAAAUAUACAGCAAUUGUCACAGCCUGUAAAAUAUUAGAAACAUAUAGACUAAUUGGAUAUAGUGCUUUGUAAUGUUAUAGUAGUCUUAGUAAGUUACACAAGUGUUGCCUCCUAUAGCACAAAUAUAAUAAGAGUAAAGAAGAAACAACAGUAGUAAUGUUUAGUAUAAUUAUGCAGUCAAAGGAUUCUUCCCGGGGGCCUAUGGUGCUGCUAAGACGUCCUGGACUGAGGGAAGGCACAGGUGGGAGGGGUGCCAUUGGCAUGGUGUGUGUGUGUGUCAGAUACCACUUUUUCACAGAAUUGACAUUAACCAUUCAUUUAGAUUUCUUUAUUGUUAUGCAAUACUAGGUAUGCUGUCUGUAUGCUAUUACUGCUCAUAUAAAACUCAUGUUGCCCUUCGUUAUUUGUCAUUUUGUAGGGUUACCGCACUGGAUAUGCUUACAGACACCCAUUUGUCCAAGAAAAAACAAGACAUAAGAGUGAUGUGGAGAUCCCGGCCACUGUUACUGCCUUUGUUUUCGACGAAGAAGGUGUUCCUCUCUCCACACUACGUCAACAUGCUCAGAAGCAGCAGAAGGAGAAGACUCGCUGGCUUAAUACACCAAACACUUAUUUACGGGUCAAUGUAGGCGAGGAAAAUGUAGGAAGCCCCAGGAGCAAGACCACAGUAAGCUCCCAGUGACAAGUCAGGGAUACCGAGUAGCACUUACAAUAUUUUUUUAGGGGGAAUAUCAUGAACGGUGGCCUUAACAGUUUUGUGAAAAUUGUUUUGUGACUUAUAAGUGUGGCUUGUGAUCAAGGCUCGCAUUGCCCAAGUACACACUGACUCUGUGUUUUUGUAUAGUGGUUGAAAGCAGAUGAGGUGGUGAAGCCUAGCAGUGGAAUGCCUAUCCGUAUUGAGAAUCCCAAUCAGUUUGUUCCACUGUUUACAGAUCCUCGUGAAGUCCUCGAGACAAGAAACAAGGUGGGUUAAAAGCAGUCUCUGUAUGUCUUUCCUGAUAAGGCCCGUGCAUGACAAUGAAUCUUAAUAAAACUUUUAGUAAUAUGCACAGAUUUUCUCAUGUGUGAAAUAUAUAAAAUCAACACAAAUAAGGAUUAUUUCUAAAAGAACAAUUCUGGGGUAAAUCGCUUAACGUAAGUUAACCACCUAGAAUUGCCAUCUUGUUUCCAAUGUGAUUUCUGAACAUACAUUAGACUUUUGCCCUUGAACUACUCUAUUUAAUUCCCACUGUCUUAUAUGUUACAUAAAAGUAUAUAUAAACCUGCAUUCCUAAUGUUAUAAUGUCCUAUCUGCAGAAUUGUUUUAGGUCCUUUUUUAGGUUUUUAAUUGCCUUUACUCCAGCACCAAGACUCCCUCCGUUCUUCCAGCCACUCCUCCACCCGAGACGUUAUCUGGCUCUCGAACUGAUGGCCAAUCCAAUGCUCCUCAUAGAGGAGCAAUUAAAACUGAGGAACAUGUGCAGCGUGUGCAUGCAAAUGCUACUUAUGGGUAACCAUUGGACUCAAUGCUUUCCUGUGAGUUGCAACCUCAAGAAACUGGGUCAUAGGUCAUAGGUGUUUCGUUGGAGAAUUAAAAUGACAGGACGACUGCACCCAGCACUCUUCUUGAAGUUGUCUGUGUGAGAUGAAGUGAUCUGUGUGACUUUAGUGGUCCUUAAAUUCUGGUAAUCUUUGUGGCUGUUGUCAAUGUCUCAUACUUUGGGUGUAUAGUCUGUUCAUCGUAAUCGUAAGCUGUCGUAAACUCUCACAUUUGUUAACAUUUCUGUGAUCAUCAUGAAUACAAGCUAUACAUUUUUGAAAACUAUAAAAAAUUGUCUAGACCAGAGCCUAAAAUUUCAAAUUCUACGUUACUAGUCUGGCUUUUACUUGCCAGUAUCCAUGAUAUACUUACCCUGAUCUAAAUAUUCCAAAUCCAUAUAUACGUGCAUCACAAAUAUGUUAAUAUUACAAGUCAGUGGUGCAGGGGAGGGGGAGUUGUGCCAUCAACAAUGACAUGCAUGUUCCGUUCCAGGUCUGAAUCCUGCUGUAGUGUUCAUGCAUGGGCAAAAUGCUCUGUGUUUGCAUUAUAAGGUGCAAGAGAAUUUGAUGAGAUGCUUGUGCUAUAGUUGGUGAAAACCUGUCUCUGCUGCCCCAAUACGUGUGACACCAGAGUACAAACAGAUGGUGCUACCAGACUGUGUUGUACCGGUAUGAGGAGGCUACUUGUGGUGUCACGUUAGUGUGUAGAAACUUUUUAUGGAGGAGGCUGCUUGUGAGACUGCUUAUGUGUGUGGAGGAUGCUUACUUGUGGGCUUGCUCUUGUAUGUCGGAGAGGCUAUUUGUGAAGUUGUGCAUGCGUGGAGGAGCUAUUUGUGGUGUAGUAUGUGUGUAUGUUUGAAGGGAGCUGUUUGUGUUAUAACAUGUUUGGAUAGAGGCUGUAGUGUGCGUAAAGAGGGUAUUUAAGUGGUAUGUGUAUGUGUGUGGGAGUUAUGGUAUACAUAUGGGGCUGUAGUGUGUGUGUGCGUAUGCAUGGAUAGGAGCUGUAGUAUGUUUGUAUAUAGGGCCUAUAAUGUCUGUAGAAUGGGAUUGUGCACAGAUCUGUAGUAUGUAUAUGUGUAUAGAGACUGUGGUUUGUGUUUGUAAGUUUAUCCUCCUCCCUCUUGCUUACCUUGGACCAAAGAGUAGGAACCUGAUGGUAGGGACCCUGAUUGGUAGUGGGUGGAGCAUUCAGUUUACACCUCCAACUGGUGGAGAUAAUUUUUAAUACAGAUCACAAGUUUCUUAUGACCCCAAAUAUUAGAAUGUGCUAGGCCAGUCAGGGAGAUCUCCAGGUAUAUUUAAAAUGCAUGGUGGGGACAACAUUUUGUCCUUAGAGCCAGGCAGCAUCAUGGCUUGGGACCAUUUUAAAUUCAAAAAGGACUGGGAUGGAGAACUGAAACUAACCAGUAUGGUCUUUUGUUUGUCUGCUACUUUACAUCCCUAUGUGAUGUAAUAUGAUGACAUGCAUUCAAUUAUGCAGUCAGAUGGGCUAUAUUCAAUAAAUGAAUUUAUGAGAUCCCAUAACAUUUCCCUGUCCAACAUCUAGACUAAAACUAAAUUAAACAGUUGUGGCUUUUGUUUUUUUGUCUUCCAGAUACGAGAACAAAAUCGACAAGAUGUGAAAUCUGCUGGACCUCAGUCUCAAUUAUUAGCUAGUGUCAUAACAGAUAAAAGCAGAAGUCCGGUAUGAUUUUAAAUUCCUUUUGAGAAGCUCAGAUGAUGAAACAAAGCAGAAAUGUUAACAAAAUCUGAUUGGCAUAAUGCAUACAUAUAGUAUAUACUGUUAUCUGGCUUAAACAGGCAUCUGUAGUUUGAAAGGCCAUAAAAGCUAAAGCUUUGCAGAUAGUCAUCCUUACCUCCAUGUUUGACACAUGUAGGCACCCAUAGUGUGUGAAAGGGUAAAAGGAAAUAACCUCUAACUGAUAAAUAGUAAAAUUUAAUAUCAAUCUUUGCUAAAUUACAGUAGACCAGAUUAUAUAUUAAAGAUCAUGUCUCAGUCAAACAAUGUUUUCACCGAAAAAGCUGUGACUAUAAAACUAGGUUAGUUCACACUUUGGUAUGAUACUAUGUCGCUAGACUGUCUGCAUCUGCGAGCUAAAAUGAGGAGGUCAUUUUAUCACCAGUUGGUAGCAACCCCUCACUUUAAUGUUUUUAUUUUGUUUGGCUGCUGGGUAAAAUUAUGGACAACUUAUAAGCAAAUGUAAAUUGUUGAUUGCCCGCCCCUGCUACGUAAAUUCAUUGAUGGCUGCAUACUUCCCUUAAUGAUGAGAGGUAUGAAAUCUACAUAUGAGGGGGUCUGGUUAGUAGGGUGCAUGACAGCUAUGUCACUAGUUAUACACAUCAGCCAGAAAAGAGACAUAGCAUUCCAGUGCAUAUACCUACCUUGAUGACAGACUGCUAGGUUGUUACACAGGCCUACCAUUGCACAGAGCACUGCUAAAUAUUCUCCAGUGAUCAAAAAUGGAAAGUAGCACAUUCAGUGAUGCUCUCAUUCUGCAACCAGUGAGAACUUUUCUAUAGUGCCCCAUAAAAUCAGACUGUCCUGGCAGAUCCAGAAUACUUUGUCAGCAAGAGGACUGGGGACAGCGUGAGGACAGCAUUGUGAGUUCUGAGAUGAAUGAAAAGGAUUAAAGUGGACAUGUCAUGUUUUGAGCUGUAGUGGUUAUGGUGACUGAUGUGUUUUCAUUAGGAAAAAAAGCAAUUACAUUUAUAGCCAUACUUUGACCCACUCUCAGCUUUUACAAUGUAGAUUUUACAUAACAGAAAAUAUAAUUGUUUCCGAUUUUCUUUUUAGUCUGCGGAAAGCAAUCUAGCUUCCAAAACAGAAAUAGAUUCAAAGGAGCAACCACAGGAAGAAACCCCAGUAGAACCAGAGCCACCAAACCCAUUUAGCCAACUGACUGACCAGGAACUGGAGGAAUACAAAAAGGAGGUGGAAAGGAAGAAGAUGGCCCCUGAUGGUUAGUAUAUUGCCAGUCAAUAUUUCCCAGUCGACUGUCAUAAGCCUUUGUUUCAUAGAUGUAUGGAAAGUUAGCCUGGUUUAUAGUCCAAGCCAGCCUUUUGGCAUAAAUAAUUCAGCUGAAAACCUACAACAGGGGUGCCCAAAAGAUACAUCCCAAAUGUUGAGAACUACCAAUUGAUAUAAAUGAAAAAAGGCAAUGUGACACACAGAGGCUGGCGCACCAUCCAUUUUGCCCCCCCGCAAGGGCACCUGGAAAAUAGUGACUCCUUUAGAGAGGUGAAUUCCCUGCUCUGUCGUACAAGUACUUUGACUCUGGCUUAGGAUCUACCGUUGACCUGCCGCAUAGAUUAUGUUUUUGCCAUUCAAAAAUGUUAGCUGGUAUAUGUGAAACAUUAGUUUCAACAUCAAUUGUAGUGACUCAGUUAUGUUAAUAUCGUCUGAAAAGCAUAACUUUGAUUUUACGAGUUGUGGAGAAUUCUCUUGCAUUAUGUUGUAAGGGCGUGGUCUUGCAGUGUGCGUAAUUGGUUGGGAUAAUACGUUGCCACCUGUGGCCCUGCUUCACUGCUGCUAAAAAUAUAUAUAAUGUGUCAUUUAUUUACAGAUUUAGGUGACAAGGAAGCAACCAUUGAGGACUCACAGCCUUCUUUGGUGACCCCACCUACAUCUCCAGCCAGAAGCCCCACAAAAACAACAGGUGUAUUUGUAUCUCCUUCAAAGUCUUCAGAAGGUAGGUAGACAUGUCUCUCUGUAACUAUCAGUUGUGUAUAUUGAUGGGAAACUCAGAAUACUUCCAUAUUUUAAAUGGCUGAAAUCAAAUAAUAUGUGCAGUCCACAUAUUUCAGAUAAGAAAAUAUCCUCUACCAAACCAUAGUGGCACAAAUCAGUUGAUCAGACCUUCACAUAUACAGUAUUAGUGCAAGUAUUUUUAAGGUCCAAUUUGUGUCCAUCAUUAAUAUCUCACUCUAUUCUCCUACUCUGUUUUUUCACUCAACCACUCUCAUUAUCUCUUUACUGUCCUUCCAUCUUCACAUUUCUUCCAUCUUCUUUACCAGGAUUUUUCUUGCUGGUUUUUUAACCAUUCCUUAUUCCCAAUUCAUUAAUUUGCUUAUUUUGUUUUUCAAUUUACCUAUAUCCGUCUUCCUAUGCAAAUCUCCUGCCCCUGUAUAUUUAUCUCUGUCAGUUUCCAAUCUCUGCUUAAAAUUGUUUUCCUUGCCAUCAUUUUUCUUCUAUUUUUCUGCAUUUUAUUUCAUAGCUCAUUUUCCCUCGACAGUUUUUUGUCCCCCUCCCUCUCUUUUAACUCUAUGGUGAACUCUUUUUAACUCUUUCCUAUCUAUAAUUCCUGUUUGUCGCCUUCAUCCACUGUCUCACCACCUUUUCCCUGCUCACCCAGUUCUGUAUCCUAGCUAUCCAUCCUAGCCAAACUGCAUUCUCUCAUCACCAUCUUUCACCUGGUUUCUCCCUUGCUUUCCAAAUAAUUCCCUGUUUUUCCCCCAUUCUAUCCAGUCUUUUAACUCCACAUUUAGUUCAGAUUUUAGUACCUUUUCAUAUCAUUCUCUUUAAGAGCAGUGUUACCCAUAAUCCUCUUUCCACAUUAUAUCACUUUCUCCUUCAGUUUUUAAAAGCAAAAAUACAAUUGUCAGGCCCUCUGCAUACUCAUCCUUUUAUACAUGGAAAAAGAGCUAAAUUACUGGAGAAUCCGAAUAUUUAAGUGAGUUGAGAGCAAAGUCCGCAAUUACUGCUACCUCCAGGUUUCUGUGACCCAUCUCUUUUAACUUACCAGCACACAUAAGAAGAAAAAUGGCAAUUGUCUUUGCAUUAAAUAGAAAGUCAUACACAUACGCACAUUAAAAGAGUAACAGAGGCCCAUUCACAGAUAACUGGUCUGGAACUCUGGCAAUUAAGCCAUGAUGAUUUAAUCGUGGCUCUGUUCACCAAGAACAGUCCCUCCAAUAAAGGGACAUGUGGUAGAUAUCCACUUGGGAAGAAACACCAAGAAGAUCCUUUUGAAAAGACAUGUCAUGGGUCACACCUUGUGUGAUUUUUUUUUGUUAGGUACUUACUUCCUAUUUAACCUUGUGCACAAACCCUAUUCAGCUGACCUGAACAUGUUCACCUUUUAAUCAAUGCAUGAACUAAUCAAUUCUUUUGGGAUACGGCAAACGAAAAGAUGAGUUAUGGGACAUCAGGUGGAGCACUGAAGUUUGCCAAUUUUGGAUAUUCACAUUGGGUAGUAAGUUAUUGAGAAAAGCAGAGUGGAUUAAACUAAAUGUUGGUUGUUUAAAAAAACCAGUAUUAUGCCAUAACUGCUUUAUAUACUGAAAUCGGUUGAUUUCUGCCUCCUGAUAGAAUGUUUCUUUUUAAUCAGUGAUAGAUAUCCUUUGCUGGUACAGAUUCCCAAGUUAAAUCAUUAAAAUGAGAAUUAUCAGAAAUUCUAAGUGAAUUUCAAAUUCAUGGCCAAAAUAGCUAAACAGGAAAAAAUCACCAUAUUUCCUCUCUAGCUACUUGUGCCUUCAAUUUGAAAUUAAUUUAGAUUUUCCAACAAUUUUUACUUUUGUGAAUCAAUCUGCCCAACUUAAUAGUAGGCAUUUCGGCCUGCAACUUAACAUAUCAUAUGAUCAAUAACAGAAGCUUGUAUUUUGGGAGGAACUGACUGGGGAAUAUCUGAUGGGCAGAGCACUACCAAAAGUUUUUAGUUCAUUCACCUUGUACUUUUGUAUGCUAGUUACACAAACUAAUUUACAAAGAGUGCUGUGGAGCUUUGGAAUACAUUAGUAAACAACUAAUGUUCCAGGCUUUUGGAAAUAAGUGACAAUAGGGGAUGAAUGAGGAUCAAAAGGAUUUGGGUCUUACAUAGUCCCCUCUAAAGAGAGAUACCUGGAAAGUAUUGAAUUAGUCUGAUGCAAUUACAUAUGGAGAGGUAAGUAAUGUUCACUGAGUAAAAUACGAACAUAGUGUACCCUAUCUUGAAAUUGGAAACAAAAUAUAUUGGGUUUACUUAGGGGUAGUAUCUACAUUAGGCAGUGUAGAUUCUCAUUGGAAGAUUCCUGAUUGACGUCUAUGAUUGUUAUUAGUUAAAAUGGUAAUUGUUUUCAAUCAUUGUUUUAAUUUGCAGAAAUUUAGUUAUUUUUGUUACUGCAAUCUGAAGUUUGGUAUUCCAUGAAAAUGUGCAGUGUGUCUCGCUGAUAUAAAAAAUGUUGUAUGGCCAUUCACAACCUCAUAAGCCUAUGUUAAGAGGAUGGUAAGAGGUUUGUGCCUAUUAGUACCUAAAUAAACAUCUAGGCCUGUUCUCACCUUCUGUCCUAUUUUUCUAUUUCCUCCGUGAUACAUCUAGUUCUCUCUGUACUCAUUGUGAUCACACGUUGUCAUUGAGUCUUUGUGUGUGUGUCCCCACAACGUCUCCCCUUCUUUUUCCAUGUGCUCUCUCAUGGCAGGAGUCACCUCAGACUCUGAAUACCUGUCUUUGUAGUAAGUAUAGCUGACCUGCUUUGCUUCUGUGUCCAUGCCCUUAUGCUUCUUCUCCAAAAACACCAACCACCUUCCCUCUUCGAUACCUACAUUCCAGACGAUUGGUUACCAUAUAAUGCCCAAACACCACUUACAGUACCCUGUAUGCAGUUGUUGAUUCUCAUUGUGAUUCUUAUACCAAUAGUCUAAAUUGUAGGUAUUAUACAGUUCUGUUUAAUUGGAAAUCGUGUCAGGCUUCCUCACUGACACAUUGGUGGCCUGCAGUAACUACUUGAAGAAACAUUUUCUCCACAAUAUCGAUUUGGUUAAACUGUUUUUAAAUGGAUUGAUGGCAACAAAAAAUUAGACCAAGGUCCUAAAUUACGUUUUUUACCUGGAAAUUACCCAGUCCAUUCACUGAACUAUCUUAACUACCUUGCAGUUUUUCUGCAUGAAGUGAAUAUGGUUUUGUAAUGUUCAUAAAGUCCCAAAAAUGUAUACAGAAAAAAGUCUUUAAGAUUUUUAGCUAUUCAUAUCUCGCCAGGAAAUGAUGUGUAACGUGGCCUAUUGCCAGACAUCAUCUGUGUUGGUAACUCAAUUCUGGAAUGUAGAUCAAUCAAACUGAAAGAUGAUAAAUCCCCCUCCAGUAGAGUUCUAAAGAAAUUUUCAUGUAAACAUAUCAAUCUAGGGAAUGUUUCUUAGGCAGGAAUAUAUUAUUUUUAUCUGUACACAUGAGAACAAAUAUUUGAAGUUUAGUCAAUGCUGAAUUUGUUGGCGCUAUAUAAAUAAUAACAUAAUAAUAACUGUUACAAGUUUACACGUGAAUUGUAAAACGAAGUCCAUGAAACCCUAUUAGUAAGAUAGCCUCCAAUUUAUCUGAGUUGACUUGUUUUUCCAACCUUUCAACUAUUUCAGCCUAAAUUUAGCUUUUCCCCUGUUGAAUCACAAGUCACUGCUUAGUGAAACUCAUUUUCCUAUUUGGUAUAGUAAAUUUAGGGUUGCAUGUUGCUAUGCUAAACUUUCAAUAUAUGUUCUCCAUGUGCUUUAAGUACAAUAUAACUAAUUCACACCCUGUUAACUAACUGCAAAUGCAGCCUUGUUACUCCGAUUAACACUCUUAACAUGAAAAAUGCACCUUUGCUUGUGUUCUUCAAUUUUAUUUAGCUGUAAACAUGCUCCAAAUAUGAAUCUUUUUGAUUUAAUUAGCAACUUUUCCAUUUUUUAUAAUGAUAGUGGAAAAAUAAUUCACAAAAACAUUAAUGUAAAUGGUGAUACCUUUAAAAGCUAUCCCAGAAGAAAGUAUGCUUUUAAUACUACAUAAGUCUCUUAGAUGGGACCUAAGUGAUCUUGAACGUUUUAACGCUAAUUCUAACUAGUUAUACUGUAAAAGUAUUCUCUGUAUUUCCACAUCUAACACAGUACCAUUCUUUACAAAAUAUGUGACCCUACUAUGAGUGUAAAAUCUGGAAUAGUAAUUGCUUCCCAAUAUCCCAUGAUUAUGCCAGUUUUCUCUUAAAAUUAGCACCUAUUGCUUUUAUUGGUAUAACAAUAUGAGAUGGGUAAAAUGAAAAGGAGAAAUUGUGUGAAGUGACUAGUAUUUUUCUUGUAUUCAGUGUUCAGUGAAUACUUUUCUUCCUCCUAAGUUUAUUAGUGGACAUUUUAGUCUUGAUGCCCAAGAAACUAUGAUGAUUCUCUAUAGGUAAUUUUAUCUUCAAGUCACCAGCAGAGAGAGGGGUUUCUAAGGCUAUCAGUGAUAUAAUAAUGUUUUAGAUUCCUAACUCCAAUUAAAAAGUCAUAAUCAUUUAUUUAUGUCAUAUGAACUAUUGAUCUUUGUAUUGUCCAUGUUUUUUUUGUAAAGGAGUAGAGACUAAAGAGGACAUACAAACAGCCACAGACUUAGAGACUGCAGAAGAAAAGGUCUUGCCAUCUGUGGUAUUAAAUGGAAAAGAGGAAGAUCAGUCUCGUCCUGAGGAAACUCCAGCAAAAGUCACAGACACAGAAACCCCAAAAGGAAAAAAUGAGCCACCACCCAGCGCUUCUCCAGAAGGUUCCCCCACCAAGUCACCCUCCAAAAAGAAAAAGAAAUUCCGCACACCCUCCUUCCUUAAGAAAGGAAAGAAGAAAGAAAAGGAGAAAGCAGAGUCCUGAUCUCCUGGAGUAUGAGAUCAUGAUUUUAGAAAACUGUUUCCCAUAUAGGGUAUACAACAAGCCUCUUUGCUUCCAGAGCCUCAGGUGUGGCAGCGAAGGGGGUUAAAUGUACCCCUUCAACUUAAGGACAUGAAGAUUACAUGGAAUGCUUGUUCAUGGUAGGGAUGAGUAAACGUGUCUACACAUUUCCCAAAACUCUAGAUUAUUGGUGACAUAUGAUCAACUUAAUAUUUGCCUCCAAUGUUCUUGUGUUUUCACAAAUGUCUAGAAACAUUCACUUCUCCUUAGUACCUGAUUUGUUGGUGGUGUGUGUGUUUUAGGGGACUUGUACUAACUGAGCUAAUACAUCAAAACACGUUCCCUUCCUUCUCAGACAAUCCCACUUUACUUUACAAUAAAUGAAAGUAUCUCUUUUUCUCUUUGGACCAUUUAACAAAUUUGGUAUCAGAGAGACAUCAGUGCACAUCUCUCUGCUACUGGGAAGGUAGGUUAGCGCUACAACUGAAUUGAUUACAACAUCCGAUUCCUUAAUCAUGUGUAAAGAAGAACUUGGGUUUUAUGAUUUUCCAAAAAAAAGUUCUUCUCUUUAUUAUAUCUUGGUAUUUAAGAGUAAGUUAUUUUUUUUUCUUUUAGUCAUGUACUAGAAAUAGUAAAAGGAGCAGAAGGUAAUUUUUUUCCAAAAGAUAGCUUUGUGUGGUGCAAACUAAUUUAAAGGGACACUAAAACGUGCUGAGUCUCGUUUGUUCAAGGCAAAAACUGGAUUUUUUUUAUUUUUACAUUUUGUAAGUCAAUUGUCAGUGCAUUGCAUUUUACUGUAUAUUGAAUAGACCAUUUGUCGAUUCAUCAUUGCAUUUAGUAUAAUCAUCAUGGGCCAGAUAGUAGUAUGCAGACAGACAAAUGGUAAUGCUUAACUUUAAGUACAUUCAAGAGAAGAAAGAAGAACUUACAUGAUGUUAGAUGCUGAAAACGUGCGAUAUUUAAUUAAUACAGUUCGCUUUCAUUAUUUGAGGGUUGGUUUCAUAAAACCACUAUAGUAAUCAAAUAUAUGUGUUAUUCAUCAUGUCUAAUUUCAGUUCUGGAAUGUAUUUAUAACUCUUGUUGGCUUUCUUAUUUUAUGUUUAUUUCCCAUAUUGAUCUGUCUAUCGUUUCCCUAUGGUAACAUUAAAAUCCCUGUAUCGUUACAAAAUUUAAUGUACCACAACAGGUGGGAUUUACCUUUAUUUUAGCUUUUUAAAGUAGGUUUUCAGUAACCCUUUUUUCCUUUUUGCUGGAGGCCGAGUAGAUAAAGACAUUUUUUUAUUUAUUAAUUUAUUUUAGAAAUAUACUGUUAUCCUAUACACAAUAACAACAGAUAAUGUUAGAACAUGUCAUGUUUUCAAGACAAUAAGUCUGCCUUUAAAUGGACAUAACAUGACUACAUUUUUAUUUUUUGGGCAAAUGAGGCCACAUCGAAAAGUAUACUCUCAAGAUCCAGACAUUUAUGGUGUGUAUCAAAGCUUCAUUAAACAUCAAAAUAAAACAGAUAAAAAAAUAAUUGUGUCUGUAAACAAAUGUUGCAACUUAAUAGCUCUACAUUCAAAAUGUCUAUAAGCUGAGACACAUACCACAUAUAUUUAUUUAGCAAUAUUUAAAGGAACAAUAUAGUGUCGAGAAUACAAACGUAUUCCUGACACUAUGGUGCUGGAAUGCAGCAUUAGGCUGUUGCCCACCCUCUCUCCGGAGAUUAAAGCUGAUUCCACUCACCUUUUUUCCUACACCACGCUGGUCUCACCGUGGCUGGCCCUGCGUGUGCCGCCUCCAUGGCUGUGAACGUCAAUUUUGAUGAUAUCAGCCAAUCCAAUGCUUUACCAUAGGAAGGGGAGGCUAUUGUGCAUGUGUAGCACUAACACAGGAGGCACCUCUAGUGGCCGUCUGAGUGACUGCCACUAGAGGUGUAACUAGCCAGCAAUGUAAGCACUGCCUUUUCACUGAGGCAAUGUUUACAGUGCUAUGGCUGCAGGGACAUAAUAUAGACACCAGAAACACUGCAUUGUAGUUCUGAUAAAUAUAGUGUCCCUUUAAUAUACUUUCAUAUAAAAUGUGACACAGUUUGCCAUAACUGUUUGCUUUCUCUUCAAUACGACUAUGUGAUAUACUCAUUGAAAAACAAGAUGCAAGUCAUUAUGGGAAAACCUAUGGAUAUUCCCUCUGGAGGCGUCUCAUAAGAUCCUGCAAGUUACUGUUUUUCAUGAUUAGACUUUAAAAGUAAUGCAAUAAAUUUUCAGGAUAACAAGCUAAUGGUAAUAAUAAAUGAAAAUCAGCAUCUAUGACAAAUAUCUUAAUAUAAAUAAGAAUAUUUUAUUUGUUGCUUUACAAAAUUAUUUAUAUUUCCCUAUUAUAUUUAAAACUGAUAUUUAAUUUUAUUAUCUUAGUAUUUUAAGUUUAGUUAUUAUUGGCUCAACUUUAAAAUGAGAAGGUUUUUUUUUUGUUUUUUUUAAACUUCCUGCAUUCUAUGUUUGUUCAAUUAUUUAAUUCCAGAGAAACUUAAAGGAAAAAAAAAAUCAAUAAUAUACAUCCGGGUGCAUAUAUAGUAAAUGUAGCUGAAGUCCACACAAUAAAUAUAGUGAUCGUGUGCUAUAAGUCUAAGCAGUUCAUGGACGCAGUUAAUGGUGCUCUGUUUACAAAAUUUCUAUCUAUCCAACCUGUAGCUUUUGGGACCAAACAGGAGCUUUUCUGCACGCACUUUUUUCUAGGAAAGCUGAGCUGGUUAUUAUCUAUUACUCACACUGCUUGCCACUUAACUGCAUCCUGUACACAUUUAGAAGCAUGGUCUAAAUUUGCUGCGUGGUUCACCGUCACGAACAUGUCACGUUGUAAGCCACUACUACUCUUAGUAAUAUGUAGAACUGCUGCAAACUGAAGUAAAACAAGGGUUAUUUCUAAACAGCAAUUCUGAGUCAAUCAGGAGAAACAUUCUAUUGGUUUCCAUGGUAAUUGCUUUACUUACACAAGUUACACUACAAUUGCUGUUUAUACAUAUCUCUUUCUCCGUUUUGUACACAGCUGUAAUUGAGCAUCUCCAAAUUCAAUGGAUUAGUAUUAAUCUCUGAUCCAAUGUCGCUUUAUGAAAUAGCAAUGGAUAACAUUUAAUUUAUCACUCAGACAUUCUUAAUCCUUCCUGUGUUAAAGGAGCGAAUGAAGCAGUUACUUGGUUUACUUUGGAGUAUGCAAAAAUUAAAUUCUCUUUGCUUGAAUGAGCCCCACUGGCAUAUUAUCUUGUCUUGUAUUCCACUUGGGAAGUGUGAUGUCUGACAAUCGUGAAAAUGAUGGUCUUUAGUCUUUCCGUAUGUAUAUAAUUUCCCAUAGAUGACAUUUCCCUGUAUUGUGAUGUCUGAAAAAAAUGUAAAUAUUAAUUUGUGCAACUGCACUGGAAUCUUUCUGCCUCUGUUUACUUCUGUACCUGCAAAAUAAACUGGCUUCGCGGUGGGAUGUGAAA